AUGUCUGAAGCUCCACAGGAAGAAACGAGAUCGCGGGCAGCUUCACCUCCGAGCAGUGAAGUUGCUCCUCCACUGGUCUCGAAUCCAAAAGGUAACUUAUUCACAAUUUGAAAUAUUUGGUAUUUCUGCGAUUUGUUUAAGCAUAGCAACAGAUAAUAAGCGCAGAUGAACGUUCGAUGCAUCUUUGCUUUUCUGCUCGCUUGCGAUUCGCGACGUGAGCCGGUCAGGAGCUGUUACGCGCCUGAUUAAAUUUACAUUGUCUGCUUGUUUUGGUUAGUUUCGCAUAAACCCUGUUUGUGCAAUAUUUUCUGAGGGUUUUACUGAAGUAAUAUUUUUGAAUUGUAGAUGAAGAAGCAAAGAAAGGACCAAAGAGACGCGGAGGCGCUCCGAGAUCUGCUGGAAGAACUGCCGCGAACGUUGGCCCGGUAAUUUACAAUUCGAAGCCCUACAUUUGUGAUUGCGCACAAUUAUUUCACUUACCAUAAGUGAAUGUUUUCUCAUUGUUUUUCAGAAGUGAUUUUGUAGCGUAGUUUACUUUAGGAAAUAAAAGCAAUGACAUUUUAUCAAUUUGAUAUUAACUUGAACGAACUAAGCUGCUGCAUCGAUCGAUCGUGUUAGUCUGUUCAGUACAAUGUAAGCUUAUUUGAUCUUAAACUUAAGCUUAUUCCGUAAUGAUAAUAAACCUUGCUGUAUUUUAAUUUCAAGUUAUGACGUCUUAUUUACUCGGUGUACAAAGUGGAAAUUUGUCCAGAAACUGCUUUUAGCUGUUGUAGUUUUAAGCGUAAAGCUUAAUUUUUAUCUACAGAAGAAGACAGUUACUCUCGUCAGUGGCUCUGAAGCCAUGAAGGAAAGACAGAAGCAGGCAAAGGCGCUCAAAGAGAGCCGAAAACUGGAGGUAAAUCUCAUUGUCAAUAAACAAACAGUAAUUCAUGAAACUGCCAUGCAUGCUUUUUUUAUUACAGUAGAAAGCAGGGCAGAGCUCUUGUACCAAGAAAAGAAGUUGCACGGUCCAAAAGUUGGUCUGAAAUCAUGUUAUGAAACAAAAAAUUGUUAUUCUUAAUUUGUAAGGUGUUUGAAUCAUUUUGGCACCUUACUAGUGACCUCUGGCAGUAACUAGUGUGAACCUUAGACUCCGUUUACACGGGUCCGGAAAAAUCUUUGAAUGGGCAAAAACUUUAUAGAUUUGCCAUAACCGUGCAAAUUUUAGAAUAAGCAAGUUUUGUAUGGACUGCUGUGAAUAGUACUGCAAUCUGUAACAGAAUUUGAGAGGUGUAUAAAUCUGCCUUCGAACUGGGCCUUAGGAAUGUUUGUUAGUAGCCUAGGGGUGUACUUUUGAGGCCCAGCUGAACUAUUCUCUCAAGUACAAUUCUUCAAAUUCAAAGUUUGUGUUAAUCUAUUACUUUUUUUGACAAAUGCUUUUUGAUAAACUCAUCUUCACCUAACUGCUUUGCUUUUAGAUGGAUUCCAGGCACAAUUUCAUAUUUUCUAAGGUAAUGUUGACUUUUUAUGCCCAUAAAAUGACAGUUAUUGCAAUACUUAUUGUUCUCUUUACAAGUAAGUGUUUGAAACUAACAUAUAGGUGGUGAGAAUAACAUCAUAAACUCAAGAAAGCUUGUUAAAGCAAAUAAUAUAUAAGCCACCUGUUUGACCCAUCACGGAAUAGACUGUUCCUGAUUCUCUCCAUUGGGAAGUUUUAAGAUUUCUUGUUUCUCCUCUGAGAAAACAUACAUUAACUGUAAAAUGAUAUUUAGUGCAACUUCUAAGGCACAGGAAACAGACUUAUGGAAAAAAAUUGGUUAAUUGAACAUAGGAUUUGUGGAUUAAUUUUUGCUGGCCAUUACCCUGGCUCCAGUCAGGUCUCUUUUCAGAAUAACUAGAAAGGUAAAGCUCCCAAGUUUUUUCUCUCUCAGCACUUCACACAUCACUGUCCAGCUUUGCUGCAAACUACACGUAUCAUGAAUUAGGAAAGAUAAAAAUCUCUUGCACGCAGGUCAGCCUGGCAAUAUUGCUGUUAAAGCCAUUAGGACUUAUGUUGCAUGUUGUCGGUCAGCGGUCAGUGCUCACCUCCAUGUGCUUAGUAGAGGCGGAGCUAGUGUUUCCUGGCAGCCACUCUCUUCAUUUAGCCUUUGGAUCAUUCUUUCACCCCCAUCCCUCUCUCUUUAUUGUUCCACUGGACAUCUCAGGCACCCACCUCCACUAAGCAAUGCAGUUGUUAAUUUUAAAUAACAUAAAAUAGUAUUGCAAACAAUUUGGCAUUUUUUAUCCUUCCAUUUGCAUGUAUCUAAUAUCAGCAAACUAAGGUAACAUGUGUAAUAUAGUACCCUCUCGACAAUGUUAGAGUGAUUUUACUUAACCCGUGAAACAAGUAGUGGACUAUAAUGUACUACAUGUACGCUCUAUUAUGCACUAAUUCCAUUGUUUUCCUGGGUAAUCUUGUCGCUAUUUUGCACUAGUUGUUAGUAUCUGUUUUGCAGGUCAGGUAAAAUCACUCUAAUUAUUUUGAGUAAUUUUAAGAAGUUUAUAGUUAUGAAAUCAUGACAGCUGAUGGGGAUUGUUUGUUGGAUAAUUUUUUGUAUAGAUCUGUGAUUAUUUGGGCGUAGAUGUUGCUGUUGUUGAAGACUUCAUAUUGGGAGAUGAAAAGGUAAAUGUCAUAUAACUGUCCCCUGAGGGCUUUCUGUAAUGGUCUUUGUAGGGUAGCUCCACCCAAAAGGGGUAUCUUUUGGAGGUUUUAGGUACAUGUAUAUGAGAGGGUAGGGAUUUCACCAGUUGAAGUAUGUGAUCUGAAAGGGUUGGGAAAUCUGUCAUCUCGGUAUAAUGUAAAAGGACUUAAAAUGGCCUACAAAAGGGUUUUAUGGUUGGGAAAAAAAGUCUAGUGAAUCUUAGAUUUUUCCAAAAAAAAAAAUGUUUGCCAGGCAGCCUGGAUUUCACAAUUUCAGGGCACUGAGCUCCUUUCAAUUUUUCCUGGAGUUCAACCUCCUUGUUCACUUAUUUUUGUAUUUUUUAAUGUCAGUCUUGGAUGUGUCAGUAUUUAUUUUGUACUCUUUCAAUAUUGCUUACUGUAAGAUAAUACAUAAAUCCAUUUGUCUUCUCUUCCUCAGUUUAACCAACUAGAAAGCUUCUUUGCUUCUGAUGGCUCUAGACGAAUCAUGUUUUUUUACCAGGAAUGUAGUGUAAGUGUUUUAGAAAAUACUUCAGCUUCAUUGUUUAAUUUUAAUAAUGAUAUCUUUUGUAAGUUCUUUGAUUACUGCUAUGAAUCAUUACAGUGUAACAGGGUGUAGUUUAUCAGUGUGUUUAUAAGUUUCUCCUCUAAAACUGUAUUCACUUGCUUUUUUGAUUUUUGUAGAUAAACAGAGUUGAUUUGAGCUCACAGGCUGCAAAUUCACCAAAGAAACUGUUCAUAUCAGCAGGAAAUGUAGAGGUAUGUUAUUAUACUGUCUCACUUGGCUUGAUUAGAAUCUAAUGAUGCGUGACAAUGUUUAAGGAUGAGGGGCAUGAUUUUUAAUUCCUGACUCUUACCACUGGCUCAGAUUGCUGUGAAAACAAGGAUAUGGGGAUAAUUGCUAAUUGCAGUUGAGUAAAAAAGCUAGAUUGAUUAAUAAAAAAGCCUGCUGAGCUUUUCCUUAUAGCUACAUCUCAGAACGAACGUACAAUUUCUGACAAUUAAACUGGGUCACUUCCUUCCAAUUCUCCUCUCCUUUUCUCCCAAUGUUGUUAAGGAAUAGUUUUUUGAGCUGAUCAUGAGUGGACCCAUUUUUGUAGCCAACAUUGAGGAAAAAGAAGAGAAGAAUGUUGACAAUAGUUAUAUGGGCAUUCAUGAGGUCCUUGACCCAGGUUGUAAUGUCACAUGUUGUAGCUGGUUUUUUGCACCCAUUUUUGGAUUUUUUGUUUAAUUCCCUGUAGAUCAUUUGCAUCUUGUAAUUCCUUGAUUCUGCCAUUGUUAAGAGCACUUUUCUACGUGUAACAUGUAUUUACCAGUGUCAAAAUUCCAGAAGUAUUCCUUCAAUUGCAUUAAUUUUAUUGUUUUAAAUUAUUUCCAGGAACUGUGUGGUACUUGCCUGAUGUUUCUUCGCUCAACAACAAAAGCUAUCACUAUACAAAAUGUUGCCCAGGUAAAAAGACAGACAGAACCUUUUGAAACCUUUGCGUGGCUUUAUACAGGUUACAUUCGACAGGUUAUACAUCAGGGCCCAGUUGUUCGAAGGCUGAUUAGCGCUUAACCCGGGGUUAAAUUUAACCCGGGUUUCUCUUUCUUGUGUUCAAAAGCAUUUUCUCGGAUAAUUUUCCCUGUUAUUUUUAGAGCUUCUAAUCAUCAACUUGUAGUCAAAAAGAAUUAAAAUGUAAAUGCUUUUUAGGCUUUCAAAUCUGAAUUCAAAUCUUGCGCUAACCGUGGGUUAUAUUAACCCAGCUUUGAGCAACUCGGCCCUGUAGUCCGCUUGUCACAGUGCCACAGAUGAAUGUCUCAAAGAACAAAGGAUAGUAUCUCCUAAUGGCCUAAAAUUUAGUUUUAGUUCAAGUGAAAAUCUUCCAAUAUACAGUUAUAUCGACUUAUGAUGACUGUGGAAUUUGAUCCGCAAAAACUUAAGGAUUGGGGAACACAAUGUUUGAAUGACCUUUAUAACUGCGUUACUUAAAGUGUUAUUAUGUGUAAACUUGCAGGAAGUAAACUUUAUGGCCAUGGAAGCUUCAAAAGGAGAUAUCCUGGCAGGAUUUCAAAAACUUUUUGGAAACAUUUUUAUUCCUGCACUCCAAAAACAAGAGGUAAUAGUAAUUUACUAAGACUUAGUUUUACCUGCAUUUUUAAUGUUGGCUACACUUUUCUCUCUAGCCCCCUCCAACUUAAACAUUAAAAAUUAUUUUACUUUUAAAGCAUGUUCUUAUACUUCCUUUCCUUUUUUUAGAAUUGGGGUGAGCUGCCAGGUAACUCUGGGCAAGUGCAAGAGUUCCUUGAGUCCCUUGAAAAGUUUGCUGGCAUUCUAGGUGGAGCAAGAAACAGCAUGAAAGGAAGGUGAGACAACAACUGCAUUUUACUAGUCAAUUUUUUCCUUCGAGUAUUCACGUAAUAUUGACUAGCCUGUACGAAACUAUGCCGCUGAAUGGAGGGUUACAAUGAGACAUGCAUGAACUUCUGACAGAGCAACAAGUUAAUGUCUUGCAGUUAAUAAAGCACUUUAAUGGAACAAAAUAUGUGUUGCUGACUAAAAUAAAUAUAAUCAGAUUGCACCUAGCAUUAUAGAAAUGUCAAAGAAGGAAAAGUAAAAAAAAUUAAUGGACUCUCUGCCAUUUUGUUUGAAAUCCAGGGUUCAGCUUGGAGAUCAUGAUUUAGGGCCUCUGCUUGACAGCCUCAAAACUCCAACUGAUUACGUAUUGGCUGGUAAGAAAUCUUUUUCGUUUUUUAAAGUAUGUUAUGACUUUGUUGUAGUCAUUGAGCACUUCACACCCUAUUACAUGCUUCAGUUAUUAAGGACUGGUUACUUGACAAAGUUUACGUAAUCUUUUGGCUUGACAAUUUUUGUUUCUUUUUUUCUAGACUGUGUUGGUAACUUUUGACAGUGUCACAAAUAAAUGUUAAAGUUUUAUUACUUUGCCUUUUUAAUGUCAUUUGAUUUUCAAGUUGGUGUUGAUGGUCAAUUUAGAGCACCACAAUCUCAUUGAUGUAUGACUCAUGUGUUUAAAAACUUCAACAACAACAACAACAACACUUUAUUCACAUUUCCAUUACAGGGUUUGUCAAACUUAUUGAAUAAUUAGUAACUUAGCACGUAGAAUAUUCAAUUACAAUUUAAACUAAAUAUUAUUACAUAGAAGGAAAUGCCUAGCGGCUAGAUAACCGUAAGGUUUUCGAGCUAGCAACUAGUUCUUUGAAAGUAUAUAGUGUCGAAUGUACAGGACAUCACAAUAACUAGACAUACAUCUUAAGACAUACACACACCAUAAAAAUAAAAGAAGAAAGCACAUAGAUGGCAGAAAAAAAGAAGAGAAAACAGUCAUCAUAGUACAUGACGAUAUGAUUAAAAUAAAAUAAUUUCAGUACUUAAGUUAAUUGUUCGGCCUUUGCGGAGAAGUGUUUGACCGACUUUUCCAAUUCAGAGAAUGACUUUUCAAUCAAGGUUAAUUUAGCUUUUAGAGGUCCAAUUUCGGCCUCCAAGAGUGACUUAAUUUCAUCUUUAGUUGCCAUCAAAGCAAUACAAUUGCAGAUGCCUGCACUUAACAAUGGUAGCCGAAAAUUUGGCCAACGUUAAAAAACACGUGCGGCUGCCAUUGCGCCAUAUGCUAAUCACUUUACCUCAAGCAGACUGUUUCUGCUGAGUUAAAGCAGAUCAGUUUAAGAUUCUGGGAAAGUGCCCUGGCCACCCAUCCCUACCCUAACCCAACAUUAACAAGUCAGCUACUUACUAAGGGCAAAAUGUUGGGUUAGCAGAGGGGUAGGUUGGCAGUUUCCCAGGAUCUUACAUCAGGGCUGUUAUUAAGAGCUCAGGGGGCCAGGGAUUUCCGACGGCUGUUAAGAAUGUGGCCCCUGGCUACUUUCAUACGAAAAUAAAAGAAAAAUAUGACCAAAUGAAAUCCCCAGCUCUUUGAUUCCCUGCCUACUUGUUGUAUUUACCUGGCAAUGUGAAAUCUUGGUGACAUUCCUGUGAUAUACUUAAACCAAGGGCUGUCACUAAGAUCCCUGUCUCCCAGCCUUCAUUGAUAGCCCUAGCUGACAACUAUAGUAAGUUAUAAAUCAAGAUGAAUUAGGUCGAAUCAACCUCUGUGUUUUUUUAGCCAACAAUCCUGAUACAGUGGACAAGCUUGAGGGUCUUGUAGCUUUAUGGUCCAAAGUAAUUGAGCAAGUUCUUGCUGAGAGUGAACAGGUAGGUCAUACACCCCUGUGGCUCAUGUACAGUACUCUACUUACUUUUGAAUUUCCUACUAAUUUAUUGUGAGGUAGGCUGUAAUAGGGAGAAUCUGUGUCUGCAAUAGUUCAGUUUUGAAUUCGUUGCAGCCACUUGAAUAGAUCGAAGCAGCUGAAGACUCAUUUAUACAGGGUUAGCCUCGUCUCACCUAAUGUAAAAUAUUCUCAAAAACUGGUGACAAGGUGCCUGAAUUUGAUUUUAAAACAAUACACAGAGUUGAACACAGAUCUUCUUCUGACUGGAAUUUGUGAAUAUAUUCUCCUUCAGGUUGAGACUAACCCUGUAUAAAUUAGUCUCCAGUGCUUCUAUUCAUGACGUGUUUGCAACAAAUUCAAAACUGGACUAUUCUUUAACAUUAGUUGCCAUGUGGGACAGAGUAAUAUACUGUUCAAUUGUAUCUUAGUUUUGUGACCCAUGGGUUGGAAUUAUAGCAGGCAUUUAAUCACUUUUCUCUGUUAUGGUUUCUUUUCCAAGAUGAGGAAAGAAGCAGACGACAUUGGUCCAACAGCAGAACUUGAACACUGGAAAGAGAGAAUGGCCAAGUUUAAUGUGUAUGUGAUCUUGACACAAGUGACACUAGACAUAUAAAAAUAUAUAUUAUCAUAUAAAAUGGCAUUUAAUGUUCUGAAUGAGUGCACUUUAUCUCCUUUGGAACUUAAAGGCUAGACAUUCACUGAAGGUAAUGGAAGGUACGUUUUAAAACAAGGUCAACCCCAGCCUCAAACUAACUCACAGGUCAUGUUACUAAGAGAAAGCUAUAAAAUGGCACUGAUUGCCUUUUCAAGCAGGUCCCUGAUAUUUCUCAGUACUUUGCCGCCUCCUUCAAUAAAAAAAACAUAGUUUGCCGUGUAGAUUUAAUUGGUAUCAUAGUGCCCAAUGUAAAACAGUUGUAUAUUCUUCAAAAGGUAAAUAAUUUUGAUGUUUAAGAACAUAUUUUGAAAAAUUAAUCUGCGCAUCAACUGUUCUAUUUUUUCUUCAGUCUUGUAGACCAAGUGAAAAGCCCCCAUUGUAAGGCCACAGUAGGAGUACUGCAUGCUGCAAAGUCAAGAAGUCUAAAACAUUGGAAAGAGCUGGUAAUAAACCAAGAAUUGUGAUAAAAAUACUUCCACUUUUCAGAAAGUCGUGCUGACCAAAUUGUUUUUUUGCUUUCAUGCAUAAAAAUCUUGACUACAUGGCUUCAUUUAUUCUGAAUACAGGACAGUAGGAUAACUGAUGCAGCCAAUGAAGCAAAGGACAAUGUGAAGUACUUGUACACCCUGGACAAGUUUUUUGGACCACUCAUCAAGUGCACUCCGGUGCGUAUACGUGACCUAUUAAUUCACUAUAAACCAUGCAUCAAGGACAUUACGUUCGUCUGAUAAAGAACUACUGGUACAGUCCUGCUGCCAUCUUAAAACAUAUGGGGAGCGAGCUUUCUCCUUUAUUGCCCCAAAACUAUUUAAUACCCUCCCAUUAAGUAUAAAACGUUGCAACUCGGCAGACUCUUUUAAAUUUUAGAAAUUACUUUGAAUUGUAAGAGUCAUUAAUUAUUACAUUUUUUCAGGCUUUUUUUUAAAAAUGUUACUCAGUUUUCUUUAUCAUUCACUGUUGUAAAGUGCUGUUGGUUCAGUAGAGAAGCAGCGCUAUAUAAGAUUAUUGUUAUUAAUAAUAAUAAUAAUAUUAUUAUUAUUGUUGUUAUUAUAAUGAUUUUAGCAUACAGGGUGAUAUUAGGUGGAAACGUUUUGGACCCUUAAGUUUGUAUUGCUCUCUUUAUAAGGUUGUGCAUGUUGUUCAGGUCACUGGUAUGACUUGUCUUACUAGUUACAUUUUGGGAUGAGAUUGUGCAAAAUGAUCACUGUAUAUCUCGUCUGUCACUCAGAAGUCACCAGAACAUUGCAGACAUCUGAAUAAAUCAGCUUCCAAGAAGUUAUAUAUGGUAGAAUCCCUCCUUACCACCACAUCGGCCAAGGUCCUCAUUGCGGUUUUAAGUAGACAGCUAGGAUGUAAAAGUAGGCAGCUUGGCAGUUGAUUGCAGAAGACAAUUUUAGGACUUUCACUCUCUAUUAUUACCCUUUUUCCCAAAAAGUAGGUGGCUUUUAAUUUUAAAAAAUUAGAAGUAGCCAGUUUUUAUGCGGUUGCCAGCACUAAAUGAGAACCCAUGGUCUUCCUGUUGCGUGGAAUGUAGAAACACUCAGUCAGUUUCUCAAUCUGAAAACCUCAAUGAUUUUACCUGGAUUCCAUGGGCUAUAGAUGGUCGCAUCAACGUGGUUUUGCUGUAUCAGGAGUUACAAAAUGUUGUGUUUAUGCUCUGUUUCGUUGGGAAGUUUUCUAAAUAUAUUUAAUUAUGCAUCUCUUUGACAUGUGCUCUGAAUAACCAAGUUGUUUUUGAUGUAUCUAUCAGACUGAAAUGGUGGAGCAUAUUCCAAGUUUGAUGAACGCCAUCAGAAUGAUCCACAGUAUUUCUCAAUACUACAACACCUCAGAAAGAAUGACUUCUCUCUUUGUCAAAGUUACAAACCAGAUGAUAACAACUUGUAAGGCGUACAUUAACAGAGAUGUCAUGAAGAUUUGGGAACAUUCAAGGUAUCAGUCCGUCCAAUCAGCCUUGCCUCAACAAUUACUGUCAAAGGGACAGGUUCACGGUUCAGCGCAUGCUCGUUAAUCAAAAUGCCAUUUUUCUGCCGGGACAUGCGGUAUCGUCCAUGAAAGCAAUAUGAUCAUGUCAUAAUGUUGUCAAAUGGAACCAGUCUGCACACUCCCCUGGCAGGCACUUGAUCAACUUAGGUGCAAAUAGCUGUAAAUUAAUCAACCAUAGAAUAAAACCCUAGGGUCAACAAUAAAUUCAACGUUGGUAGUGUUGGCAUAAUCCACUAAUUUUUCUGCGGUUUUAGUACUCCUCCAUCCUACUUCAGGUUACUCUGAAAUACACUUCUUCUUUGAAAUACACUCUGAGAUCGCUGAGAUACAUGUGAGUGGGAUUAUUAACCGAUAUAAUUAAUAAUAAAUUGAAAAAAGCGUAAUUUAAUUAAUGAGCAUGCGCUGAACCGUGAACCUGUCCCUUGAACAAGAGUUUUGCUGAAUGAUCAAGAUUCUCUAUUUUUACCAUACUUUUCGUAUGUUUCAAUAGUAUUGCAUAAACUAGGACCAUAAAGAGCAUUUCCAGUUUAAUCGUACACAGAUCUUAGUAGUCCAAUGUUGUAUACAGUAGAACCUCGAAAUAAGGAACCUCUAUGUAACAAAGUCCUCUGUGUAACAAUCAGUUUUGCUUACCACAGUAAUAGAAACCUCGCUAUGGUGAACAAAUGUUUCAGUCCGUUAGCCCCUCGUUACUUCGAGGUUUCACUAUACAAGUAAAUGCACGAAGAGACUGUCGCCUAUGUUGUUCAAUAUUGUUGAGCUGUUCAGUGGUUUGCCGGCUCGUAGAUUUUGUUUGUUCUCGAAACCACAACCUUGCAAACUCACCAAAAACUUAAAAAGAUCUGUUCACUUUAUUACCAUUUCCAUUUACAUGUAUGUCCCACGAUCGCAAGCUAUGGCUGAGUUCAGGUCUCACAACUUUCUUCAUGCGUAAAAGCAAAGUUCUUUAAUAAAUUGUAACCUGUGGCUAACAAAUGUUAUCUCAUAUUUUGAUUUAGGGAAGUGUUAUCAGGAAGAUUAAAUGAGUGCAUUAGACUCAAUGCAGAGUACCAGAAGUGUUUUCACCGAACUAAGCAAAAGCUGCGAGAAAGUCCUAAUGAGCGACAGUUUGAAUUUAGGUAAGCAUCCCUUCCCUGAAUUAUGAAUCAUAUGUAAUUUCUAGCAUUUUAGAUGCUUCAACGUAUUGCAGUUUUUUAUUAGGAACUGUACAUGGCUAUGUCCAAUACUUGUGCAGUUAUGGCCAGUCCAGGAUGAAAAACUUCUACAUUCUUUUUUUUUUUUAAAGGGGGAGUUCAACUAACUUUCUCAUAGUUCUGACUGAAUAUUUUGUGUGCCGGCUGUUCCUGAGCAAUAAGUGCUAGUAACGCAAACUCAUUUUACAAGGAACGGGACCUUUCAGAGUGUCACAUGUGAAAUUUUUUGGUUAUGGAGUAAGAAUAUCUCGCUCCUCAUAGUUAUUUCAUGCUGUUACCUUUGCAAACUAGGGUAAAAAAUUGUAACUUUCAAGUAAACCAAAUUAAAUGGCAAGACGGUAUGGGUUCUACGAAAGCUACUGAUUGUCGUUAGUCAGUCACCCAUACAACAAGGGUUAAAUGUAAUAUUAUGUUCAAAAACGUUUGCUUUACAGCGAGAAUUACAUCUUUGGAAAAUUUGAUGCAUUUUGCAAGAGACUGGAGAAAAUUGAUGACAUGUUGAACACAAUGGAAAAUCUGGCUGGCCUGAAUAGCAUCAAAAUUGAGGUAAGUUAUAUUUUUGGUAGCUGGGCAAUUUGAUUAAGUUUCCGCUAUAAAACUGCUUGUUGACGGCAAAAUGUGUUUAACUCUUGUGCUGUUUAAGAGUCUUGUCGUGAUCAUUGUUAUGUUUCGUUUUUUUUUUUCAGGGCAUGGAGACUAUGAUUGUCCGUUACAAUUCUAUUGUGACGAGUGUGAAGAAGAAAGGUUAUGACUUGCUGGAUCACAGGAAAGGAGAGGUAAGGGUCACUUUUUUUCAACUGCCGUUUUACCCAGUGAUGCUUCAUGUAACUUACUGUGCCUUUAAAAUUUUCUCGUUAGUUUGACACUGACUAUGAAGAAUUCAAACUGAGCAUUGAUGGACUGAAACAGCAGCUGCAGAUGUUUGUUGACUCUUGGUUUGAGAAACCAUUGUCUGUAAGUAUUCUCUUUUUCACAGCGUUAAUUUUCAUUGGCAAAUGCAGCAUAGAUGCAGUAUAUGUUAUGGUUUACUGAGGUCUGGGAGGAUUAAAAGUAAAAAUUUUUCUUUUGGCUACAGAAAUGGAAAAAAGUAUAACGUUGACCGUUUUUUGUCUCUUGCAUUUGCCCUUUUUUUAUCAGUGAAAGUCUGUUUUUCGAUAUUUUUGAAGACGUACUUUCUUAACCUUUUUUCUUUCCUUCAGACUUUGCGUGCUCUCGAAUUACUCCAAAAAUUUGAGAAUAUAGCAGGAGUCCAGUUGUAUCUUCACGACAAGUACCAAAGAAUACUGAUGCAGUAUGGAAGGUAUUAUUAGUGGCUUUUGAAGCUAUUACCUAAUUAUUGAGGUGUACAUGGCGAUCAUUUGUCUUGAUUGAACUGCACCUUAAUACUUGAAAGAGCUUGAGAAUGUCUUUCACGACAAUUUUUACUCCAGUGAGUAAUAAAUGGGUUAUAUUCGAAUGGGAACAAGCAAACAGAAAUGCUUUGCAAUGAUAGGAAGAGCCGAGAAGUACGUAGAGUGGGUUGGGAGCAAACAAGGCUGAAACCCUGUGAAAACGGGCCGACAAACAGAGGAAUCCCAAAUAGUUCGUAGUUGGAAUGUGAUGAAUAAUCGUUAAUGGUAUAAAUUGAUCCAUGUGAGCAUAAGAGAAGCAUUGAUAUCUGCAACGUCCUACAAUGAUGAUAUUUUACACAUUUAAGAAAUAUGUACAUGUAAGAAAGAUUCUAUACUAUAUGCACCACUGCCUUUGUAAUACAUAUCUCAAGAGCAGGCGUGUUGACAACAGUGAGAUGCAUGUAAACAGGACUGUUUUUAGGUUCUUAAGUGGCCUCUCAUUUUUUCAGGGACCUUGAAACAUGUAGGAAGCUGUAUCAGAAGCAGAAAAAUGACCCGCCAAUUUUACGUAACCUUCCACCGGUAAGAGGAGCAUGUAACGUUUGAGAUUGUAGUUAUUUCUCUCGCAAGCAACCCCCCUACCCCCCAUGGUGCACAAAAAAGUGGUCGCCUACGGGAGGUGGUCGUCUACGGGAAAAAGCUCGCUGGGUUAGCGCUAUUAAAACUUGACCUUUUGCGUCAUUUGAGUGAAGAUUUUGUUACGAUCAUACACGAUCAUGCCGGAUGGUCGGUUACCGGAAAAAGAAAGCUUAAGAAUAUCUCGCAUUUCUGGCCAAAAAGUGAUCGCGGUGGGUUAAGAAAUUUGAGUAGUGGUCUCGUACGGUAGAAUUUUUUGAAACAGCAUUUGACCGAGAAACAAAACGGUCAUUUACAAAGUGUUCGCUUACGAUAAGUGGUCGCUGUCAGAGAAAUUGUGCCACUCCGCGAGCCAAGGCAAAGUGUAUGGUAAGAACUUGAUUUUUUUGUUUCUAGGUGGCCGGAAAAAUAACAUGGGCGCGACAACUUUUCAGAAGAAUACAUGAGCCAAUGAGAAUGUUUAAGUCGUAUCCUGACAUCUUAAAGGUGAGUCAAUCAUGUAGCUAAUUUGUUUGUGUUCGUUUAUAAUACCGUUGUAAUUUUUAUGGUAGAGUGACAGUGUUCCUCGUCUAACAAACGUUUCAAUUCGUUCCGAAAAUAUCGCCAUGGAGUCAUAGUGGCGAUUGACAGUAUUGCUUUGUGUGUUUGUUUUUUGAUAGGGUGAAGACGCAAAGAGGAUCAUUCGUAAUUACAACAAGAUGGCAGCAGUGCUCGUAGAAUUUGAGGUGAAUUUAUUAGCGCUUUUUCAAAUAGAGGGAAUUAUUUCGAUGUUGGUGUGUUUGGCAACUAAAUUUCUACCACCUCUAUGACAGGUGCAAAAACAGGACACAGCAAAAAUACAGAGACUGUGGCGAUACAAAUAACUUCAAUGUCUUUUCAGCUUUUUAUAGCAGAUUAUGUAGGCCCCGUCGGACAGGUUUCUGAAAAAACAAUACAUAAUGGUCUUCAUCUUCCUCUUCUGAAAGCACAGCUGUCUAAAGCACUUUUUUUGUUUCCUUUAAAACCACUAUCCUAACGUUUGCUUAAAUUGCUUUUGUUGCUGACACUUGUGCCACUUUUCUAUCCCUGUUACUAUCUGUCCAGUUAUUGUAUCACCGUGGAUGGUUCAGAGCAGUGGAGGCGGCUAAGAGUGGACUGAAUGCAUCAUUGCUUGUGCGUCACCCAGAAACCAAGGUUUGUCAUUCUCCUAUGAUUUCUCAAUUUCAAUAAACUAAUAACCUUCCUGUCCAAAUUAUGCUUUGCAAAUUUUUUGUAGGUAAAAUAUUGGUGCCUACUGGAUUAGUAGCUGUAUGUACAGCCACCUCUUCGCUCGCGUAAUGAUAAAAUGUAACUCUUUUAGCAGAUUGUGACUGCAAAAGGUCUGAAUUCAAUUCGUUUUCUCAUAAUGGGAAGUCGCGUAACUCCAUAUGAUAAGCUAACAAAAACCUAAACUUACUUAACAAAGACCUGGUCACUGUUUUAUUGCGCUUUGUUAAAAAAAUAUGUCUGUAAAGCAGUUAACAUUUGUUGUUACUAACGACACCUGUCUAUGAGGCUUGAAAGUAAUGACCUAGUUUGUCUUUUAAUGAGGCAAAAGUUACAGUUGCCUAGGGGGUUUAUAUAACUCUGUUCACUUGACUCACAGAUUAUAAGUAGUCUCAAAACAUGACAUUUUUCCUCUUACACAGAAACUCUUUGUCAACUUUGAUCCACAAAUCCUCGAGUUGAUCCAGGAAGCAAAAUGCAUGCGGCGGCUGAGUCUUGAGGUACUAAAUAACCAUUUUUUCCCUGUAACAUAUUGAUAUUCCUACGUGAAUUUGGCUUGCUUCUGAGCUGUACCCUCCGAGUUUCUGUACUAAAUUUGCUCCUAGUAAUCCUAUUGAAUAUUUCUUUUCCAGAUCCCAGAGGCAGCUCAAGUAAUGUGCCUAAAAGAAGAACAAUUCAAAACAUGCAAUAAUCGGUAAGUAUAUAAAUCAUCCGUUUAUUUUCAGAUGACAAACGUAACCGUUUCCGGAUAAGUACUACAAUCAAUUUUUGUUUUAGAACAUGAAAGGUUUUCUUGUAGUGAAUCAGCCAAGAUGCAAAAAAUAAGACGCCCGUGACGUGCUGAUUAUUAAAUCUCUCACAGAAUUAAGAUCUUACUUCAGUUUGAACCUCUUAAGAUCUGAAUUCUUUGAAAGAUGUAAUUAAACAGUAUGUCAUGAGCGUGGGACAGAGAAAACAUCCUACUUUUUUAGUUUUUAUGUGUUUAAAUUGUUCACAUCUUGGCAGGUUGACUUCAAGAUCCUUUUCUCCUUCAUGCAAGAUGAAAAAACGUUUGUGUUUUUAAUCUCUCUUUGCAGACUGCAAGAAGUUUUAAAGGAGUAUGAUGAAGUUAUCUCGGGUAUCCCGGAAAACGUGCUUCCGUUGAUGAAGCCAUUCACCAAUCGCGUUGAUGAGACCAUUAAACCUGGUUUGACGAUGCUGAAUUGGACUUCCCUCAAUGUCUACACCUGUAAGUAGUCACUUUUAGUUAUUGGAAUGGACCUUUCACUUCUGCUUGCUUCAAUUUAAGACGGAAUCCACCAGGAAAUUAGUAAUUUUAAUUUUUAGUGGACAAAAACCUUGUACCAGAAUAAUUUAAAGCAUAUUGCAUUCUUUUUUAGGGGGCUAAAUAUGUAAUUAGUCAUCUUUAAUAACACUAAAGAAAAUCUCUUAUGGGAGCCCGAGAAAAUGAAUGUCAAAUUUGACAAAAUUACAUCUUACACAUGAAAUUUUCAGAAUUUUACCUGUGUUUUCACAAUUCUUGUGAAAUUUGACAUUCAUUUUCUCAGACUUCCAUGAGAAAUAGUCUUUGGUGUUAUUACAGAUGACAAAGUACCUCUUUAGGCGUUGAAAGAUGUAAAAAAGAAUGCAAUAUUCUUUAAAUUACUCUGGUACAAGGUUUUUGUCCACUAAGAAUUAAAAUUAUCCAAUUUCCUGGUGAAUUCCGUCUUAAGUAUAAUAUAUAGAUUAAGCCAGAGCUAAAAGCGAAGCUUCCAUUCAUGCAUUUUAAAUUUAUUUCAGACAAUGAACUUGAACCCAGUGCAAAGAAAUUAAAAAACCUAUACUUAACUUUCGGGACAACCAUAUGACCAAAAAACAUGAACUUGAGCCUGCGACCAAUUAAAAGCUAACAAUUGGUCAGCGGUGACCUCGAUGAGUUAGCACUUGAGCCCAUGAUACGGUUGUGUGACUGGUCAGCGAAUACCCUGUUUUGACAGCUAUCAAUUGACCAUAAUAUGGAUGUCUAUUAUAUCAAGUUAAACACAGGUUACAUGCUCCCACACUAGCUAGAAAGUUUGGCAUUUCACAUUGGUUGGCCUGUGGUGCGGACGGACGGACGUACGGUCACGUGAUUGCCAAAAUGUUUUGGAUGGAUGGAAGAUUACCAAAUUCUUUUAGGUUUGGGGCUCCGCUAUCAUGCCAUUUUGAAACAAAAAUCAACAGUGCAGAAAAUCUUUUCAUGUCACCACUAUCAAAAGCUAAGAAGUCAAUUGUGGAUAUAGAUAUGGACAAAGAAAGUGUAAAAUAAUGCCAUGCAUAUCUUUUUUAUCUUUUCUGCAGAUAUUAACAGUAUCCAAAAAUCUGUUAAGGGUCUUGAAAGACUUACAAAAGAGGUAUAGUGCGUGUUUUUUGCUGACUGUACUGCAGUGCAGUGUGUGAUAUUGUAAUGAUCUGAUUGCAAAAUAGCGAGGAGCAAAACAGGGAUAUCAAGCAUCAGCCGGCUUUACAAUGAUGGGAAGAGCCCAAUAAUGACGUUAUUGAUUUUGAUACGGUAACACAAGAGAACAUGCUUUGUAAUGUGACCUUAGCAGCACAGUUGUGUUAGAAAGGCUGAGAGGUACAUGUAUGGGCAAUAUGCGGUGUAGGAAUUUUAAUAAAGCAGGGGUGUUUUAGCGAUUCGCGUGUGGACCGUACUGAACUCUGGCUAAUGCACCUUUUUGGCGUGAUUUAGUCUGGAUGCAGUGAGUGCACUGCCAAUUGUUUUCUAAUUAUUUGCUUUCACUGAUAUUUUCGUAGAUAAAGGACAUACUUGAUUGCAGAAUCGAGGCAGUUUUGCAAGAUAUCGAGUUAACACGACUCUGUGACCUGCCAGAAGAUGAAGCUGUCUCUGUGGAAGAAUUUGUUAGUGUAACAGAAAGAACAUGUCAAGAAUCUGCUGAGUCUCUGUCUAAGUAUGUUUUUCUUCACGAAAUCUUUCAAUAAUUUAAUAAGCCAGUCUGAGUCAGCGUGCGGGAUGACCCGAAUGCUGCACUCUGAUUCGUCACUGCCCGCAUGGGGUACCGUUUCCAUCUAUUUAUAAUAUCGUAAUUUCAACCCUCCAAGUUAAAGUUUUUGCUUGGUCGCCAUUUGACAACCAACUCUUUGGUUUAGGGAGACUUUUUUACAAAUCAAGUCGCUAGCUCCAAAAUUUUAGGUGCCAUGACUUGGAGGGUUGAAUUUUGACAUACACGUAGUGUUCGCACCUGUCGGUCCAAGAAAGCUAAUCUUAAGGAAGUGUACACAUCUUAUCCGACAUCGAGUUAAGCAAUUAAACAAGUUACAAUGGAACUAUAGGUGGAAAAAAAGUUUCUGUAAUUGUUUGUCAUACAGAACGGAUGUUAAGGCUUUGUUUUGGGAGCUUUGUUCGCAAUAGCAUCUUCUUAACAAAUUACCGUGAUUAAAGACACAUUCGCUCGUUAUUCUUGUUAAAGGUUCAACCAUCUGGUGGAAAGUUCAGUAAAUACUCUUCUGCAAACCCUGAAAGACAACCUAAAUUCAGACGAGUUAGUUGGUCUGGACAAAGAAAAUUAUCCAUGUCUGUACCCAGAAUCAAAGCAGGCAAAGAAUAAUAAAGGAAACAGGUGCUGGGAGUGUAUGCCAUGCUGUUACUGGGGCCUGUUCAUCUUCUUUAAUCAGCGAUGCAUUGACGCUUUGGUCAAAAGCACAAGGCAGUCUUUAGAUGCCAUUAAACGUCGCAUGCAAGCAGCGAGUAAACAUAGUAAAGAGAGUCUUGAUGCAGACAACAAAUCUCCAGCUCUUUUUAAAGUGAGUACCUAUUCUACUAGACAAUGUUCCUAGGGUGGUGCAAUUUCUACACAUAGUUUGUUAACGGUUACUGUCAUUUGCGCCAUCAGCUAGUUUUCAUUUAUCGUUUGUUUUGAUAGCUUCCAACGACCUUUUCUUCCUCUGUACCUUUCCCUGUCUCCUUUUUUCUUUUUUUUUGCGUCUUCGUCUUUGUUCAUUUUACUCUGUCAUUCUUUCUUUUCCCAGUCUUUUUUUUUUUUUACUAUAACUGUGCGGUUUCUCGCGCGCUGAUUGGUCGAGAGCUAUGGUCGAUAUGAGUACAUGACGUGAUGAUGGCGUAAGUUCUUUGUGUCUUCCUUGCGAACGCGAUUUUCCGAGAAGUUUGUAUUUGUAAUCAAAUGGCGACGAGUGAAAUUAUUAAGAUUUGGACAAAACACUAGUGAAAUUAUUCCCUAGUUUCACGAGUAUACCAUUUUAUUACCUAUUAAUAUCAUGGGUGACGAAUUACGUUUGCCAUCGUGGUUUUGUGACAUGUUUAUCCUGGUUUUAUCGAUCGAGAUCUGCACGCUCUUAAAAGUUUAGAGCCUAAAUUUGGCUAAGUUCAGAAUUUUCAGAAUGUGUUGGACAAAAUACCUGUUAGAAUCUUUCUUGAUGUGUUCUUUCAUGUGUUUAGGUUUUCUAAAGCGUCUCUUAAUGUCCCGACAUCUCCAUUCAAAGCAUUUUAAAACUUCGUCGCCAUCUUGGCACUGACGCGUACAAAAGGUUGCCAUGGCAAUUUUGUAAUUUCACAUGUGAAAUUAUAAGUGAACGCUGAAAUUUCGCGCUAAAAUUAAGGAGUAAUUCGUCACCUUUGAAACUACUACAGAAAUGGGCGUGAUCAACUGUCAAUGUUAUUGUAAAAAACCAAGAUCGACCUCAAUUUUCCACGGUCUCUAUUCUUUUUGACCGUAGAAAUGACGUCAAAAUGUUCAAAACUUACGGCUCGUGGUUCUACUUGAGUUUUGAACAUUUUGAUGUCUUUGCUAUGGUCGAUAAGAGUAUAGACCUUGAAAAGAUGAGGUCGAUUUAUUAACCCUUUCACUGGCAAAUGUGGCCAAGGGCAAAUUUCGACCAAAUUUCCAAAUUUCAUUUUCUAAAAUUUUGACAAACAAAUAGUACCAUGUUAAAGUACAGGCAGAGAGCUUUCAUUUGAAUGGUCACAUCAUAGGAUUUCAUCCAUAGACUCAAAAGUUAGAGUCAACUUACAAAACCCCAUCAAACACUCUGGCAGUGAAAGGGUUAAUUCGUUCAUGACGCAUACUUUUCUUUGCAGGCUGAUGUCGUGUUGGAGAUCCCUACAGUGGUAAUGAAACCUAGCUUAGAUGAUAUCCAGCAGGCCUUGAACAGAACGGUGCAGAUCAUGCUCAAAACGACACAGGUAGCUGGGAAUACCGUAAAAUUCCGAAAGUAAGCCCCGUGGCUUAUAUUUUUCAAAGGCCCUUUUUGAGGGGCUUAUUUUUGGAGGGGCUUAUAUUCGGAGGGGCUUAUCUACGGAGGGAAAUUUGCGUUUCAAAAUCGAUUGCGCUAGCCUUAUAGUUGUAAGUAAAUUUACCGUUUUUGCUUUGUUUUACUUUGUAUUUGACGGCAAUUUCCAAGUACAAGCCCCCGGGGGGCUUAUAUUUGGAGGGGCGAUUUAACCGAGGGUUUUUGGCCUUACGAGUUUGGGGGGCUUAUAUUUGGAGGGGCUUAUACGUGGAGGGGCUUAUUUUCGGAAUUUUACGGUAACAUAGCACAUUAAAUGCGAUACAAAGGUGCUGUAGAGGCUAUUCAGCCCAUGCUUUUACUGAGUGGAACUGUGCAGUAGGUUGUGAUUCUUAGCUGGAAUAAUCUCCUUUUGAUUCUUAUUUUGUAGAAUGUCUACGAGUGGGAACAGCAUGGAGUCAUCCACCAGCCCCCAAUCAUAGUCGCUGAAGAAGGAAAGGUUCUUCCUCCGCUGGCUCCAAAGUCUCUUUACAAAAUUGUGUCUGAGCACAAGGAUGUAACAAAAGUAAGGGCUUUUUAAUAAGAGGCAAUAGGCAUUAGUCAGGUCAUCUGGUCUCGUGCACAAGUGUAAACCGUCUAAGCAAACCUAAUGCGUUUUUGAUUUCCAGGUGGUAAUUACUCUCAGUUCUGUUGUAAGCUCACUGAAGAUGGAUGCCACUAAAAUUCUGGAGGAGAUGGACCAGUUCAAAGAGUUAUGGAAUCAGGUAAAUAUACAUCUCUGUUGGCCUAAUACUACAAUGGAGAUCCUAAAUCCUUGGGACAGUUAUUCAGGGUUCGUACAUAGUCUUGAAUUCUUGAAAAAGUCUUGAAAUUUUCCCAGCAAUUUUCCAGAGCUGGAAAAAGUCUGGAAAAUGGAGAUAAAGUCUUUAAAAAAUGGUAAAAAAUCCUGAGUUUUUUUUCUUUUUUUUCAAAGCUACAACAAGGACUUUAGAAGUUACAUUAUUUCGUUUUGGUCAAAUCUUAUUCAAUCUCGCUCGUUUGUUUGCAACACAUCAUGGAAACAGCUUUGCUCCUGCGUUCUCUAUUGAUCACCUAUUUGGUAACCUUGUGUCUGAAAACAGAAAUUUUUGUUUUGGAAUAAAGUCUGGAAAAAGUCUUGAAUUUUGGGUCCCAAAAUCUGUACGAACUCUGGUUAUUCCAAACUUUCUGGAAACAAAGAUAUUCUUCUUUCAAAUCUAUUGGUUAAGAACCCUUAUGCAAUAAUCUCUGUGUGUCCACCGACCCUCUCCACCCCACUUUAACAAUGCCGUUAAAUAUAGAAAAAGAAAACAAUUACCAGCCCUAAGUAAGUAUAGUGUAUAAAGCGCAAACACACAAUAUUCAACAUGGUGUUUGGGUGAGGGAGGAAGGAUUCCGUUUGAUUCUUACAGUUUUCCUUGAAGUAUUUCAUGGCGUUUAACCAUCGUGGCAUUAGAGACCUUUAGCAUCAGGUAAACCGCAAACCACAAACCGCAGUUAGGGGCCGACCAUUUAACUCUUGAGGGGGGUGGUGGGUGAUUUUGAAAAAAAAUUUCCUGCAAGCGCUUGUCGGAAGAAAAAAAUUGCAUGCAGCACAAAUGUAAUAGAGAGCUUAUGGGAAAAAAAGGGAAAAAGAUAUCCUGCCUACCAUAUUGCUAGAAAAAAAAAUUCUUGAUGACCAGAAAUCACCCACCCCCACCCUCAAGAGUUAAAUGGUCGGCCCCUUAGGCGUUUGCAGUUUCGCGUUGCCGAGAUUUCACACUUUAGCAAGGCGUUCAGUUCAGUUCAGUUCAGUUCAUUUUUAUUCAGGCAAAAUAUAAUACAAUACAAGAAUACAUAUAGGAAUUGUAAGGUUGCAAGGGAGCCCAGAAGAAACCAGAAGGCUUUAUGAAGCCUGGGCUCUCCAAUCUCAAAGAAAUAAGCAAAAUAAAAUGAAAUUCGCGGAGUGAUACGUUAAAAAUAGGAACUAAACAGAGACUGAGUUAAAAUAUGAAUUCAGUAACAAGAUACACUGAAGACAGAAAAAAAAUUUAACACUGGACAGGAACAGAAUACUUUCCUUUGUUCGUACGGCAGAAACGAAUAUAAAAUUGAUUUGAACUACGCGUUAAUUGUUGAGGGCCGCUAUGUUGUUUUCAUCAAGUCGAAGUGCAUCACUUUAAUCGCCCAAAACUCUGCAAUAAUUCAUUGAUUCGAGAUCAAAAAUCCAACAAACACAUCGCAAACGGAUAUAAAAAGCUAGUUCAUACCUUUAAACGCGAGGCUGUACAAAUUUUUGUGGCAAAAAACCUUGCCGUAAAUCACUUACCGCUGGAAGCCCUUCCUGCGGUUCAAACGUGAACUGCAAACUGCAAACGUGACCGCAAGGCCGUGGUCACGUGACAUUUUGCGGUUUGCGGUUUGCAGUUUCCCAUGAAAAACGUGAUGCUAAAGGUCCCUAAAAGAGGCCGUCAUUUGCUUCCCUGUCAUGCUAUGUUGGGCGCGAAUAUGAAAUUAGGUGUAUCUUUCUUGACGAUAGGUAUAACCAAAGUAAAUUCAGAUUGCGAUCUUCAAAGGAUGGGCUGAAGAAUCUUGUUUUUUAUGGUCUUGGCAACAGUUCCUCAGCUACAGUGGAACGUCGAUUAAACGAACCUCUAUAUAACGAAGUCUUCGGUACAGCGAAACGAUUUUCUUUACCCCAGUAAUAGUAAAAUAUAUGAAAAAGAACCUCGAUAUAGCGAAUAAAUUUUGCCAGUCCCUUGGGCCUUCGUUAUAUCGAGGUUCCACUGUACACUGGAGUAAAAUGAGUAAAGGAGAUUAAAGAAGGGCAUCUCAUAAGUUACUAUUUAGUUCUGCUUUACAGCAUAAACGUUUUUUCAGAAAUGGCUAUUACACUCAUCAAAUUACCCGUUGUGUUGUUUUAAGGAUCCCAACACAAAAGUCAAAGAAUUCAUGGAGUCAAAACCACUGCUAUCUGACUUUGAUGCGCAAAUCAAGUAUUACCAACGCCUUGAGACCCAAAUUGAAGAGUUACCUAGCAGCUAUCAUAUUGGCCCCGUAGAAUACCUCACUGAGAGAAUCAAGGAAGCCCUGGUCACUGAGACUAAGGCUUGGAAGCAAGCGUUUGGGAAGGCCCUGGCGGAGAAGGUAACAAUAAUCUGUGUAUCAGUUGUAGUUCGAGUAAUCGCACUUUUAUUAGAUUUAAAGGGGCUGUGUCACGGCAGUCCAGUUCAUUUUGUUUAUUUUUCCAAUUACUCGCCUUCAAUCGCUAUGAAACUUAAAGUAAGCAAAGAAAUUACAUGUAAAUGACAAAAUCAGAGAUCCGAGACAAACAAAGAUGUCUCCCGAGCAUUAUUUUUGAAGUGCAAGCAGCAGGGAUCAACUUUGAAAAGCUGUUAGGCUGAACAGUUUUCAAAAACCCUCAUUUCAAUCCGCUUCAAUCUUCUUCAGUCUUGCCCACCCGAGACAUCUGUUUUUUCUGUUAUGUUUUUUUUAACCUUCCGUUAAAGUUUUGAGCGGUUAUUUUUAUGUUUCUCUUAAUUUAACGGUCAUUUUAUAAUUUCCUAAUUUGGCUGAAUUUCGUGACACCGCUCCUUUAAGCCCUCUUUACCAGGGGUGUAUACCGUGAAAUUUUGAGACUGUACGCACGGAAAGAAAAGUUCAAGUGCAGAGGCGCUCAAAACUAGGGGGUUUGGAGGCAUUCUCCCUCAGAAAGUUUUUAAGCUCACGGUCUCGGAAGAGCCAUUUCCUGCGUUUUCCGCGGGAUAUCAUCCACAUUCACAUUCACAGCUCAUUCACUAUGAUGAAAAACGUUUGUGAAUUAUAACAUAUAAACAGAUGUUUUCAGUAAAUAGUUACGAAGGAUUAAAUGCAGCAGUUAGUCGUUUAUUUUACCCAUCUCUAGCGUUGUGGAAUAAUAAAAGGAUAAAGGAUUUGAUGCAAAAAAAAAAUGUUUGCGGGGAAAGAAGAAAUCGAGAUUUCAGCCGUACGCACCGACGUAUGUGACGUGCGUAAAUAGACGCUACGUUCCUGCAUACUACCAGAAAUUAACCAACAAAUCUAUUUUUGGUUUUAGAUGGAUCGGAUGGUCAGUUGCCUGCUAACGCAUUUAGCAAGAAAAAUUAAAGUGAAAAAAAGUUAUUCGACGUUUCGAUGUUUCGAGCAGUAUUAUUAGGAAUGAAAACCUUUGAGUGUCGAAGAUGUUGAAAGAGUUGAAGUUUGAAUAAAUUAGAUUGCGUUCGUGCAUACUUGAUUAUUAUGCAGAUGUGAUGUUCUACCAGAAACGCUUCACGAGAAGUUUUGGCCUUCCGGCGUUUCGUUUUAACGGCGUAAUAAUUUUUUAAAAAGCAAUUUGAAAAAAGAGCCUUGAUUGCUGUUUAUCUAAAGACUGAUGUCUUCCAUGUUUGCUGCACAUGACUUUAAUUAAAACUCAUGUGCAGCUGGUAUUAACAAUUAGUAAAAUCCAACUAGUGGUCUAUUAUCAAUGCUGCGUUCUGAUUGGUUGAGCCAUUACUAGGCUAUAUGUUAUAGCCCACUAGCAGCGAAAAGCGUCGGCUUUUUGGUGGCAAAAAAGAUUAAAGUCUAGCUUUAAGAAGCUAAAAUUUUGUUAUUUUCGAUAUUUUUGACCAACUAGUUGGAUUUUGCUAAAACAAUUAUUCCUCUCGCCCUCAUGGCCUCUGAGUCAAUAGCCCAUGAGACUUAUGGCUGAUGCAUUUCUGCAGGGUAAAUUAAGUUUUUAGAGACCUUUAGAUGUGAGGACGAGAUUUAACUUAAAUUCUACGACGAGGGCGACUAAGAGGAAGAGAUUUUCCCAAGACUAGGUAGUUCGCGCGCGUAAACCGGCGUCAUUUUGGCGGGAAAACGUGAUAACCGCAGUCAUUCUACUACAGGUUUUAGCGAGAAUGCCGUAGUGACGGAAAAAAGUUAUAUCAACAGUUUGAAGUCUUAUCAUUUUGCGAUUGGAAGAGGGCUUUACCUCCUUCAAUAAAAAUAAUCGUGCUAGCAUUUCUGGUGAGAAUAAAAGGAUAUUGAUUGUUUACAGGGUGUAUAAUUUUGAGAAAAGGUGACAAAAAUCAAAGAUCUCUUUCAUGCUAUCUAAUCUUUAUGUUUCCAAACAUGGGUAUCAUAAACAAGAAUCUCUCAAAUACUUUCGCAUUUUGCUUUCUGGUGUGUAAAAUACCACACUGUUCAGUGAACACUUCUUAUAAUUACAGAGAACUCCAAAGGGUGAAAUUUGUAUUUGCACAUGCAGGUGGUAGACAGCUUCAUGGGUGUCUUUAAAUGAGAUUUUUAAUUGCUUUUUGGCUGUUUUCGCAGUGACGUCACGAUAGUUCGAUUGUCAUUUCGAUGAAAACACGCAGAGUUAGGUUCACGGAGAUUAAACUUAAAAUUGAGGUUUUUGUGCUUUAGCAAUUAAAGUGUUUAGUGCUAUAUAACUAGUUUCUUGUGGGUAAGAACUGAUACUGUCACAAAUGUUAAUAGAGGUGACUUAGCUGUUAUUUGAAAGUCUUUUCCUGUUCCUGUUAAUAAAAGCUAAUCAAACGCAAAUUUCACAGAUCCCGCUGAUUCAUAAACUUUGAAAGAAGAUUUAGCGAGAAUCUCAGUGAGAUUUGAUCAAAUUUUUUUUUGCGACGAAAAACAACGCAUGCGUUUACGAUCGAUAGGCAGUGAGGUCAGCAAUCUCAACACCACCAGAUAUACCAAAUUUUGUCUGUGUUUCAAUUUUUCAACAGAAACAACUAGUUUAUAAAUUUAAAAGUCAUAUAAGUAAGGCAUGAAGAAAUCAAACGAUUAAAUCAGGCGGAACUGACGGGAAGCCACUAAAGAAAGCCACCGUUCUAGUUUUACAAAGUGGAAAAGUUAUCUACCUGUUCUCUUUCUACCCGUAUUAACACAUUCUUACAAACAGUAAGCAGAACGUAGAUUUAGAACCACUUCUCAAUGUGUUCAUUAACGAAUUUCGAACGGGUCGCAUUUUCCAGCAAUAAAUAAAAGGGUUUAGAGUUGAGUUAAGGAAGAUCAGAGUUAAACUACAGAGAGAAAAACUUUUCAGGUGGGUAUUUGGGCCAUAGAUGUGAAGGGUUAUCAAUAACACGAAACGCGGUAAAUAGCAAAGUAGAAAGAGCAGAUAUACGUAAAAUGUACCGACGGCCGAUCUACGUAGGUUUGCAAAGUUCGCUGUCCUUUCGCCAUUCUGUGCUGUUUGCUGUACUUGUAGAGCCUGGAUUUGAUUCCUGUGACGUCGUAAAACAAGAUAUAUUUUGAUGUAAAGCAGAGUUGUUGCAAGGACACUUAGAAUUCCAACAACAGCUAAGAUUAGGUACCUGAUAGCAGACGGAAGCCAGAACAUUCGGAGAGACAAAAAUAUACUGAAAAGCCAUAUGAAGAUGACCACAGCAAUUACACGCCAGUGGGUUACAAUAGUGUCGUAUCGGAGAUGAAGCUGAAUAGCUAAACAUCUGUCCAAAGUUAUCCCUAUGAUGUUAGCGAACGAAGCCGUGAAAAAUAAAUUCAUGGCGACGCUGAAAGAUGUAUACAUAAUGCAACUAGGACUUAGUUGUUGUAACCACUGGAUCAGCAAAGUGAUGAACAAUGGUUGAACAAGUAAACCAACACCGAGGUCUGAAGCAGCAAGACUCAAAAGCAAUGUUUUUAGAGGUUUUGGCAACGAUGAGGUUCUUGUUAUCGCGUGUAUUGUUGCAAUAUUUAACAUGACUGUGUUAUAUGACAAAAAGGCAUUAAAAACGCAGUUAACAAUCUGUGACACGUGAAGAUCUUCAGCCUCGUCGAUGGAAGGGUAGUAAGGACGGAUUUCCUCACAAAACAAGCUUCCCGUAAUAAUGUCGUACUUCAUGGCGAGGAAAGUUUGAAGCGAUAGCGUUUUUGUCUGGUCGUGGGCAUAAAAGUGAGCAAUCUCUUGCGUACAAAAUUGACCACGAUCUUUUUCAUUUGUUUAAACAAUGAUCUGAAUGACACAUGUCAACUGACUUCAUAAUGUAGUCUGUAAAUAGUCUUGAAAGUCAAUAGCAUUUCGACGUGAAUAAUAUUAAUUUUUAAUAUUUAUUAACUUUUUGCGAGGGAGUGUGAUCAGUUUAAUAGCCAUAAGAUCUUUGACGGUGGAAAAGCUAUUUGCUUUUAUGCUGCAUGCUUGUCCGUCUGUGUAUAGCGAUGUGUACUUUUGCUUUUUUCUUCUUUUGUUAUACCGAAUCCCAAUCUGGAUAACAAAAAAAAGAAGAUGACCAAAUUAUCAGAAGAAAAAACAAAAAACAAAAAAUUGAAAUAUAUAUAAUAUUGAAUUCAAAGCGUGUCUUUAGAAGUCUGAGACGCUUCCAAAGUUGCAAAGUUAAAAAGAAAUGUUUUGUUUUUACUGGUUGUAAAAACUUUUAAACCGGGAUGCUUUUCACGGCCUUUAUUGGUUAGUGUAAAAUAAAUGAGUAAAUAUACUGCAGAGCUUUGUCGGUGGGAGUGCUGGCCACGAAAAUUUGGCUUAAUGAACUGAUGUUCUCUGUUAAAGAACCUGCACUCAAAAGGUCAUAUGGUUUAACCAAGUCAAGUCAAAAUCAGUCAGUGGUUAAAAUUUCAUUGCGUUGGGGCAAGGAUGAAAUCACAUUUAAGGCGAUUGAAAAAUAUCAGCAUGGUCUCCGAAAAACUGUAUCGAAACACCUUAAAUCUAAAAACAGCAGGAAAAAAAUUAUUAACAGGCGAAAUGGAGACUUGAUCGCUGUUUACCCUGAUACAGUGAAUUUCCGUUUUUCCUAACAUGGGUAUAAUUAGCCAGACUCUGCAGUUUGCUGUCAAGUUUAUUUAAUACAGGACUCUGUUUAGUAAGCGCUUCCUAUUUUCAAUUACCUCCGAGCAUUUCUAUUUUUAUUAGCACGGGUGGCUAAGUUUUCGACGAUAGGACACGUUUGUGGUCGAUUUUAAACUAGUUGGGCGGCUGUUUCGCAAUAACGUCAGGAUCAUUUAAUUGCCAUUUCGAUGUACGCACGCCCAGUUUGGACAAAAGUUAACGUACGUUUAACUUAAAAUUGACAAUUGAUAUGCCUUAGUGAUCAAUGUUUAGCGCUCUUUAACUAGUUUCCCGAGGCGUUAGAAUUAAAACUGGUGCAAAGGUUAAUAGAAGUUAUUUAAUCGUUAUUUGAAAACCUUUUCCUGUUCCUGCUGCUAAAAGCCCAUUAAAACGCAAACUCUAAACUAAGAUUGAUCGAGAAGCCCAGUGAGAUUUCAUUAAAAUGUUAUUGCGUCGAAAAGCAGUGCAGUGUAGAUGAUCGACAAUAUUGUUGAUAAUCAAUAGAUUUUUUAGCUCCACCAGUCAAUAAAGCAGAUCUGUCUGUAGGCAUUUUAGUCAACAUGCGCAACUAGUUUUUACAUAAAAAUCUUUAAUAAGAGAUGAACAAACUACGUGAAAAAAUGCGGAUUGACGAGAAGCCACUGAAUAACAUGGGCAACUAGUUUUUCUAUAAAAAUCUUUAAUAAGACAUGAAGAAACUACGCGAUUAAAUGCAGAUUGACGGGAAGCCACUGAAUAACAUGCGCAACUAGUUUUAUAUAAAAAUCUUUAAUUAGACAUGAAGAAACUACGUGAUUAGAUGCAGAUUGACGGGAAGCCACUGAAUAACAUGGGCAACUAGUUUUUCUAUAAAAAUCUUUAAUAAGACAUGAAGAAACUGCGUGAUUAAAUGCAGAUUGACGGGAAGCCACUGAAUAAGCGAUAUGGAGACUUGAACGCUGUUUACACUGAUACAGUUACUUUCCGUGUUUUCUAACAUGGGUACAAUUACCCAGACUCUCUUAAAGACUGUUGCAUUUUGCUGUCAAGUUUAAUUAAUACAGGACUCACUGUUUAGUGAGCGCUUCCUAUUUACAAUUACCCCCAAGCAUUGCUAUUUUUAUUAGCACAGGUGGCUAAGUUUUCGACGGUAGGACACGUUCGUGGUCGAUCUGUUUUCGCAAUGACGUCAGGAUAAUUUGAUUGCCAUUUCGAUGUACGCACGCCCAGUUUGGACAAAAGUUAUCGUACUUUAAACUUUAAAUUGUCAAUUAAUGUGCUUUAGCGAUCAGUGUGUUUAGUGCUCUUUAACUAGUUUCCUGAGGCGUUAGAAUUAAAACUGGCACAAAUGACAAUAGAAGUUAUUUAAUUUUUAUUUGAAAACGUUUUCCUGUUCCUGCUGCUAAAAGCCCAUCAAAACGCAAACUCGUAAACUAAGAUUGAUCGAGAAGCCCAGUGAGAUUUCAUUCAAAUGUUAUUGCGUCGAAAAAAAGCGCGGUGUAGAUGAUUGACAAUAUUAUCGAUAAUCAAUAAAUUUUUUAACUCCACCAGUCAAUAAAGCAAAUCUGUCUGUAUUUCAUUUUUUCAACAUGCGCAACUAGUUUUUAUAUAAAAAUCUUUAAUACGACAUGAAGAAACUACGUGAUUAACUGCGGAUUGACGGGAAGCCACUGAAUAAGGCUACCGUUCUUGUUUUAUAAAGUGUAAAACCAAUUAUGUACCGGUUCGCCUACUAACCGUGGCAGAACAUUCGUACAAAAAGCACCCCAAACGUAGACCUUAAACCAUCUUGCAGAAUGCUCAUUAACGAUUGUCGAAUGUUUCGCAUUUUCCAGCAAUAAAUAAAAGGGUUUAGAGAUGAGUUAAGGAAUAUCAGGGUCAAACUACAAAGAGAAAAACUUUUCAGGUGGAUAUUUGGGCCGUAGAUAUGAAGGGUUAUCAAGGACACGAAACGCGGUAAAUAGCAAAGUAGAAAGAGCAGAUAUACGUAAAAUGUACCGACGGCCGAUCUACGUAGGUUUGCAAAGUUCGCUGUCCUUUCGCCAUUCUGUGCUGUUUGCUGUACUUGUAGAGCCUGGAUUUGAUUCGUGUGACGUCGUAAAACAAGAUAUAUUUUGAUGUAAAGCAGAGUUGUUGCAAGGACACUUAGAAUUCCAACAACAGCUAAGACUAGGUACUUGAUAGUAGACGGAAGCCAGAACAUUCGGAGAGACAAAAAUAUACUGAAAAGCCAGAUAAAGAUGACCACAGCAAUAACACGCCAGUGGGUUACAAUAUUGUGGUAUCGGAGAUGAAGCUGAAUAGCUAAAUAUCUGUCCAAAGUUAUCCCUAUGAUGUUAGCGAACGAAGCCGUGAAAAAUAAAUUCAUGGCGACGCUGAAAGAUGUAUACAUAAUGCAACUAGGACUUAGUUGUUGUAACCACUGGAUCAGCAAAGUGAUGAACAAUGGUUGAACAAGUAAACCAACACCGAGGUCUGAAGCAGCAAGACUCAAAAGCAAUGUUUUUAGAGGUUUUGGCAACGAUGAGGUUUUUGUUAUCGCGUGUAUUGUUGCAAUAUUUAACAUGACUGUGUUAUAUGACCAAAAUGGCUUUUAAAACGCAGUUAACAAUCUGUGACACGUGAAGAUCUUCAGCCUCGUCGAUGGAAGGGUAGUAAGGACGGAUUUCCUCACAAAACGAGCUUCCCGUAAUAAUGUCGUACUUCAUGGCGAGGAAAGUUUGAAGCGAUAGCGUUUUUGUCUGGUCGUGGGCAUAAAAGUGAGCAAUCUCUUGCGUACAAAAUUGACCACGAUCUUUUUCAUUUGUUUAAACAAUGAUCUGAAUGACACAUGUCAACUGACUUCAUAAUGUAGUCUGUAAAUAGUCUUGAAAGUCAAUAUGAUUAAUUUUUAAUAUUUAUUAACUGUUUGCGAGAAAGUGUGAUCAGUUUAAUAGCCAUAAGAUCUUUGACGGUGGAAAAGCUAUUUGCUUUUAUGCUGCAUGCUUGUCCGUCUGUGUAUAGCGAUGUGUACUUUUGCUUUUUUUCUUCUUUUGUUCUACCGAAUCCCAAUCUGGAUAACAAAAAAAAGUAGAUGACCAAAUUAUCAGAAGAAAAAACAAAAAACAAAAAAUUGAAAUAUAUAUAAUAUUGAAUUCAAAGCGUGUCUUUAGAAGUCUGAGACGCUUCCAAAGUUGCAAAGUUAAAAAGAAAUGUUUUGUUUUUACUGGUUGUAAAAACUUUUAAACCGGGAUGCUUUUCACGGCCUUUAUUGGUUAGUGUAAAAUAAAUGAGUAAAUAUACUGCAGAGCUUUGUCGGUGGGAGUGCUGGCCACGAAAAUUUGGCUUAAUGAACUGAUGUUCUCUGUUAAAGAACCUGCACUCAAAAGGUCAUAUGGUUUAACCAAGUCAAGUCAAAAUCAGUCAGUGGUUAAAAUUUCAUUGCGUUGGGGCAAGGAUGAAAUCACAUUUAAGGCGAUUGAAAAAUAUCAGCAUGGUCUCCGAAAAACUGUAUCGAAACACCUUAAAUCUAAAAACAGCAGGAAAAAAAUUAUUAACAGGCGAAAUGGAGACUUGAUCGCUGUUUACCCUGAUACAGUGAAUUUCCGUUUUUCCUAACAUGGGUAUAAUUAGCCAGACUCUGCAGUUUGCUGUCAAGUUUAUUUAAUACAGGACUCUGUUUAGUAAGCGCUUCCUAUUUUCAAUUGCCUCCGAGCAUUUCUAUUUUUAUUAGCACGGGUGGCUAAGUUUUCGACGAUAGGACACGUUUGUGGUCGAUUUUAAACUAGUUGGGCGGCUGUUUCGCAAUAACGUCAGGAUCAUUUAAUUGCCAUUUCGAUGUACGCACGCCCAGUUUGGACAAAAGUUAAAGGGACUGGUUCACGAUAAGGUGCAUGCGCGCCUUUUGUCACUUCAGAAUAAAUUUGUUGGGUCAACACUAAAUUCGAAAUCGCCAUUACAGGUACAAUCAUUGAAAAUCCUUCGUUUUAUUCGGACAUCCGUUGCUUUGGCUGGUCUAGUUAUACUUCGGUAGUGGUGAUUAACGUGUGGUUGUGUCGUUUGACUGGUUACGUUUUAAGAAGACGCAAAAAAUAAUGUUUUGAUCAUGGAGGUUGAGAAGAGCAUCGUGGCCGUCCGGCAACAGGACGUUCUCAAGAGUCUCUGGAGUUAGAGAAGCUUAGCCUAUCGAUCUGGUAUGGUUCUAGGAGUAGUGUGUGGCAUACGAAAAGAAUACAUGACACUUGGAAAGUGGUUAAAGGCAUGAGUUAGUUCAACUUUGAUUUGAUUUUUGACUCCGACCUGUAGUUAUACUGCAACAGGUCGCGCGAUCUUCGCCGAUCUGGUACACUUGAAAUGUUCCUUGUAUCUUUGCUUUACGAUCGUAUAUGUUUAAGAAUUGAUGUUUUUAAAAUAAAUUAUUGUCUGAAUAUUCUGUUCAUAAUCUAGUUUCUUUAUGUGUGCUACUCGAUAACAUUUGUUUUGCGGAACACUGACCCGAUGCAACGGGAAUGAAUUUGUUCAUUUCCUGAUAAGCAAUUGAAAUUUAUGCUCAAUUAAGGAUAAUCUUUAUACUCAUACGUUGUGUGUUUUUGUCACCGGUCCGGCGCUAUUUGUAGGUAUUUCUGCGUUUAUAUAAGGCGAACUGAGAGAACAGUAAUAAGAUGUCUGUUUCCAAAUUUUGUUUGCCGAUCGGUGACUGUUUUGUUAGCGUGGGUGCGACGUCGUAAAAAUACACGUUGGUAAAUGUUUGUUUCAAAGCAGGACAGGGCUGUAAAUCUUAUUCUUAUCGGCUGCAACAUAUAUCUGAGGAGUAGCAAAGAAUAAAAUUGAAUUAUGGGGAUAAAUAAAAUCAAACCAAAUGCCCGGAAAUACUCUCGCGUCGCGAACAAUUAAUUUGAAUUUUGUAAAUUUACUUGCGUGCAUCUAACUCGCUUCCGAUUGGCUGAAAAACAAUGAGCUACUGUCAGAACUCACACAUGCGCACUAUCGUGAACCAGUCCCUUUAACGUACGUUUAACUUAAAAUUGACAAUUGAUAUGCCUUAGCGAUCAAUGUUUAGCGCUCUUUAACUAGUUUCCCGAGGCGUUAGAAUUAAAACUGGUGCAAAGGUUAAUAGAAGUUAUUUAAUCGUUAUUUGAAAACCUUUUCCUGUUCCUGCUGCUAAAAGCCCAUUAAAACGCAAACUCUAAACUAAGAUUGAUCGAGAAGCCCAGUGAGAUUUCAUUAAAAUGUUAUUGCGUCGAAAAGCAGUGCAGUGUAGAUGAUCGACAAUAUUGUUGAUAAUCAAUAGAUUUUUUAGCUCCACCAGUCAAUAAAGCAGAUCUGUCUGUAGGCAUUUUAGUCAACAUGCGCAACUAGUUUUUAUAUAAAAAUCUUUAAUAAGACAUGAACAAACUACGUGAAAAAAUGCGGAUUGACAAGAAGCCACUGAAUAAAAUGGGCAACUAGUGUUUCUAUAAAAAUCUUUAAUAAGACAUGAAGAAACUACGCGAUUAAAUGCAGAUUGACGGAAAGCCACUGAAUAACAUGCGCAACUAGUUUUAUAUAAAAAUCUUUAAUUAGACGUGAAGAAACCACGUGAUUAGAUGCAAAUUGACGGGAAGCCACUGAAUAACAUGGGCAACUAGUUUUUCCAUAAAAAUCUUUAAUAAGACAUGAAGAAACUACGCGAUUAAAUGCAGAUUGACGGGAAGCCACUGAAUAACAUGCGCAACUAGUUUUAUAUAAAAAUCUUUAAUUAGACAUGAAGAAACUACGUGAUUAGAUGCAGAUUGACGGGAAGCCACUGAAUAACAUGGGCAACUAGUUUUUCUAUAAAAAUCUUUAAUAAGACAUGAAGAAACUGCGUGAUUAAAUGCAGAUUGAUGGGAAGCCACUGAAUGAGCGAAAUGGAGACUUGAACGCUGUUUACACUGAUACAAUUACUUUCCGUGUUUUCUAACAUGGGUACAAUUACCCAGACUCUCUUAAAGACUGUUGCAUUUUGCUGUCAAGUUUAAUUAAUACAGGACUCACUGUUUAGUGAGCACUUCCUAUUUACAAUUACCCCCAAGCAUUGCUAUUUUUAUUAGCACAGGUGGCUAAGUUUUCGACGGUAGGACACGUUCGUGGUCGAUCUGUUUUCGCGAUGACGUCAGGAUAAUUUGAUUGCCAUUUCGAUGUACGCACGCCCAGUUUGGACAAAAGUUAUCGUACUUUAAACUUUAAAUUGUCAAUGUGCUUUAGCGAUCAGUGUGUUUAGUGCUCUUUAACUAGUUUCCUGAGGCGUUAGAAUUAAAACUGGCACAAAUGACAAUAGAAGUUAUUUAAUUUUUAUUUGAAAACGUUUUCCUGUUCCUGCUGCUAAAAGCCCAUCAAAACGCAAACUCGUAAACUAAGAUUGAUCGAGAAGCCCAGUGAGAUUUCAUUCAAAUGUUAUUGCGUCGAAAAAAAGCGCGGUGUAGAUGAUUGACAAUAUUAUCGAUAAUCAAUAAAUUUUUAACUCCACCAGUCAAUAAAGCAAAUCUGUCUGUAUUUCAUUUUUUCAACAUGCGCAACUAGUUUUUAUAUAAAAAUCUUUAAUACGACAUGAAGAAACUACGUGAUUAACUGCGGAUUGACGGGAAGCCACUGAAUAAGGCUACCGUUCUUGUUUUAUAAAGUGUAAAACCAAUUAUGUACCGGUUCGCCUACUAACCGUGGCAGAACAUUCGUACAAAAAGCACCCCAAACGUAGACCUUAAACCAUCUUGCAGAAUGCUCAUUAACGAUUGUCGAAUGUUUCGCAUUUUCCAGCAAUAAAUAAAAGGGUUUAGAGAUGAGUUAAGGAAUAUCAGGGUCAAACUACAAAGAGAAAAACUUUUCAGGUGGAUAUUUGGGCCGUAGAUAUGAAGGGUUAUCAAGGACACGAAACGCGGUAAAUAGCAAAGUAGAAAGAGCAGAUAUACGUAAAAUGUACCGACGGCCGAUCUACGUAGGUUUGCAAAGUUCGCUGUCCUUUCGCCAUUCUGUGCUGUUUGCUGUACUUGUAGAGCCUGGAUUUGAUUCCUGUGACGUCGUAAAACAAGAUAUAUUUUGAUGUAAAGCAGAGUUGUUACAAGGACACUUAGAAUUCCAGCAACAGCCAAGACUAGGUACUUGAUAGUAGACGGAAGCCAGAACAUUCGGAGAGACAAAAAUAUACUUAAAAGCCAGAUAAAGAUGACCACAGCAAUAACACGCCAGUGGGUUACAAUAUUGUGGUAUCGGAGAUGAAGCUGAAUAGCUAAAUAUCUGUCCAAAGUUACCCCUAUAAUGUUAGCGAACGAAGCCGUUGAAAAUAAAUUCAUGGUGACGCUGAAAGAUGCAUACAUAUUGCAACUAGGACUUAGUUGUUGUAACCACUGGAUCAGCAAAGUGAUGAACAAUGGUUGAACAAGUAAACCAACACCGAGGUCUGAAGCAGCAAGACUCAAAAGCAAUGUUUUUAGAGGUUUUGGCAACGAUGAGGUUUUUGUUAUCGCUUGUAUUGUUGCAAUAUUUAACAUGACUGUGUUAUAUGAUAAAAAGGCGUUAAAAACGCAGUUAACAAUCUGUGACACUUGAAGAUCUUCAGCCUCGUCAUUUGAAGGGUAGUAAGGACGGAUUUCCUCACAAAAUGAGUUCCCCGUAAUAAUGUCAUACUUCAUGGUGAAGAAAGUAUACUGUUCAAAUGAAGCGAAAGCGACUUUGUCUAGAUUAAGCCAAAAGAGUAAGCAAUCUUAUGAAUAAAUAAAAGGAUUGGCCGUGAUCUUAUUGUUGGAGAAUUUAUUCUUUGUUUUUUAAUGGUCUGACGCACGUCGACUAACUUUUCUGAAAUUCAAUAUAAUCUAGUCAUCAUUUGAAUAAUAUGUCAUUCUAUUUAUUUUUCGAACAAGAGUUUCCGUGCUGCAUGCUUGUUUUUGUAUAGUGAUGUGUUCUUUGCUCAAAUAUCUUCUUUUGUUUUCCAGUUUCCCAAACUUUACAACAAAGGGCAAAAAGGACUUGUCAUGUUUCGCUUCCAAAUAUAAAGAAAAUAGUAUCUAAAAAUAAUAAUAGUAAUUAAAAAAAUUGGGGUCAUUUUAACAUUCUGGGAAACUGCACACCUACCCCUUCCCCAAGCCAACAGUUUGCCUUAAGUGAGAAGUAAGUAUUAAUGUUGGCUUAGGUGAGGGGUAGGUGGGCAGUUUCCCAGAAAGGGAAAAUGAUCGCAAAAAUUGAAUAAAUAAAAUACUUGUUUACGUUAACUCAUUGAAAAUUGACGGGGCGGGAGAAGGGCGGAAAGAUCUCUUUUUAAAAUAUAAUUAAAUUCUAGACAUGUCUAAAAGUCUGAAGGACAGAAAUAAGGCUGUUUGCUAUUGAUGUGUUAUUUUUCUGUUGAAAGUAUUUAAGACAUGGUUAGUGUUUCAUUAAAAAGGAAUACGGGAUGGAAAAACCUCAAAUUAAACGGCAGUUGACAAUCGAAUUCCUUGACAAAAUGUAGUCCUGUUCAUAGACCCUUUCAUGUCGGCUUUUCAACUUUUGACAUGAGGGACCAGUUAGGGAAAGUCCGUCGACACCACUGGAAAGAGCGCCGUGAAAUCAGUUACGUUGCCAAGUUUGAAAGUUGUACGUCUUAAGCGAGGAGUGAAGGUAUAGCUCCUCAAAGCCGCGAAAUUUUACAGCCGUUUGUAUCCUUGCCCGCCACCAUACAAACCUCAGUAAAAUGUCAGGGCUGUGAAGACCUAGAUCAUCGUUAGUUUUGAACAAAUCACAUUCACACUUAACAAUUUUAUUAAAUUAAAGGCGCUUUUUUUCAUCGGAGUGACGGAUUUUCCCUAACCUGUCCAUGUCAAAAGUUGAAAAAACCGUAAAAAGGUCUAUGCGCUUAAUUAAUUAAAGGCUUCGAAACGCAAGCGCGGUGAGAACUAUGGCUAGAAUUAGCUUCAGCCAUAGAGGAUAAUGUGUGUGUGAAAAUAAGCUUCUGUUUAUUCUGACAGGCAAGUGGAGAUAUGGAAGAAAUCUUCCAGUUCAUUGAGAACCUUAACAAGCGACUUGCUCGUGGGAUCAAAGAUCUUGAUGACGUCAGAAGCAGCAUGGCCGCUCUCAGUGAGAUCAGAGAAUCUGAAAUAAGGUUCGUCUUCAAUUUUGCUUAUAAAAGGACUUAAAUUUUUUACCAGACCGUGAGUUAUUUAGGCGCGAUUUUCUACUGGCUGACUGCGAAGACGAAAUAUGGGAAACUGUGAUACCGUAAAAUUCUGAAAUAAGCCCCCCGAACGCGUAAAGCAAAAAACUUUCCGUUAAAACUUAAAACCUCCGGGGGCUUGUGCUUGGAAACUACCCUCAAAUUCAAAAUAAAACAAAGCAAAAACUGUACAGUAACACAUAAAUUUUUGCAUCUGCCAAAGAAUUGUGCCAAAUGAAAAUUGUAGUCAAAAAGUGUCACAGUGUAUUGCUGUUUGUGUAGUUCAAUCUUCACUCUUGGCUUGGAUUUCCUCGGUCUAUAUAGACAAAGCACUUGCAUGGAUGAGUUUUAGAAAGAUCUACGUCCUCAAGGCGAGUUUCAUUAAAAACGUUCUGCAAAUUACUGACAUAAAUUUCCUUCCAACUAUAAGCUAGCCCAAUCGAUUUUGAGGCGCAAAUUUCCCUCCGUACAUAAGACCCUGAAAAAGAGCCUUUCAAAAUAGAAGCCCCGGGGCUUAUAUAUUUUCGGAAUUUUCCGGUAUUUUCUCACAUAGCUCUUGUUCCCCGGCUGGUAUGAAGGUCUUGUAAUCCGAAGGGCGGGUAGGUUUGAUGUCCGCCAUCAAGGAGUUUACGCAACGAUGACAGCGACGGCGACGAAAACGUCACUUAAAAGUGAAUUCGCGCUGCCUCAAACUUUAUCGCGCUUAUUCCAUCUCGUUUAAUUCGUCAAGUGUUGGCAAAUUUUUUUGGAGUUGAAUUCUAUAGCACUGCAUCAAAGUUCAAGAAAAGAAAAAAAAAGUUGUUGUCUUUUGUUCCCGUCCUCGACAAAACGUGAAAUUAGGCAGUUUCAUGUUGUAGUCGUGCAACGACGGCAAAGAAAUGUACAAAAAAGCGUGAUGCACAUGCAAAAUUGUUGUUUUGCUUGUCUAAACCUAUUGCUUUUUGGCCGUUCUCGUUGCCGUCGCCGUCGCGGUCGCCGUCGUCGUUACGUAAACUCCCUAAUCAACCUUUUGAAUUUUAGUUGUUUCAAGGCAUUUUUGUUGCCGUUGCAACACAUUGUGGCACUAAACGUUUGUAAGUUAUAUAUAAAAAAGUUUUCGUUGUGAUCAUGCUUGCUGAGUGGGCUUGACGUAGCUCCCUAGUACUGUGUGGCAAAAUAGCCUGCUGCAAAUUGCCGGGUCAACGUCCCCGUUUCUUCUGUAAUUUUACAUAGUAACACUCACUGGGCUGUGAAAUAAUGAUUAAUAAUUUCAACUCACUUUACUCUACGGAUUAGCAGCACUGGUUCUUCAAAUUUUGGCCAAGGUCUUACUAUAAUUGAGUAAUAAAAUACUGCUUUUGCCCUGCAAAUGGCUAGUAAGUCCUUCUCUUGACUCGGAUGACCACGUAAAAUGGCGCGGCGGUCCCGUCUCCAGUAUGAGACGUACAAAAUACUGUAGUGUCCCCAGUUGGUACUUUCGUGCUAAAUACAUUGACAGUUUUAAAAAUAAAGUGCAUUUUUGUUACUUCAAACCAUGAAGGAAUUUUGUUAACCCUGACUCAGACUAUUGUGUGGUGCAUUACAGUGUUUGCAUGUGUUUUUUUUUUGUACAACAGAAUUGACAUGACGAUUGGUCCAAUUGAGGAGUCCUUUGCUAUGAUGAAUCGCUAUGGCCUGGUAUAUUCCAGCAGUGAUUCUGAAAGAGUUGACGGUCUGACAUACGCUUGGCGUAAAUUACAUGCACAGGUUGGUGAAUCCGAGGUUUUAUCAUCUUCUUACCGUUAUGAUGCGGAAGGUUACAAAAACCAUGUAAGGAUAGAAAGAAAGAAAUCAGGAAUAAUGUUUGUUCUUGUUUCUUGAAGGUAGUAAACGGCAGGGAAUUUAAUGUGAAGUUCAAGAGAUAUUUCAUUGAAAAAACGUUUUGUAACUGGAUCGAUUUUAAUACUACAUCAAGGGCGCGAAAAAGCAUAAAUAUUAACCUUUGAUUAAGGGACUGUGACGUCACGGACGUCUGGUUGACUUUUUUAAUUAUGUCAACUACGGGUUCUUGUUCGCCAUAGAACUUCGGGGAAACCACUUUCGAAUAUAUGACAAAACGGCAUUUUCCGGUCAAACAUAUAUUGCCUCCCAAGAUGGAUAUCAUACCGUAUCAAGCGUUUCAAACAACAGCAAGUAAACGAACUGUGAAAAAUUGUUAGGCUAACAAGUUUUCAAAAACCACAGUUGCAAUCCGUUUCAAUCUUGUUCAAAUUUGUUCAUCCGUGCCUCCUUUGAACUGUGUUAUUAUAUCUUCGUAUUAUCGGUAAUUUUUAUGUUUCCCUCACUUUAGCGGGAGUUCCCGCCAUUUGAAUUUCGAUAAAUUUCGUGACACAGCUGUUGCCUUGUCCCUAGGCCUCAUUAUAAUGCGCGGCCGAUGCGUUUCGGGUCACGUGGUCCGAGAAAGUUUUUGAAAGUCUCCCGGCCAUUCGUCUCGGAUACGUCACCGAAAUGCAUUGACCGAGAGGGCCGCACAGGGACUAGGCAAACACAGCUCCUUUAGAGUAUGGUCUAUAAAUGACUUUCUUUGCACGACUGCACGGCUCGGGGGGUACUUAAGGAAUUUUCGGCCGGUGGGGAUGUUUUGCUGGGACCUUGGAAUCCUUAGGUUAUUGAGUGGCAAUUCCCGGUUUCCCUAGUCUAGACUAAAAUCUUCAACAAACUGAUCAGUUUCGUGCAAAAUGAUACCCUAUUGUAGACCCAAACUCUGAUUUAUAUACCUUAUCCCAGAGUAAACUUCUUGAAAACCAUACCCUUCACAGCGUCAAAUACCUAUAUAGCCCAUAUAUGGUAGUACCCCCGCCCUCCCCGCUGUAUGGUUCUUGAUGAUCUGACUGAGUUGCUUUAUUUGUCAUUAGGCUGGCACAGUGGCGAGUCACCUUCUCCAGAUUCAACCCACAUUCAAAGCGGAUCUAUUAGAUGGAGUGGAGAAGUUCAAGGAAAUGGUCACUGUAUUUGUUCAGGAAUAUAACGAAAAGUGAGUAAAGGAAAUACCUCUUACCUCCUGAUCUUUUGUUGUGUUUCUAGACCAUGAGAUAAUUAUUUCCAAUCCAAACACGACUUUAGUAACUUCCAAGAUAGCGGUUUUUAAUUAGUGAUUCAGUUCAAUCAACGGACGUUCCUUCAGAACAGAUACAUAGUUUUGCUUUGUCGGUUCCGGCUGAUGCAAAAUCAUGACUUUGACUCCUUCCUUUCGGUCAAUAAUGAACACUUAAUGACUUGUGCCGAGGGAAACAGUUAAUUUUGUUGCCGAGGGAAACAUUGAGAUUCGAGGCCAAAAAAUUAACUGUUUCCUGAGGGACCAGUCUCAAAGUGAUUUGUUAUACUACUUGAAAUGUGAAAACGGCUUGGAAACUAAAAUUUCGAGGACGUUUGUGGACUUUUUACAUUUAGGGCAUGAAUUUUCCUUCAUUUCAGGCCAUGAAACCUAAAAAUGAGCCUAGCUAGCUGUAAAAAGGGGCAAUACGGAGGCAAUACGUCCUAGCCGGCAUGAUCACAUGCUGUUUACGGAAAAUUUCCUCAUCUAUGUCAGGAAAUUCUGUAUUUUAAAGCCUCGCCUAGGGCAUGACUCAGCAAUUGAGGACAUUUCUGCUACGUUUUCAAUGUUGGUUAGAAUGCAAGGAUUUUUCCCAUGCCUAUCGUCAAUGAUUUGCUCAUUGGUAAUAGAGGGGGUGGUCCCAGAGUGGUUUUGCAUUGAAAUUGACAUGCAACAGAAUUUCGCAUGCCUUGUAAGCAUAAUUUGAGGUUCUGUGACCUUCUCACCCAGGCCGCGAGAAGCCUAGGUUCUAGUAUUAAGUAAUUCAUACCCAGCAAAAUCUCCGGCAUGCCGGGCAUGCCAAAUUUUCUGACAUGCCCGGCAUGCCAAAUUCUCUGGCAUGCCGGGCGUGCCAUGAUCUGGGUCAUGCCGGGCAUGCCAAAAUCGGUCUCUGGCAUGCUCUCAACGCUCAGGUUAUAAUUUCUUGAAUCUACAGAUAUUUUAAGCUUGGCUAAAAGAAAAAAAAACUAAACAGAUCACAGUGCUUAUCUUUUCAUAUACGGUUACACGAUGACGUCAUUGCUAGUCCUUUCAUUUUCAUAGAUUUGGUUGUCCCAGCGAAGUUUAAAUAACAAAAGCUCUAAUUUUCACAAGAAAGUAAAACCCUGAGGGAUUCUGCCGUAGUAAUAAAACUGCGUCAUCGUGGAGAUGACCUGUUGGGGGAUUGUAAAAACUCCUCACCCCUUUUAAUGAGUCUUUAAUAGGAUUCCCAUUUCACAUUGCGAAUAAAAUGGAAUUGACUGAAAUCAGUAAAAUUAGAGACAGAGACUAUUUUCAUUGUAUAAUAAAAUGCAUCUAUGUUCCAUGAAAGCUUUUAAAAAUACAAGGUUAUAGAAUAUCUUUCAAAGUUCAUUACAAACUGAGCUAAGCCCCAAAAUCAGUGUUCAUUAUUCAGUAAAUUAUGAUGUUUGACAAUGCAAUGUGCUUGAAUAUAACGUUGCAAUUACAAAUCUCUCUAACGCAAUUUUCCCUACGUUAGAAAAGCUGUUUUUAUCUUGUUUCACAUUUUGAUAAGGAGUCUGAGUUCCUCUUUCUUGUUUUGUAGGCUUGCCAGGGUUUAAUGUUUUGUCUCAUUACCAGUGUCUGUGUUCUUUGUUUUUAACUCAAAGUAAGUCAGUAAUAACUGACAGUAUCAAAGAAUUGCUCUCUAGAAAAGUAAUUAUCUCCUCGUCAUGUCUGGAAGUUACCUGUAACAAAAAAAAAGAAAUGGAAUGUUAACACAUGCAAGGGCAAUAUGAAAAAAAGAAAUAGAACAUGUAGAGAUCAGCUUCUCUUAACAUAUUUUCAUACUGGCUUGUUGAGUCUGUUAAAGGUCGCAACUAAUUGUCUGAGGCUGAUUUCACAAGAGGGUGCAAUUGAGAUAAAUGCAUGGUAAAUAAAGUGAAAGAAACGUGGUUUCACAUUAGCCAAUUUACAAUGCGUUGUUCGAUGAUGUUUACACGCUUUUCUACUGCGAAAUAAAUCUUUGCAUGUGGAUUUGCAAGCCAAGAUUAUACCGAGUUUGACUGACACUUAAUUGAACAACAGUUUCCUUUUUAAGCAGGUAAGGUGUAGACCCAUAUAAAGCCGGAAUAUGUAAAGGAAACUCAGCGAAAACUUUUUCGCGUCUUUUUGUGGCGAUAUUCUCUCACGGCCCGUCAACUGAUUAGGGGUUGCGAAGAAAAAAUAAAUUAGGACUAAAGGUUAAAGCCUGUCCGGUUACAUCAUUUCGUAUGUUACCUGGAGUUCUAAUAAACAGGUCAUAAAAUAGGAUUUAACGAGAGCGAAUUUGUUUCUCAGUCGGCGUAUAAAAAAGUGAAGCUAUCAAAUGAGAAGUUUAUAGAGUAUCAAAAUUAUUAAAUUAAAAGCUCAUAUAAUUAGGAAAAUUCCUAUACGAAAACAAUGCUAGUGACAUUAAAUUGAUCAGAUAAAAUUCUCAGAAAAUACGUCGAAUAAAAGCCUCAUUGUUUGCUUUUGUUUUUGCGUAAAGGUAAAUUUUUCGGCCCACAAAGCAAAGUUGAAAAAGCGACUAAAUCUUUAGUUUUUUACGUUGAACAUGUUUAUUAGCCUAGUUUUCGUCCGUUUUAAAAGCUUUAUAACCCAAUCAUAAUUUUCGGGUUAAAAUAGUACAAAAUCAUUUCAAAAACCAUGUUCAUUUAAAGUAGAGCCGGCAAACGUGAACAUUUUGUAAGUCAAAAGUCGGACCCAGCCAGGUUGUUUAAGCUUAGAAUUAUUUGCAUUUUAGCGUCCUAUAAAUUUACCAGAAUCGCCUCUCAGAGGCUUACUGUAGCAAAGCAUUUUGUAGUACACUCGUAGACAAGCAAUGUAAGCCUUAAGUCUUUGCUUGGAUGAGAUGUCCAAAAGAAAAAUUAGUUUUGUGGACCUAAACACACAUUCACCGAGACUGCUUAUAAAUAUUGAGUUGUUCACAACUUUGCAUUGACACCUGCAGCAUGUUCAUUUUUUUUAAAGCGAAAUCCAAAUCUUAUUUUGGUAUUUGAUUUACGGAUAUUUUAUUUUGUCGCCAAAAGUGAUUGUAAUAUCCGUUUGAUUGUCUUUCAAACAACAGUCAAACUAUGCAGCAAAAUAAGUAACUUUACCAGUACAGUGAAAAAAUAUGACCGUAGGUGACAAAAAAUAAUUAUACUCGAGCUAUAAAAUUAGAUCUGACUUUUUUUAUCUUUGGCGUCUUAUUUUUGAAGUUUUCUCUAGUCUUCUGAAAGCAGAAGAAGAUUACAAGACAUACAAACAGAAACAAUCCGAAGUGAACGAGUUGACAACCACUUAUGCCGGAGUUCUUAGGCAUGCUCAACAGCAAGAUAAACUGAAUGCCUAAAGGCUAAUUCACGGGAUUUGUUCGAUAUUCAGGCUUUUUCGUUACCAAAUUAAUACUAAAUUUGUACUUACAGUCUCUCGCAGAAUCCAUUUCUUGUCCAGCAUUCACUAACAUCUCAACCAUGCACCGCAGAAAAAAAGACAAACAAGUGCGAAGAGACAUGACGACAUCGUGACGCCACAACUGCCACGCUACAACAAACUAGAUUCAUCGUCAUCCGAAAACACUUCUGCGGAAAUUCGGUCGAUUUCGUGCGUGCUCGGGGUAUCUUCGGAUGACGCAGAUGACGUUGCUCAAAGGGCUAUCGUCAGCAAGGAGUAAAACAGUUUGCGAGAUUCGCAUAGCCGACAAGGAGCGCACUGAAAAACUAAGCAAAAUCUCUCUGAGAAGGCAGUCCAAAUUCACCAAAGCAGAACGUCUUUGCAGUAUUAACGUCGUACUCUUGUACUGACUUGAACGACCUGGUAAGCCUAAUUUUCACCAGUCUUUUAAUGCUGUUGACCGGGAAACUUUCGGACGCGAUAGGGGAUAAGUUUAUACUGAGAAGAUUUGUUAUCUUAUUGUUUAAGACGCUUUUCCGCGAUCAAAUUUAAAUCUGGACCCAGAAAUGUCAAUAUCGGUUUGAAAUAAAAGGAUUAAUCUUUGAUUGCAAGUUAUGUAUUCUAUUUUAUGCAUGAAUAAUGUUGUUUUGUUGAACUUUUUAUUUAUAAAUCCAGGCUUCUGUCUUCAGUUUUGCCAGUCGAUCCCGUGACACACAUUGUGACAAACAUGACUUUUUUUGUUAUAAUCUGCAUUUAUUGCCAGGCAUGAAACCUGUAACUUUAAGCUCCCUAAGAUAUAUUUGGCGAUUAUAUGUGAUUCUCAGGAUAUGAUGCUGAAGCGAACAUCAAAAUCAGUCUCGCUGGGCAUGCCAAACCAGAGGAGCAAAAACUGGGAAUGAAUUAUCAACCCGGUGAGAGAUCUGGGACCUAAGUUUAGCUGGGUCAAUUUUGGGCUGCGAGGGCAUGAACCCAUUUUUUCCAUGCCUAUGAGAUGUUAUUUCUAAGUACCAAUGUUCCCUUGAAUUUUGUCAUGCCUAAAUAUAUAAAAUUUUCCCUCUCUCAUUAAUCCUCAGACUGGAUGCGAUUUUUACGCUCGCUAGGCAUGUUCAACUGAAAAUCAUGCCCAUACCCUUAUUCAAAACAAAAUGCUAUCAAAUUUUAGUUUCCAAGCCGUUGUGAAGCUGCAAAUUCAUUAAACCUCGCGGUAAGUCGUCGGUCAACAUCCGCGGGUAACAGUGCACUGUUACCCUCUGACGGAGAGGGGGGGUGGUGAGGGCGGUCUCGAAAAAAAUUUUUCCACCCUUCGGGCCUCAGUUUGGUAUUAAAGUAAGGCGGCGGGCCCCUCGGGCCCCUUCCUGGAUCCGCCACUGCUUAAGGUCUUUUCAUUUACCGUGCUUUUUCUUUGUUGCACCGUAGAGGUCCCAUGGUUCCUGGAAUACCACCUCGAGAAGCAAGUGAUCGCCUGGGAAUUUUCCAAGCUCGAUUUGAUGAAUUGUGGAGAAAAUACGAAACAUACUCUGGUAAGGAUAUUUUUCUCGUCAUUUAUUUUUUGGUCCUUCUUGACAUUUCGUUGAACGUUGAAGUGGCCAUAACGUAGAAAUUUCUGUUAUGUUAACUGGAAGAUUUCAUGACAACAAAAACUUCGAAAAAAUUUUGCGUUUUUAAAAUUAAAAUGACAGGCUCUUGUAUGACGUCAUGAGACUUGAAGUCAGGAACUGAAAAACGGAAUUUUGUGCAUGUUUUUUCAUUUCUUAGGUUCGCCAGAGUUAUUGCGUCUCACUGCUACGCAUCUUAAUUGCAUGCUAUACCUUUUAAGAGCAGAUUCAGUUUGUGUAUUGGAAGAAAUAUUAAACAGAUAAAAAUUUUUCGGGUUAUGGGAACUUUAAAGUGCUCUGAGUCUUGACGAACUUUCUUUAUUUUGAAGGUGGCGAGGAACUGUUCGGUUUGACAGUAACCGAGUAUCCAAACUUACAGAGGAUCCGAAAGGAACUGGGCCUGCUUCAGAAGCUGUACAACUUGUACAACUCUGUAAUAGAUAAUGUGAACGGUUACUAUGACAUUUUGUGGCAGGAGAUCGACAUCGAGAAGAUCAACAAUGAAUUGAUGGAAUAUCAGAACAGGUAAAUAUCUUUGAAUUAUAGAGCCUGAUUUCCCUAUUUGCGGUUUUUGCUGUUUUUAAUAGAUUUCUGACGUUCGUAUUUGUAUGUGUUACAAUCAUGCAGCGACCUAAACGGAGAAGAGUGACGUCACAGAAAUUCAAAUUUGUGAAAUUAUGGAUUGAUUAGCAUAAUUAUUCAGAAAAAAAACAAGAUGGAAAAAGCCCCCUUGCUAAAAAUCAGUCUGUUAGUGCAAAUUAAUAGGUAGAUAAAUGCAGCGGUUUUCUCUGAUGACUUCAAUACAAAUCCUUUUUAGAAGGAUUUAUAUGGAGUCAUCGGAGAAUAACGUUGCUUAUAUCUCCAUGCCAUCACUUCUGUUCUCUAUAGCUUGGGGCCGAUGGACUAAAAUACCCCAGUAAGAAUUUGACGUCUAGUUUAUUCCCAGCUAAUAUACAGUUGUUCUAUCGCAGGAUCCGAAAGUUGCCGAAAGCCUUAAAGGAGUGGCAAGCAUUCUUAGAUCUGAAGAAGACAAUUGACGAUUUCAGUGAAUGCUGUCCUCUUCUAGAAAUGAUGGCUCAUAAGGCCAUGAGACCACGCCAUUGGGAGAGAAUUUCAACCAUCACUAGCGUGACAUUAGAUGUGGAAUCUGAAACAUUCCAGUUAAGGCAGCUUAUGAGUGCUCCUUUGCUACCAAACAAAGAAGACAUAGAGGUAGGCUUAAAUCUUUUAACUUAUGAGUUUUGUUAUGUUAGGAAAAAAAUUGUGGGCGUGCCAGUGGAAGUGGCUCCUUUCUCACCAACGGGAUAAAAACAUUGCUGUUUGUCGUAAAACAUUUGCUUAGUAAGUGUCAAGAAAGAAUUACACUUAAGGAAAUUUUAAGAAGUCAUUUCUGGAACUCAAUUACUGUGGUGGUUGUGGUAAUUCUCUCUUUUUCGUCUAAACUGCGUUCUAAUUGUCACAGGUGCUUUUGAUUGGAAUAUUUGGGUUUGAGUUGGAAAACCUGGUUUUUCUUUUUAAUAAACCACGAAUCAGUUUUGAAUUUUUCUAACGAAAUCCGUUCAUAAAAAUAGAACAUCUCUCUCCGAGAUCGGAUUUCAAAUACUAACAAGGCCGGUUAUUUUAAUUAAACGUACCUUUAGUAUGUUUUCCAGUUUCAGUUUCUUUUUGUAUCCUCUGAAAGUUUUGCUACUCUGUUAUUUUUAGUGAUGGCAUGUCUCCCUCCUCUUUAACUUUUUUGUACGUAUCUAUCACAUAGCUAGUCACCAUGCUAAUCUUAUCAGGAAGUGGGAUCAAAUUCGAAAACAAUAAGUUUUGCUUUCUGAUGUUGAAAGAGCUAUUAAAUUUUUGCUCAAUUUUUUAAAAGGCCAAACAAUUGCAUCUUCACACCCAAGAAAUUCCGAUGAUUUUUUAAGCAGCGAUUUUGCCUCUUCGGUGAAGCGAAGUAAUAAGCAACAUUCCCCGUGGGGAGGGUGUUACAUUAUGUCUCCCGCGAAGCAAAACUCACUCGGGGGAGUUGGGUAAAAACCACUCUUUCUCCCUUAUCCUUUGGUUGCGCCCCACUAUUGCAGACUGUAUGUGGUGUAUAUUAGUUGCUGAUUAUAUACCAUCAUUGAAUUGUUAUAGGAUGUGUGUAUAGCUGCUGUCAAGGAACGUGACAUUGACUUCAAGUUAAAGGGCGUGGUUUCUGAGUGGAGUACACAAGUGUUCUCAUUCUCCAAUUUUAAGAACCGUGGUGAACUGCUGCUUAAAGGAUCUGAGACAUCUGAUAUUGUAUCACUUAUGGAAGACAGUCUGAUGAUACUUGGCUCCCUGCUAAGUAACAGGUACAACUGUCAGCUAAGUCUUGUUUCCGGAACUAAACCCCGAAAAAUCCUAUCGAAUAAAUAGGGCUCUGCCAUCUGUAACUUGAAUAGCCAUUCUGUAUACCUCUACAUACAAGAGUUGCGUAGUUAGUCACCCCACUUUGCAUAGAAAACUAGAAAGGUAAGAAGUACCACAUACAUCAUAAAAAGAAGUAUCGUGCACAGUAGUGCUGAGAAGGUUUUAUAUCAUAAUGAACACCUCGGAAUUUUGUCCUUGAAAAAAGAGAAAAACCACCCUACAAGUCAAUGGAAAUAAAACGAUUAAGACUGACACCAGGACGUGCAUUUUUCACUGCGCACAGUUUCAGGAAGUCAUGUGAACUCUGAUGAUGUUUUUCCGUGGAGAUGGUUCUUUCCAAAACUUAAAAAGGAAUACGUCUUGGCCCAUGCAGGUGUAGUGGGAAUUCCAGCAACAUUUAAGUCUUUAUCUCGUAAAUAAAUUAUUACAUGGUCUGAUAGUUGAGUUUAUUUUCAGAUACAAUGCUCCAUUUAAAGCAGACAUUCAAAAGUGGGUAGCGAAGCUGACUGGUUCCACAGAGAUUAUCGAGAACUGGCUAGUUGUGCAGAACUUGUGGGUUUAUUUGGAGGCUGUAUUUGUGGGUGGUGACAUCGCCAAACAGUUGCCUCAGGUUUGUGUUCUCCUUUUAAAAGUUGCGUUAUAAUUCGCUCGUAUUUUGCUGUGCAACGGCGUGGCCAAUAUGUUGUCAAAACUCGUAUAACGCGCUCGUUUUACAUUGUUCUCGCAUACAUAAUUUUACCAUCUGUACUUUUCUUAUGAAGUGUGUAUAGUUUUUAGAUAGUUUUACACGAAGAUUUUGAAAUCUUGAAUAUAAUGUUAAGCGCCUUUUGAUGGCUGCAGAAAAGGGGCUAUAUAAAUAGGCUAUGUCCGAGUUCCCCGGGUCUCUGUAUGAAAACAAGGUUAAGUGCUCAGCCUUUGAUGUGGAAAUGAUUUUGCAUUCUCAUGAAAAUAAAACUCAUUUCACGAAAAAUUAUGUGCGCUUGGACUCAUUUUGAAGGUGAGGGUUUUUGGAACUCGGAAGUGGCUCCUUGGUUGCUAUCUUUUUAAUGUUGAGGUCUGACUUACCAUGGGUACCAGAGGUUUUUCCCGCGUGCGGCGGGAAUUUUCGGUGUUGGUCGAAGGCCGACACAUCUUCGGCCGUAGGCCGAAGCCACGAGCGGCGAAGCCGCGAGUCACUAUAAAGACUCGACAGAAACCGGAAACCGCGCUACAAAAGUCUCUGGCACCCAGGGUAGGUCUGACUUGCAAUUUCGCGGAAAGUUAGAGUAUUUUGUAGUAUUAAUGAAAGGUCCUUGGCAACAUGCCUUGCUGAGACUCGGUCAGAUCUGCGUGGUAAGUGACAGAGACAAUUGCCUCACAUACAGUUUGGUCUAUUGUUUAUCGACCUAAACACGUACUAACAAACAAACACUAGUUUUUGUUAAUUUGUUCCACAGGAAGCAAAGCGUUUCAGUCAGAUUGACAAGUCUUGGGUGAAGAUCAUGAACCGUGCCCAUGAGAACUCUAACGUAGUACAGUGUUGUAUGGGAGAUGAUACUCUUGGACAGCUUCUUCCACACAUCCUGGAACAGCUUGAAAUAUGUCAGAAAUCUCUAAGUGGGUAAGGAAACUGGUCAUAUUUCAACUAUCUUAGCAAAGAGUCUUCACGUUUCUUUCUGAAGAGAUGAUGAAGCGCCGAAAUAUCAGGACUGAGUUGAGUUCCUUGUUUUUGCCCCCGCAGGGUUCCUGCCCAGAGGCCGGAACCCGAGGAGGCACCCUAAUGUCCCCCGCGUAAAGAAGAAGUAUCGUAUUACUGUUAGUAUAUGCGAAGCUUUCCCGAUUUGAUGAAACUAGGCGCGCACGGUGGUCCCGGUUAAUUUUCAGCAUGUGCGCCUGGCUCAGCAACUGCGCAAACUGGGUUUGUCAACGAGUCGCAUUCGCCGAAUUGUGUCGCACACGAGCACAACAAGUGGCUCCAAAUCCUCGUCCGGGAAGAUUUUCCACCGAAACUCCUCUAGAGCGAGAACGCCGACUUCAAAUUCAGCGUGAACAACGAAGGAGAAGACGUCAACAAGAAACCGCGGAUUAGAAGGAACAUCGAUGAGCACAGCGAAGGCAACGCCAACAACAAUAGACAGAGGAACAGGAGAUUGGAAUCAAAGGAAUUAUGAUUGUUUUACACUGUCGAAAACCCAGAUUUCUUCGUUUGCCGGUUUCCUUGCAGAUAUAUAGAUCAAAGUCUGCUAAGUUUCAGCUCCGUCUUACGGCCCGAAGAAUAAUAAUUUUCAGGCGAACUGCACCGGGCUAUAUUUGUUCUUUGUUUUUGUCUUUUUCUAAAUGCGGGCGGCGAAAUAAUGCUAAAUGUGCUUUUCAAUACACUGUUAACAAUAACACUACAUAAUACGCAAAAAGAAGAAGAAGAAGAAAAGAAAGAGCAACGUAUGGACCUUUAACACGAUAUUCGCGGUUGGUCACCCGUCCAGUUCGUAACCCCGACCGACAGCUGGGCUUAACUUGUGUGCCGUUACCAAACCGAGUUUCGCGAAGGUUAUUGCGAGAUACAUAUUUCUAUAGAGUUAAAAAGUUAUUCAGCAGUACUGCAAUUGUUUGGUAUUAAAGAACUUGAUUUGUCAGACACAAAUCAGCAACGUGGAUCGACAGAACUUUGAACUGGUUUUGUCAACGUGGAUCGACAAACUCGAGGAAUAGCUCAAAUUUCUCAAAACCCAGUCAAAGACAAGAAAGGUGCUAUCGUGAAAUAACCGGGUUUUGUUCUAUAUUAAGGUAUUCAGGGUUUAAUAAACAGUGGUCCAUGUGUUUUUAGGGUUAGUUUAUUGCGAAAUCCCGAUUAUUUUAUUUGAUACAAGGACAUGCCAGAAAAAAUGAACUGGGAAAUAUCUCAAAGGUGAGAAACUUGAAGCAGUCGUCCAUGUUUUUGUAGGGUUAGUUUAUUGCGAAAUCAUUUAUAUCAGUUGCGUUCGACGUUGCCUUCAAGAAUGUCACACUCGAAGCCAAAGCAUCCGUUCGACACAUUAGUUAUAGGAAAUUUAGUUACAAAUAGAUAAUUAAAGAUGGUUUUGCUGUUUAACACGCGCUCUAUUACAUUUGCAGGUUUGGUUAAACUCAUUAUGAGAUGUAUUACUAUAAAAAACAAUUGUCCAUCCUAGGCAUGUCAUGUAUGAGGAUUUUCAUUAACCCACGAAACAAAGUGUAAUAAUUGAGAAAACAUAAAAGAGAACAAAAGAAUUACACUCACAAACUCUAAUACGAAAACUGCAUUUCAAAGGUUCAUGGCAAAUACAUGGACAACCACAAGGAGUCUUCAUUCGGGUUUUAAAAGGUCGGGGGCAGAUUUAGUGACAACUACAACUAGUAUAUAAUCUUAGAACAGACGCAUUACAUGACCACAUAUGAUAUAUAUUUGCGGGUAGAACUUUUUUAUGCCGCAAUGACACAGUUCUAAGUUUUUUAAUCACCAAGUCAAGUGAACGAAUUAAAGACCAAUCUCUAUUUUCGUUGAACGACGUUCGAAAUAUUGGAUGGCAUAUUAGUAGGGCAAAAUACACGGAUCAACAGUAACAGUUGAUCAAGAGCUGUAACAGUGUUGAUCAGUAUAUAUUGAAGCGGUCCUUACUCUAUGAAGGUAAAACAAUUGUAGAGUAGAAUUUUAAUCCGGAAUUAGCGCUACUCUAAUUCAAGAACCGAGCUUGGAUCGUUGACUCAAGUCCCCAUUAUAUCUUUUUUUACUAUGACUGGCUAGCUUUUUGAAGUAGUGACUUACAUUUGUUGCUAAUGAUUUUCAGUUACCUUGAGAAAAAACGUCUGGUUUUCCCGCGCUUUUUCUUCGUGUCUGAUCCCGCCCUGUUGGAAAUCCUGGGUCAGGCCAGCGACUCACACACCAUCCAGGCUCAUCUUCUGGGGGUAUUCGACAACGUCAAAACGGUCACAUUUCACGAGAAAGAGUAUGACAAGAUCUUGGCGAUCAACUCACGUGAAUUGGAAUCUGUUUCCUUGGAUAACCCAGUCAUGGCGCAGGUAAUUCUGAACGGGACUUUUUCUAAUACAAUGUAAAAAUACAAAAUAUGCAUACCGCUUACUAGGACUGCAAAGGAGGUAAAGCUCUUUUUUCAGCACAAGAGUUAAUGAAGCGUUUAUUGGUUAGAUUCAGGCGAAGCUAUUCAGUCAGCACUUUACAUAAAAAUCAAGCACAUACAAAUGCCUUCUCAUAAAUUCAAAUCUCAACCCUUUUAACAACUUUGUCAUUUCAUGUUUUUUUUAUUCUUAACAAUGAUGUUGGAUACAUUACUUCUAUGUUGUCUUUAAACUACGAUUUGAGUUGGCCAAGUUAUGUCUGUUCCCAUAUUUGGCAAAUGUCGCAAUCAAUUGAAGAAUACACGCGUGUAUUUUUCCUUAUUGCACAGGUUCUGUUUGUUGGAUAUAUUGAUUGAAAUGUCUAAUUUUUCAAAUGUUAACUACUGUGUGAGUUUUCCAAGGGCCUGUUCCCACAUGUUAGGCAAAUGUUUUAAUCAGCUGAAGAAUUUAUUUCGUUUACAAAUCUUUUCUUAUUGCACAGAUCUUUUAGCCUGUCUUAAUCUGUUUAUCAUCCUUUAUGUUUGUUAGGGAAAUGUUGAAGUAUGGUUAAACACACUUUUGAAGGAAUCCAGAAGCUCUCUUCACUCUGUGAUCCGCAUGGCGUCAAUUGCUAUCAAAGAUCCCAGUUUCAAGCUGAAAGAUUUCUUGGACACUUACCCAGCACAGGUAUAACGCGAAUGUCAAUUUCACUUGUGGAUUAGAACUUAUCUGAAUUAUUCACGUGGCUGCCUUGUCCUUUGUCGCCGCCAUAGAGGGCAGCGAGUCAGGCUAUCAUGGGAAAGAUGCAGUGCAUAUAGUGCUUGCCAAGAAACAGCGGGCACCGCUUGAGCUUGGGGGCGAGGGAGUUCACAUAAAUAAUCGGGGCAAUAACAGUAAAGGUAGCAUAACUAUAAACUUUGGAAUACCAGGGAAGACGGGACUGUUUCCUGAGGGCAGACAUAACUAAUUAGUUAUACAACUGCCGAAAAAAAAAAACAAUAAAAAAACCUUGUACUCCGUGUAGGAAACGUUUGCCAAGAUGUAUCCCGCACGUGAAACAUUUAUUUAGUCCAGGCCACGUGAAUACCAAUCGGCCAAUGGCAGUCAGCGUUAUUUUUAGGGGAAACCUUAGGUUUAUAACAGCAGCAUGCGCAGUCACCGGAAAAUUUUGAUGCAUCUAGCUAAAGAUCAACCUGUUUUUCUUUUCAAUAUUUACCACAGGUCGGUUUACUUGGAAUCCAAAUGAUUUGGACGAGAGAUGCAGAGGACUCCUUAACAUAUGCCAAAUCAAACAAAAAGGUAACAAACUUUUUACCUCCUUCCGGAAACAGUUUUUGCUCUGUUUUAUCUUAUUAGCGUUCUCCUUUUUUCUUAUGGUAGAUCAUGGAAGAAAGAAAUCAGUUUUUCAUGAGCAUGUUGAAUGAGUUGAUCGAAGUUACGACACAGGAACUGACCAAAGUGGAACGUACUAAGUUUGAGACCCUUGUCACCAUUCAUGUCCAUCAGAGGGACAUUUUUGACGAGCUGGUAAGUUGACAACGCUAAUGGGACAACAAAAGUGAACAUGAUCUUCGCAGUAGAAUAAACAACCUUAGUUGUUGAAAAAAAACCUUUAAACUCAUCGCUAAUUAUGGGCUUGGGAGCAGGUGCCUUAAAGGUUAAAGGUUAAAGGUUAAAGGGGGCCAAAUGCAAUGAGCAGAGAGGGGGUAUCCAUGGCAACCCUGGAAGCGGGAACCACCUCAAGAGCGCCCAUUAACCGGCACCGUCACACUGAAUGAAAUUCAGUGGAGAUACUUACCUAAGAGAAUACUUACCUGAGAAAAUACUUACAAAACUACCAAGCAGGGAGGGAGGAGAGGGAGAAAGAAUCCGCAAUGUUUCGCAAGAAGGGAAAAAUUGAUCCGCUACGAUCAGUAAGCAAAGCUACAAUGCAACGCAACACUAGCAAAAGAGCACACAAGGAGCCCUUCAAUUCCCCGAGGGCUGCCCCGUAGGUCACGUACUGGAGUGGGAGAAGACCGCUCGCCAACUCGCUCGAGUUUAACUUUGCUUAAAUGAUAUUUUGCCACAUGAAAAAAAUUCAUGCUUGACCGGGAAUCGAACCCUGGGCCUUUGCGAUGACCGGGUACAGUGCUUUAUUCAUUGAACUAAUCAAGCCGUCUGGAGAGCAAGCUAUCGUGACUUCGUUAUAUACCCGUUGGUGAAAAUGACAUGAAUUGAAUGUGUAUUGUUAAGUGUCUAUACCAGCUGUGUCUGUCUACCCGCUGUGUGACUCAUGAGAGCACACCCUCUAUCUACAGUCAAAACUGUUGGAAGGCUACUACUUUUUAACUUUGUUCCCUUAUUCUUUCCGCCCCCUGACCCACUGUUGGACGAAACUAAAUUGUUUGUGCUGCAAUUGUAAUUGAACGGGGGAACGGGAAAUAUUUAGCGAAAUGAAAAAAUUUUUUUGAACAUUAACAUGGACUGCUUUUAAUUUGUAUAACUUUCCCAACUAAUUUUGUCCGGGACUGUAGCUUGAACUCAGCUGUUUACAGCUUCUCUAUUUUCUCAUCGCAAAUUAGAAGUAAUGCAACAAACAGUUGGGGAAGCAAACACCAAAUUCUGAGGGAUUAGGCAGAGUUUCGUGACUCUCACGCUCCGCUUUGACAUGCAUGACAUACGCGCGUUUGGGCGCGAAAAUUGGCCCUUUGUACGCCUACAUGAUACAAAAAAAAACACCUUGCUGGAUGGCAAACGGCGCAGAGGGAAAGAAAAGCAAAGAGAUUACGUCAUUCAAAAAGCAUAUAUCCUUUCUCUUCACGUUCCCACUGCGUCGAUGCCAUACAGUAAGGUGUUUUUUUGUACCAUGUGACCGUAUUCUGCAAAAGGCCCAUACCGGGCAGUGAAUAGUAUAGCUUGAACCGAUUUAAUGUACGGAACCCUCUACCCCUUCUUUCAACGGUUCUACUCAGUACUAAACUCACCCGGACGGCCAUUAACAAUGCACUUUUUGCAAGUUUUGUCUGAUCAUUCAUCACUGAUUCGUUGUGUCAACAGUGUAAGAAGAACAUUAAGCUACCAACAGACUUUGAAUGGCUGAAGCAGUCACGUUUCUACUUCCGCGAGGAGACGGACGAGUGCGUGGUAUCCAUAACUGAUGUGGACUUUAUUUACCAGAAUGAAUUCUUGGGCUGCACCGACAGGCUUGUUAUCACGCCUUUAACUGACAGGUUAGGAGAAUGUUUGAAAUACCGCAAAACUGCGAAAAUAAGCCCCCCAAACUCGUACCGCAAAAAACCCUCCGUUAAAUCGCCUCUCCAAAUAUAAGCCCCCCCGGGGUCUUGUACUUGGAAAUUGUCGUCAACUUUACAAAGUAAAACAAAGCAAAAACGGUAGAAUUCCUUCCAACUAUAAGGCUGGCCCGAUCGAUUUUGAAACGUAAAUUUCCCUCCAUACAUAAACUCCUUCAAAAAUAAGCCCCUCAAAAAGGGCCUUCGAAAAAUAUUAGCCCCGGGGCUUAUUUUCGGAAUUUUACGGUAGCCGAUGCAGGCAAUGGUUUUCCCGACACCGACCUCGUUAAGAGUCGGGCCAUUAGAAACGUUAUGGGCGGAGCGGGUGGGGGAUGGAACGAAGUGCAAAAAAAAUAUUCAUGCAAGGGAAAAUUAACUAUAGAAAUAAGUGAAAUGUUAACGAAAAAAUAUUCAUACAGCUCGAAAAUUCCCCACAUCCGCCAUAACUUUUCUAAUGGUCCGCCCCCAAGCUUUUUUGUCAGUUGCCGUUUUUAUACUAAGGACGCAUUAUCCGGGUUGUGACUAGAAUGGAUACCUCAAAGUCAGAUUGACAUCUUCACUCAAAAUACAUGAUAGGAGUCUUAUAACUUGCAGUAGUUUGUACUUAAUUUUUAACGUACUUUACAUGGCGUUGAUCGUUACAUUAUUGAAAGCUAACCGCUUUUAAAAAAGUGCUUAACCCUAAUCACUGUACUUCGGUGCUAAACCCUCUAUACAAUUCUUUUCCUUGCACAACUGUCUCUUACUCUGAUUUCCCCACUUUUCUAAAAGUUCUCGUGCCCAAUAAAUUCGCCUAAAUAUGGUAUGGCGCGGUGUAGAGUAUAGCUUUUUGUAAUAAACAUAAGGUGUCCAACCUCAUUUUGAGGUAUCCAUUCUAGUCACAACCGCAUUAUCCGUCUGGACUAACUUGGGCAAACAUUUUGUAGUUCGUGUGGUUAUGGGUUUCUAGUAUAAAGACAGGCACAAGACGCAUUAUGUGUCCAGACUAACUACCUUUCGUAGUGUGUUGUUCAAGACUGAUACUGUUGUUGUAAUUUUGUGGUUUUGAACAUGUGUGUUUUGGUUUUGUUAUUGUUGUUGUUUUCUUUUUGCAAAGUGGUGAACCGUUAAUAUUUCCGCUUAGGUGUUACAUCACUCUGGCCCAGGCUCUUGGUAUGUCAAUGGGUGGCGCUCCUGCUGGACCGGCAGGGACUGGAAAGACUGAGACCACGAAGGUAUAUUUUCUAAAAUGACAUUGUGUGUUAACUGCCUCAAAAACAAAACAAUGUGAAAUGCAAAAUAUCAAAACUGUUCCGAAGUCCAGAGAGUACAGGACAAGGAGAAGUAAGGAGCGAAUGGAGGAGGCUGCGUGGCUGCCGAGUGAUUAAAGUGACGACUUGCGAUCUGGAGCCUCCGAGUUCACCCUAAUCGCUAGCUGAAUUUGUUUUCAGUAGUCCCGAGUUCAAAUCCUGGACAACGCUUCAAAAUUGUCUGCUGCUAUGCCUCCUGCUAUGCCUCCUGCCACUUAGGAUUUGAUGAUGAUCAUCAUCAUCAUUAUCAUCAUCAUUAUCAUCACCAUCACCAUCAUCAUCACCAUCACCGGCGGAGUACCGGGAGGAAAACCUCUCGAAGCAAGGGCGAAAAGCAACAACAUACGCAACACACCGAUGAUGUCGCUUUCAGGAUGCGAACCUCGACCACAUUGUGACAUGCGAGUGCUCUCACCAUCGCACCGCGAUUGAACCCAAGGGUGGCCACAAAUUCCUUUUUUCCCACAAAGUUUACCAAUAAAGUUUUCUGUUCUUUGUUUUAGGACAUGGGAAAAGCCUUGGGUAAAUUCGUUGUUGUUUUUAACUGCUCUGAUCAAAUGGAUUACCGUGGUUUGGGCCGUAUCUACAAAGGUAACUCUCUUUAUUCAACCACUCUAUUUCAGAGAGCACUAAAAAAAAUGAAUGUCAUCUUGUCCGACAAGCAUCGCUUAAGUUUUACUUGGCGACGACCAGCGUAUCGUCGUCCGAGAUUGUGAUUUGGUUAGAAGUUGUCCUGCCUGGGCCUUCGCCCAUUGGGCUAGUGAGAAUAAAAUUUACUUGCCUAAUAGGAAACUUUACCUCUCGCGGACGAACGGGUGUGACUUUUGCGAGUUCUGUGGUGAAGCUACGAUGAUCUUUAGAGCCGUUGCGGUUAGUUGGGGUUUGUGGUGGAGACAGCUGACACUUCAAACAGUUAAAAAUGCAGGCUAAAAUUUGUUGGAUGCAUCGCUUUAAGAAAUAAUUGAUUUUGUUAUUUUCUGUAUGGUAGGUCUGGCUCAGUCUGGAAGCUGGGGCUGUUUUGAUGAAUUCAACCGUAUUGAGCUUCCGGUGUUGUCAGUGGCGGCACAGCAGAUUCACGUGGUGCUCACGUGCAAAAAAGAGCGGAAGAAAAUGUUUAUUUUCACUGACGGGGAUGAGGUGGACAUGGACCCUGAAUUCGGUAUCUUCUUAACCAUGGUAUGCAAAGUUAACUAUGUACAGUAUGUGCAGUACAUGAUAUGGGUAAUUAUUUCCUUAUUCCGUGCCCCGCCUACAAAUUCUAUUGAUUUUUGUUAUAUAAUUAUGUAUGGCGAUGUUAGUGAUAUGAAAUAAAGUAAGUAGAUAUGUCCAGAAGGGGUAACCUUUGAAAUGCGGGUAGAAGGAACAGUUUUCAAAAACGCGUAUUGCAAUCUUUUUUACUCUUCUUCAAUUUUAUCUAUCCGUGCGCUCUGUUAGUAUGUGGGUAAUCAAGGAUUUGGACAAAACGCAAGUGAAAUUAUUCCCUAAUUUCACGAGUAUACCAUUUGAUUACCUAUUAAUAUCAUGGGCGACGAAUUACGUUAGCAGUCUUGGAUUUUUGACAUGUUUAUCCUCAGUCGUAUCGAUCGAGAGCUCCUGCACUCUCUCGAACGUUUAGAGGUUAAAUUUGGCUUAGGUUCAGAGUUUUUCGACAAAAUACCUGUUAGAAUCCUUCUUGAUGUGCUCUUUCGUGUGUUCAGGUUUUCUAAAGCGUCCUUUUGUGCCCUGACAUCUUCAUUCAUGACAUUUUAAAACUUCGUCGCCAUCUUGACACUGAGACGUACGGAAGGUUGCCAUGGCAAUUUUGUAAUUUCGCAUGUGAAAUUACAAAUUAACGCUGAAAUUUUGCGCCAAAAUUAAGGAGUAAUUCGUCACCUAUGAUAUUAGCUGUGUUAUUUGUAUCUCUCUUCACUUUUGUAUGUGGCUAUUACAUUUCUUUAAAUUUGGUACGUAGCCAGUUCCUAGCUAUUGCUUUAUUUGGCUAAAUUAGGUGACGUCACUCCCUUCUCUUUCUUUGAAUAGAACCCAGGUUAUGCUGGCCGACAGGAGUUACCGGAAAACUUGAAAAUUAUGUUCCGCACCGUGGCUAUGAUGGUACCUGACCGACAGAUCAUCAUCAGGGUCAAGCUGGCUUCUUGUGGCUUCAUCAAGAACGUUAUUCUUGCUCAGAAGUUUUUCACUCUCUACAAACUGUGCGAAGAACAGCUCACUAAACAGGUUAGUAGCUUCUUGCGUUAUAAUGUGAACUUUACCUGCUUUGUGUUCUUCGUCAGUCAUAUAACUAGUACUGAGUAUAAUAUUCUGGCCCAAACAAUCCCUUCCCUAACCCAACAUUUUUCCUUAAGUGGGAAGUUCAUGUUAAAGUUGGGUUGGGGGAGGGGUAAGUAGACAGUUUCCCAUGAUCUUAAAAUACAGAUUUAGUCAAGUUUCUUCUAUGUGACCUCCUAGUGUGGGUCUCUGCCGUUGUUCAAACUGUUUGUUUUACUCUCUGUAAAGCGGAUACUUGCCGAAGACGGUCGUUUAAUUCUGGUUCCAACGGGGUCGGUCUUAGAUCGAGUUGACUGAAGGCCUCCUGUUCACCUCGUUAUUUUCACGUAUUACUCGAUUUAGUUCUAUUUGAACCGGUAUUUAGCUGUAUUUGACGUUCAUAUGUUUUUGCCAACAUACUUCUUUAAAUUACACUGCUAUCAAUUGGUUAUAAUUUAUUGGGUAAGUGAUAAGCGAACAAACAGAAGUAUUGACGUCUUCUUUUUCCUACUAGGUGCAUUACGAUUUUGGUCUUCGUAACAUCUUGUCAGUUCUCAGAACACUUGGAGCAGUCAAGAGAGCCAACCCGGAGGUAACGUUAUUUUUUUCUGCGCAUGUCUCACCUUUUUAUUUUUGAUCCGACGCAAUAUUUUUCAAACUACGCUUCGAGAGUGAAUACCCAGAUUUUUCACUAACCUGCUAAGAAACUAUAAAAGCUAUAAUAUACCAGAAAUUGUUCAUGUAGCACGUGAUACUAAGGCUGCCUUCACACAGGAAUGGACGAGUUUUCGAUCGUCUGAAAAUUUUUACCGGAUACUUUGUUCACACGUGACCGUGCAAUAUUCUCGCUCUGUGCACACUGAACUUUGAAUGGCAAGGCGUCUGAAUUUUCGCACGGUUAUAGUUGUUACGUGUGAAUUGAAAUCUUAAUCACAGGGUUCGCACAGACGUGAAAAGUCCUUGAAUUUAGGGGGAGUACAACGUAUAGGCUAAGAGGCGAGGGCUUGAAUUUGAAAUUACCUAACUUUAAUCUUAAAUUUAAGAAGAAUUCUUUCACUUACUCAUGAACUAAGUUAUGGAACAGUUUGCCUUUUCAAGUGCGUCUCUCAAGUGAUGCUAAUGACUUCAGAAGUAGAUUGCACGAUUGUAGCUUUCAACUGUUUUUAGAACGAGUAUUAUAGUUUUCCUAGUCACAUUUCUAGUAUGUGGCUUUUUAGUCGGUUUUAGCUUUUUAUAUUUUUAAUACCAAGUUUUUUUAUAUGUAUCUAUUUAUUGAGUUGUUUUUAAAAUUGAAUAAUAUUAUAUAGUUGUAAUUAUUAUAGAUUUUAUUUAUACACGUUCGUAUUUUGAACGAGUUUUUUAGCUCUUUGACGCAACGUGUUAAAAUAAAUGAUUGAUGAUUGAUGAUGAUUGAGUCCUUGAAAAGUCCUUAAAUUUCUGUUCAAGUCCUUGAAAAGUUCUUGAAUUUUCUUCAACUUUCAAUGUAAUGUCCUGGAAAGUGUUUUUAAUGCUUUUGGCUGUGCAAGACAGAACAUAAAUCAUAGCUCAGAGAAUUUAAAGGUUAUUUACGUAAAGCUCUCUUUGUUUUAUGCAAUAAUUAUCAUUCAUAAGACAAGUGAACUGAAAAAUGUAGAGAAGGUGGUGAAACAAGUACUUCAAGCCUUAAAGUCUUGUUAUAUAGACUGGGAAUGUGCAUUUUUGUACAAUCUGUGAAACUAUAUUCCUGUUAGGUGGUCCUUGAAAAUCGAAUGUGGACCUUACAAAGUCCUUGAAAAAUGGUUGCAAUUUUUUUGUAUGACCCCUGAAACAGGCGCCUUUUCGACCGGUCGAAAAUUCUGUGUAUUCAUAUACGACCUCUUUGAUUUCUGUUAACAGGACGGUGAAGAUCGUAUCGUGAUGAGAGUUCUUCGUGACAUGAACUUGAGUAAGCUGGUCGACGAAGAUGAACCGCUGUUCAUGAGUUUGAUCGACGAUUUAUUCCCAGGCCUUACUCUUGACAAAGCAGGUUACCCGGAUAUUGAACAAGCUAUUGCUGAUUGCGUGGAGGAGGCGAAACUUGUAAAUCAUCCGCCUUGGACUCUCAAGCUGAUUCAGGUUUUAUUUCUCUCUUGGAUAACCAAGGUUGCUAAUAAAUAAGUAGAGCGCGCUCUUUUAAGAAAAAAAUAUUUCUGUUAUAGUUCACUCCCCUCUUACUGUUUAGUUAUUCUACUACAAACCAAUAGUAAACCUAAAAUCUCAAAAGAAGGACAGAAAAUGGAUACAGUCAGACCCCCUCAAUACGGCCAUAGGAAGUGACCGUAUUAAGCGGGUUGAAUGUAGAGAAAAUGUAAGGAAGGCGUUUCCCCAGGGACAAAGCAAACUGUCCGUAAUAACGAGGUGUCCGCACUAAGCGGGGUUCGACUUAUUUUAUUAAGUGAUAGUAUGGUGCCGGCGAGUGUGGUUUUUUAGACCUUAUUUCUGAGGUCUUCGGACACUUUCUACGCAUGGCGACGAGAAGAUUCAUAAUCAGUAUUUUCUAUUCUUCAUUCACCGUCAACAACAAACGUAUUUAGGACUACGCUCGCCCGGACGAUCAUAUUCCACCUACUUAUGACUCCCUCAAACAAUUUACUAUCUGUCUUUUAGAGUGCUUUUAUUCUUUAAUUCUUAAUAACCUUAUUUUGUUUUGUUGUUGUUGUUGUAGUUGUAUGAGACCCAACGUGUUCGUCACGGCAUGAUGGCUCUUGGCCCGAGUGGUGCUGGAAAGACUAAGUGUAUUAAUAUUCUUAUGAAGGCCAUGACUCAGUGUGGUGCGCCCCACAAAGAGUUUCGUAUGAACCCCAAGGUAUUGAAUCAACAGUGAACUUUUUUUGUGUUUUCAGCUUUGUCGAAGCUGGUACCUUAGCUACUUUGCUGUUAUGUUAUGUAGUGUAGGUAAGUAAGUUAGUCCAAUUUUGGAAAGGUUUGGAAAGGCAUCGAAACGCCGAAGGGUACAGACGAUCUUUCAUCGCAGAGUGUUUUGUCUUUUGAUGACAGGCGUCUGUUGCAACGAAGCUUUCAGAAACCUUUAGUUUUAUUGGCCUUUGACGAUGCAGCUGCCAUUUUUUUUUUUAAGGCCGGGUACUUUUUUGGGGCCAUUCAUCUAUUGUUUCGUUAACUAUUUUAACAACCCACCCAAAUUCCUUAACAUCACAUAUAGUGACAGUGACUUUAAAUGCCACUUUGUUUUCUCUUUUAGGCCAUCACAGCACCCCAGAUGUUUGGCAGACUAGAUGUCUCUACUAAUGACUGGACUGACGGAAUCUUUUCCACGCUGUGGAGACGAACACUGAGAGCUAAGAAGGUGAGUUUUCCGGUUCAGUAGAAAUGAAUCACAAUCACAAGAUAAAGCACUAGAAGUUUGUAGUUAAGAAAUUCUCACCCGAUACACACAUGUAUUCAGAAUGUGCCUCUAUGUGACUGUCAAUUUUAUAGUGCAAAACACCUUUGCACUUAACUGAAGAACUUUGCUUAGUUUGUCCCCGUAUCUGUAAACCUGAGGUAAUUUUGGAGGUACAAUUCAGUUUUUUAUAUCUCAGAUUAAACACUCUCAAUAUCCGCUUUCAGUUUAUUUAUUGAAAUAUAGAAACUGUCUCAGCUUCCAAUAGCAAACGUAAGAUAUAUUAAAAUUCUAACAUGGCUUUCUGGUCAUUUUUCUAUAUUUGGUUUGAUUUUCUUUGUGCUCAAGUCUCUUCUGGGAAUUGUGAGACAAUGGAGUCGUGAAAAAUUUGCAAUUUUGUCCCUAAAGCCUCGGAGUAAUGUUAGAAUUUGAAACCCGACCUCUCAAGUUUCACAGUUUACUCUAUUUCUCUCCCUUCCUCCCAUCUCUAUCAUUUUACGCGCCACUCUCCCCCGAGCUUCACGAGGUUUUGCGAUACACGUAGUUCUAGUUCAUCGACUUAUUGAAGUCAGUCUCAUCCAACGAACGAUUGGGUCAUGCAUUUCAGGGGGAACACAUAUGGAUUGUUCUUGACGGUCCUGUGGACGCUAUCUGGAUUGAGAACCUUAACAGCGUGUUAGACGACAAUAAAACUCUAACACUGGCAAACGGUGAUCGUAUUCCAAUGGCUCCAAACUGCAAAGUCGUGUUUGAGCCCCACAACAUCGACAACGCCUCUCCUGCCACAGUGUCAAGGUAAAGUCGUCAUUUUAGAUGUAAAGCACCCUUCCAUCUUUUUAGUAAGACUGAUUUUUAUUUCCAAUUAUGGGAGAGGAGGUUGGUAAAGUGGGAAAUGGGUGGGGGCAUAAUUAAAAAUAAUGACCUACAGUUGUCACUAGUCAGUGAACGCAGUAAUGACCUGCUGGUUCUACGACAGUGGAAAUGGACAUUGAAUUGGAUAAUGCUUUCGCUCCUAGCUGGCCACCCCACCGCGCUCGCGCAUUAUAUCUAGGAAGACCUUAGAGCUCGGUUAUUAUCCCCCCGCCCCUAUUCUUUAUUUAAGUGAAUUAAACAACUCUUUUUAAAUUAAACUCGUUUUCUCCUUUUCCUCUCUACAAGAAAUGGUAUGGUUUACAUGAGCUCUUCUGCGCUGGACUGGAAACCUAUUCUACAGGUAAAUGUCCCUAUUGCUUUACGCAAAUGACUUGGACGAUUAGGUUUACUAUGACUUUUUAGGAAAUACACGAAGACGACGCAUAACGCAGGCUAACUCGUGUAGAAAGGUCACCGUCAGUGCGUUUUGACUCCUGAUCGGGGGUGGGGGAGGUUAUUUACGCUGAUCACAUCGAGACCGAAUACAUACUUCUAUUAAAACCGCUCUAUUGUAAACUUCUCGCUCGUUAAUUAACUAACGACAUUCACCUCAGGUAACUUUUGUUUGUAGGGCUGGUUGAACACUCGUCCACAGCUAGAAAGAGAUGUUCUGUUCCCGCUGUUUGAAAGCGUUUUCGACGAGCUACGAUCAUUUGUGAUGCAAAACUGUUUCCCAAAGAUGGAAGUAAGUGUUAGAGUUUCCUUUCACGCACUAAAAUUGCAAGUAAUUAAAGGGCAAUUUUACCAUAUUCUAUUCAAUAUUUGAAACUGUAUAAGCUGAAGUAUGGGUAAAGUCGAGCUUGACCCUGCGGACACCUUUUUGCGGAAAAAUCUCUCGGCCUGAUAGAUGCAAAACUUCAUAAUUUCCAAUGUCUGUUACACUUAUGUACAGUUCUGUUGGGCCCAAAUACUCUAUACCUCACACAAUCCCCACCUCUGUAUGGACACUUCGCUUUGUCUCUUUGAUGUCCUUUAGUGUAUUACGGCGGUUUUACAGGUUAUAAUCUAUGUUCUCUAAGGAAACAUGGACGCUGUAACAUUAGAGAGAUUUACGGCAAACUUGCAUUUGUGCCACGUGACCAAGUUUACCCUUAACUUGUUGUUUCCUGUUUAUUAUAGCUACACUGAAAUCAGUAGAUUCUCGUCAUAAGAAUUUUUUGAGCUGUUUUUAUCUGCUAAUGUUUUAUUUUGAGAAUUUCUCACCUUGAAUCUGACGCUUGCCGAUUCACGUUUCACGUAAAAGUGACUAUACAUCUAUCUACAUCUGAUUCCCGAAGCAAGCCUCGUGUUUGGUUUGAUUUGACUGUUACUUCUGUCCUGCUUCCUUUUCUUUUAAGUCUGGUUCAGGUUGUCUUAUUCCGCCGUAUUACCUACGAUAUAGGCGCCAUUACUACCUAGGACACUGUUCCGAUAGGAGAACAAAGGUUGCCGGCAGCAAUGGUUGUGGGGUGCGCUUAUUCGAUCAUUUACGUUACACAUUCUCUUGUACAGGUUUUGGAGUGUAACAACAUUGUUCAAGCCAUGAACAUUCUGGAAGGUUUAAUUCCCGGCGAGGAUGCCCCUAAACCAGCAGAUGCCAAUCAUCUAUCAAAGUUGUUUGUAUUUUCUCUCAUGUGGAGUGUUGGAGCAUUGCUUGAACUGGAUGAUCGGAAAAAGGUGUUUUUACGUUGAGCAUGAUUCGCAUCAAUCCUUUUGUGACGUACUUUUUAUUUAUUAUUUAUUUAAUUUAUUUAUUUGUACGCAGUGCACGUAAGACUCAGAUCGCCCACAAGCUGAGCUCAGCGGUUUUUUUUCAAUAGCGAGAAUUGUACACCACACCCUCCUCUGUGUCGCCAAACCUGGAGGGGACACUGGUCAAUCUCGCCUACUCCUAUGAAUAGGCCAUUUCCGAGUUUCCCCGGGCCUCUGUAUCAAAACGAGGUUAAUUGCUCAAUCUUUAAUACGGAAAUGAUUUUUCAUCGCUUGCAAAUAAAACUCAUUUUCAAAAGAGAGGUUGUCCACUCGGUCUCAUUUUGAAAGUGAGGGUUUUUGGAGCUCGGAAGUGGCCUACUGUAAAAUACACGUGGGUGCAGAGAAACAGACUAGAGCAACGUUUCUUGUCUAAGGAAGCAAGAGGAGUAAAUGGGAUGUACUCUUUUUGGCCUUUUGCAGAUGGAAGAUUUCUUAGUGGGAAAAGGAAACUUCAACAUGCCCCCUGCUGAGGGACUGGACACAAUUUUUGAAUUCUUGGUUAACGAACAAGGGGAAUGGGAACAUUGGUCUGAAAGGGUAAGUUGUCUGCGCAGGAUAAAAAACUUUGUUUUUCACUCCAGUCCGGCGACAAGAUAGUCUGCUACAACAGCCGUUUUAAGUGUCGUCGCGCAACGCUGGAGAGGAGCGUUGCGUUACGACACUAAAAACGGCUGUGUAGCAGACUAGCGAAAAGUGAACGAAUGCUGCCAAAAAAGAGAGAAAUCUUAGUUUUAGGCAAGGUCAGUACGAAAAGUCAGGGAAUUUUGUUUUUAUGUUGCCACUGAGAUUGGUGGAGUUUAAAAGAAAGUCAUUUUCUUUCCCUGAAGAAAAUAAAAACGUGUAGUUGAUUGAUUUUGUUGUUGUGUUCUCCAAGUCCUCUAAAGAUGAAGGAUCACAUAAUAAAAUAAAUAAAAAUAAAUAACGAUUUGCAGGUAGCACAUCCACAUAGAGGUUCUUCGUCUACCUGAUUCCUGGCCGAAUGGGAAUUUGGAAAUGUUGGUUUUUGAGGAGAGGGGAAAACCGGAGUACCCGGAGAAAAACCUCUCGGAGCAAGGGGAGAACCAACAACAAACUCAACCCACAUAUGGCGUCAACGCCGGGAUUUGAACCCGGGCCACAUUGGUGGGAGGCGAGUGCUCUCACCACUGCGCCACCCUUGCUCCCCGAAGAAAAUAACUAGAAAAGAAAAAAUAGAAAAGAUUGAAACAACUUAUCGCGCGCAAAUGUAAUCGCCCCUGUGAACGAGCCUCAGUAAACGUCUCAGGUUUUCCUCUGUGCUGCAAUGAUAAUGUACAUGUCACUUUAUUAUUUCAGGUUCCAGUUUAUGAAUAUCCCAAGACCAGUAUUCCUGAGUAUGCGUCCAUUCUUGUACCAAACGUUGACAACACUCGAACAGACUACCUCAUCCACGCUCUGGCCAAACAGAGCAAGGUAAAUGCUGUGAUUUUUGUAGAGGAUAUUCACACUUAAGUGUCAUUUGACAACAAAUACAAAAUUUCGUCAGUAAUAGCUGGAUGAGCUUUGUUAAUAAAGCUCCAGUAAACCGAAUGACCGGUCGCGAGUUUGAUUCCCGGGGCCGGAGCAAUACCCAGCGUCUUUGGAAGGUACUUUGUACGUCUCUGGUGUAGCUUGUGAAACGUAAAUUAUGGCGGCUGGUUAUGGUAAUUUAACCUUACAUGGGAAUAUUUGUUGGCUUCACUCUAGAGCUUCAAGUAUAAUGUAAGUGUACUUGGAACCUACUUUGAGUGUGAAGGGGUGAAAUGUACCUACUUCAAGUUUACUUGGUGACCAUGGAAACGUUCGUAGUUCGAAGAAGCCGAAUUUCGCCCUCAAGUAUGGUCUACGCCACACUUGAGAACACACUUGACCAAUGAGAAAUGGAAACCAUGUGCACGAUGUGCACGUGCAGCAGUCCCAAGAUUCGAAUGAAUGGAGAGAUUGAUAGCUUUUAUUACAAGUAAUAUACUCUAUCGGCAAGUGUGAAGCCAUGUUUUCUACAGAGCGACUUACGAUUUCCAAGUGCACUUGAAUUAAGUGCUUACUUGAAACUAACUUCGCUUCUAGUGUGAAGCCAACAAUUAAGGGUGGAUUCAUUUGCAACACACGCGUCACGGUGUAUUUCCCGCUUGAAAUUUUUAUUAUUUGUAAGCCUAUAAACAGUAAAAAAUUCCAGCGGGCAAAUGCGACACCUACACGAAUAUGUUCCAAGAGAAUCCACCCUAAAUUUGUGUGAGAAAUUCAUUCUGGUAUUCGUAAUAAAAUGACGCUAUCGUGAAAAUGUUAUUUCUGUUGUAUCAUCAUUUUAUCAGCUAAAGCAGCCAUUUUUGCCAUAGGCGCGAAAAAAAUACUUAUUUUUAUAUGUGUUUGAUUUUCAUUCCGUGUCCGUCUACAGGCAGUGUUGUUAAUUGGUGAACAGGGUUCAGCCAAAACUGUCAUGAUGAAAGGAUACUGUAACAAAUAUGACCCGGAACAACAACUCGUCAAAUCUGUUAACUUCUCAUCUGCGACCACUCCAAACAUGUUCCAGGUAAGUUUGAGUAACAUUCGCACGUACCAGAAGAGUGUUUCACGCUGUUGCCAGGAAGUUGGCUUUUGCUAUUUCUUCACUUAUCACAUUUAUUCAUACAGUAAGUAAGGGUAUAAACGGGCCAAUAGCGCCAAGGACUGCGGUAGCCAGUGGCGCCCUCGUAUAGGUGGUUUUCACGUGACGUCAUCGCCGCCAUACUGGUGGAUAGUAAACAAAAGAUCGCUCAUUAGCUGGUUUUGUUUGUCCACCAGCAUUUGUUCAUUUCACCAUUGUUUAUUGUGUCUCCAGAGAUUGCAUGAAAACCACCUAUAUUGACGCAAUGCAUUUCUGAACACUUGCUAUCGAAAUUACCCAAAGAUAGUUUGAAAAGUCUUACUAGUAUACAGUCUAUUGUGAAAUCCCUAUUCUCCGCAUUCGGAUUGUUAUAAGAAGACAUUGUGUUGCUAAAAACUUGUCUUCAGCAGACCUCAUCCACGAUACCCGCCAUCUUUGCAUGCGCUUUAGGGCUGAUGGGAUAAAAGCAAUGUCACGUGGUUUCUCAGGGGGCAAACAAGUGAUAAACUCUUCCAAUACAAGAAAUCGCGGUCGAGUUUGUAUAUUCUAGACAAAAGAAAAUGAAGAGCUUUUUAUCUUGAAGACGCUAGUGGCAAGUUGUUAGUGAAAGUGUUCAUUGUAACUUUAUUUGGAAGCAAUGGCGACCGUAGAUGUCCGUUCAACAUGUAAUAAUGACGUAAAACUUGUCAAAACUCGAACUGUACAUGUUGAAUGACUAUUAAAUCGUCGUCUCGUUUUGAUAGAAUAAACAAAUUCGACCGCGAUUACUCGUAUUGGCAAAUUUUAUUCAUCGUUUGCCCCCUGAGAGACCACGUGACAUUGCUAAUGGCCCAUCGAUCCUAAGGCGUAUGCAAAGAUGGCGGGUAUCGUGAAUAAGGUCUAUUGUUAACGAGGAACAUUUAUAUCUUGUUGCCCUAACCAUAUUUGGGGUUGAUUGAAGUGCACUGUGCAGUUGGAUUUUUUUACUAUAUACUUCUCCUGUGGCUUCAAACAGCGCACUGUGGAGAGUUACGUGGACAAGCGAAUGGGUACAACAUACGGUCCACCAGCUGGCAAGAAAAUGACAGUUUUUAUUGACGACAUCAACAUGCCUGUGAUCAACGAGUGGGGAGAUCAGGUAAGUAGGAAUUAAUUAGACAAAGAAGGACUUUUUUGCUGUAAAAUUCAAGCUAACGGACAAGCAAGCAAGAUGAUCAGUAUAUGAUUCUGGGAAACUGUCCACCUACCGUCCGUACCCUUCCCGUAGCCCAGCCCAACAUUUUUCCCUAAGUGAGCAGCAGCGCGAUACAUUGGAUACAGUGGUCUGUUUUCUACCAUUGCUGUUGCCCUCUCAACAAAACCGAAAACCUUUUUGAUGUUGUAGAGAGGCUAAAACAAGAGUAAAUGUAUCCACCGGGACAAAAAACAAUUGGUGGUUGUGGAAAAUGGCCAGAAUGUGUUCUUCUCUACAAAAGUUAACCAAAAGGCGUCCAAGAUAUAAAGUAUGAAACACGUUUUACAUCAACAAGUUAUGUAGAGCUAAGGAAAAUUUCUAAAGGGAUUAAAUUCAUCUCAGGCCAAUGUUGUGAAUGAACACAUCUUUUUCUCUAUAUUAGAUCACGAACGAAAUUGUUAGGCAAGUCAUGGAAAUGAAGGGGUUUUACAGCCUGGACAAACCCGGUGAUUUCACCAACAUUGUUGACAUACAGUUCGUGGCGGCCAUGAUCCAGCCAGGUGGAGGGCGCAACGACAUUCCAAGCCGUCUGAAGCGCCAAUUUACUAUUCUCAAUUGCACGCUUCCUGCCAAUGCUUCCAUCGAUAAAAUUUUCAGUUCAAUCGGCUGUGGUUAUUUCAAUAACGAGCGUGGAUUUCCUCAAGAGGUCCAGAAAAUGGUUAAUCCUUUGGUUUCGUGUACACGAAAGUUGUGGCAGAAGACCAAGGUUAAGAUGCUGCCUACACCAGCCAAGUUCCAUUACAUUUUCAAUCUGAGAGAUCUCAGUAGAAUUUGGCAGGUAUGACAACAUGGCAGAUCCUCUUUUUAUCUUACAUCCUUUAACUCUUAAGAGGCAGGAACUUUCAUUAGAUUAAAUUUCAUUAGCCUGGUACCAGGAUUUUUCUUACGCGUGCGGCGAACACGCGAGAAAAAACGCGGAGUUAUGUCUUAUUUCCGCUCGGGUUCCUAUAAAGACUUGUCGAUAUUAGAAACCGCGCGUGAAAAGUCUCUAGCACCCUACUACGGUUGUAAUAGUUAGUUUAAGCCUAGAGGGUGAGAACUGCCUUGAAUUUCUCCGUAAUUACAUAUGAAAGCGACGAGUAUAAUCAGUCUUGAAAUUAAUGCAAACAACUCUUAAUCUUCGUGAAACUUUCAUUCGUGAGGUGUUGAUUUUGACUGUCGUGUAAAGAAAAAUAAUGGUAUUUCAAUAAAAAAUGAGAAUGAUCACGGUGGCAAUACUGUGGCAAUACUGUGCCAAGUUGUAAAACAUAGGGAGCAGUAGCGAAUUAUUAAUAUUAUGGUUUUUACCGCCACCCGAUUAGCUCAAUUGGAUAAGCGCCGGUCUACCGAGCGCGAGAGGCAUCUUCAAACGAAAAGACUUUCUAGUCUUCUUGGAUAAGGACGACCCUUGCACAUAUAAAUUCUGUGUUAAGUUAAAGAACCCACACACUGUUCGUAAAGAGUAGGAGACGAUGGUCUAUCUCCAUUGGGUCGAGGGACUGUUAUAGGCCCGCAGUAAUUGGCUCUAGUCGCGCAGUUGCGGUGACCCUGCCAAGAAUUGGCGAACGUAAGUAAAUAAAUAGCAAUAGCUAUUUAUAGCGGUCUCCUUCUGACACUCGUACACUACUUAUAUGACCUUAGGGGAUGCUGACAGUGACUUCUGAAGUGGCUACGACUGCCAAGCUGUUCCUAAACCUGUGGAAACAUGAGUGUAAUCGCGUCAUCGCUGAUCGAUUUACCAACCAGCAGGACAAGGACUGGUUUGAAAAGACUUUAAAGCAGGUUAUAGAGGAAGAUUUUGAUGCUGAAACAGCAACUUUGUUAGACGCAGAGCCCUACUUUGUGGAUUUCAUGAGGGAUCCUCCCGAGCCCACAGGUAUGAAGUGUGUUCAGACUUAGCUGCCUGGAGUGGCGUGACCUCUUUACAAAAAUUAUGGGAUACAACUUAACAGAGAAGAGAAGUGAUGACGUCACAAACACAAAAUUUGUGAAAUUAUGGGAUAGGCUGGUAUAUCCAAAGAGAACAAGCCAGGAGAAAAAUGUUCUGCAAUUGCCAAAAAUCAGCCUGUUCGUGCACUUGGCAGGAGAUAUAAGCAUUAUUUUCCGAUGAUUCCAUAUAAAUCCUUCUAAAAUAGGCCUGGAUCGUAAACGUUAGGAUCUAAGCCAAUUUUAGAAGGAUUUGCAUAGCGUCAUCAUAGCUUAAAGGUGCUUAUAUCUCCCCGCCAAUUUGCAUUAACAAGCUGAUUUUUUGGCUUUUUUCGUCUUGUUCUUUCUGGAUAUGCCAUCCAAUCUUAUAAUUCACAAAUUUGAAUUUUUGUGAAGUUACUUUUCUCUCCUCUAUACCUAAGACAGAAAUGAGCGUGAGGAAAUUAUCUAAUGGACCAGCGUGCGGGUGACUGACACAGAAACGUAAAAUUUUAUGUGUCAGUAUGUCCGGAAAUUUAGAAGCGUUUGCAUGGAAAAAAAAUUACUGGAGCGAAAGGCGACCUUUUUCUGUGAUAUAUAACCUUCUUUUGAAAUAUUUUCUUUUCUUUUCUCCCUAUUUCAAUCUGUUAAUAUCUUCUCUUAUUUCUAGUACUUCUUGUUCUUCUCGUCUUUCCUUUCUAUUUCUUCAGUUCUUCCUGAAGGUAAUAAAAAAGACAGGAACAAGAAAGCUGCAAAAGAAAAAGGGCUGACAAAGACUACUUCUGGUGGGCCCAGGGGCCCAGGUAAACUUUACAUUGCUUAUCUUAUUCUUCUUUCUCUUCGUCUUCUGUUCGACCGGUGAUGGAAGCAUCUUUAUUUGAAGUCUAUUUGCUUUCGACUUUGACUUGCCUUUUGUGUUCUUUUUUUCUAAGCUCAUGAAUGAAAUCCUGACGUUUGAGCAUUCAAUGGAACUGAGUUUGUUUCAUGAAAUUCUCUGUUGUGGAAUUUUACUGAAAGCUACCGAGCUUUAGCAUGUUGUCCUUAUCAUCAGUCUUGUGACCUAUCAUUAUUUGGCUCGCCUGAGCUAUCUCUUUCAACAAUAUUCUUUAUUUCUCUUACAAUAUCUUCGCGAGGGGGUCGAUCAUUUUUGUUGCUUUUGUUUUACAUUUAAUUAUUUUGAGUGAACGUUUCGUGGUGAUUGUUUAAAUAAUAAUGACAUUUGAGACUGGGUAAAACGUAACAGAUUGGAGAAGUGGUAGUCUGUGUUAAAUAAGUCAACUCUUUGCUCAUUGACAACGUCUAGUUAGUUUUUGUGCAUUGCAUGUAUAUUCAAUGAUUUUCAAUAACCCUGGCUUCAAAGUGAUGCAAAAAAAAAAAUCUAACUUCAAAUUGCUGCGACCAAUACAAGUUUGACCAGUUUAGAAUUUCACUAUACCGGUUUAACCUGCUUUAGGAGAGGAGCCUGAAGAUGCAGAUCUGGAAGCGCCAAAGGUGUAUGAACUUGUAGAGAUGGAUAUUCUUAAAGAACGUCUUGGCACAUUCAUGGUCCAGUACAAUGAAAUUGUCCGAGGAGGCAAUAUGGACCUUGUCUUCUUCAAGGUAUGACUGCAGAGUUAACUAUAGAGGAUAAUUGGCUGUUUUAUUGGCCAUGUGCAAUGCGCUUUAAACGGAUUCACCUACAGAUAAGUUCAUUCGCGUACUUUCGCUUAUAAUCGCCUUCAUGAUGAUAGUCAAUUUGCCUCUUUGCCAAAAAAUUGUUUUAAUCCUUGUUCGCAGAUAUGGAUGAGAAAGAAACGACUGAAAUUGUUUUGAGUUAGUGCUCUGUGAAGAUAUGGUUGUUUUCGCAGACUUGUAGUACGGAGACGAAGGGAAUCGGCCCCUUACAAUAAAACACUCCCCAAACUAUUUACUUAACUCACUAUUGGAAGGUAUGCCAGUAAACGUAGAGGAGCCUCAAUUUUUUUAUACCUUAUUAUAUCUUCAAACGAAAGCAGUAAUCCUCGACUGUAAGUAAGAACGAAAGGAGGCUAAAUAAGUUAGUUGAAGUUGGCACUUAUCUGUGAUUGUUUACAUUGAAUUUUGCCUUUAGGAUGCUAUGAUACAUCUUGUCAAGAUUUCGCGUAUUAUCCGCACCCCUCGAGGCAACGCCCUGCUGGUAGGUGUAGGAGGCUCCGGAAAGCAGAGUUUGACAAGACUGGCUUCGUUCAUCGCUGGAUACGACAUUUUUCAGAUUACUCUGUCAAGGUAUAUUUAAAAAAUUUACUCUCUGGGUGCAUAAAAACGAUAACAUAGUUCAAAAAACUCGUGGCCAAGGUGGAUCUACAGUAUCUAUACCAUUUCGGUUGGUCAAUAAUUAUUAUUUGAUUUACCUUGCGGCUGGGUUGUCUUCAAUUAACUUUACUUUUACUGUGUUGGAAAAAUGCUCAGAACUAUGUGUUUUUUUUAUUCGGCUGAUUAAGACUGUGGAGUUUGGCCGAAAUAUGCCAAAGGAUUUGUCUGUACUCUGAUGUAUUAAAAGUAUCUUUUUAAAGAUAAGUUUUGAUAUUUUGAGUGGUGAAUUCCAGAAGAAUAAGUAGAGUUCAGCAGGCAUAACAUAUGGAUCUUACCACACUAGCCUUACACUGUAACCACCGUUGGUUUUUGUGAGUGCCUUGUUGUCUUUUGACUCCCUCAGUGUAAUGAGCCCCUCCUUCGUCCUUACAAAUGCCUUGCUUUUAUAUGCACAUUUACUAAGUAUUUCAAGUCGAUUAUAUAGUCCACGCCCUUGUCGCCAGAACAAAUUCAAGUGAACAAAUCGUCUUGUGAAAGACCGUCUUUAUUCCUUAUUCAUGUUGUUAAUGUGUUCUUGCCCAGGUCGUACAAUGUCUCUAACUUGAUGGAAGAUCUAAAAGUACUGUACAGGACUGCUGGACACCGAGGAAAGGGAAUCACAUUUAUUUUCACAGAUAAUGAAAUCAAGGAUGAGGGAUUUUUGGAGUACAUGAACAAUGUCAUAGCUUCAGGAGAGGUGCGGUAUCACUGUCUACAAUAAUUAGUAAAAUCCAAGUAGCGGUCUGUUUUCAAUGCUGCGUUCUGAUUGGUUGAGUUAUUACUAGGCUACAUGUUAUAGCCCACUAGUUGCGACAAGUGCCGGCUUUGAAAACCGAAACAAUGGCGACUGAAUCACGUUUUGCUAGCUAAAGUUGUUUUAUCUCCAUAUUUUCGACGAACUAGUUGGAUUUUACUAAAACAAUUAUUCCUCUCGCCCUAAUGGGCUAUUGACUCAAAGCCCAUUCGGGCUCGACGAAUAAUUGUUAAUUACUACAAGAAACAGUUUAUAGUCAAGCGUACAUCCCAAAAUCAGAUUAAUAAAUAUGAAGCUGAGUCCGUUAAGAAUUUUAGACUUCAGAGUCAUGUAUUCCUGCACGCCUAACAAACUAUACCAUGUUUAUACUCUCCUUUAUGCUCAAAAAAGAAAAAAAAACUUUCUUUUUUGAUUGGCUAAAAAAAAGUGGAAACUGAUACUUCUAUUAACACCAAGUUGAAGUCAGUAAUAACUACAGAUCCCUUAAUUAAUUAUAGAUUUUCAUAGUCUUGCAGAGAACGCCCUAUGGCCGUUAGAAGUCAGUUCUAUCCUAGUAGUGUAGAAAAUAUUUGUCAUCCAGUCUGUCAGUACUUGUUCAGUGGUUGUUGUUGUCUUCGGUAGGUCUCCAAUCUGUUUGCGCGAGAUGAAAUUGAUGAAAUUACCCAGGACCUGAUCAGUGUGAUGAAGGCCGAGUAUCCAAGGAGACCACCGACCAAUGAGAAUCUGUACGAGUAUUUCAUCACACGCGUCAAGAACAACCUCCACGUUGUACUUUGUUUUUCACCGGUAAGCAACCAUUUCCUCCUUUCCUUUCCUGUGGUUUACGACAAGUUUCAAAUUCUAAAGUGCAAACUCUUCCAAGGAAAAGAGAGGUCAGAAGUCAUCUUUGUGGGCUGUGAUUGAAUUCAGAUCUCUGGCUCCAUUGUUUGUUGCCAUGGUAGCGUAAGACUUACCUUAUUAUAGGAAUUGAACGCUUGUUAAUUACGGUAUUUGAAAUUGACGCGACUUAAAUUAACGGGAAUUAAAGGAAAAAUUAAUUUCAAAUAAAGGAAAUUAACAUGAAAGAGAGCGAAACAUUUCAAGCUGAGUCAAAGAAAACAAGAAGAAACAAAACUUGUUGAGACAACCACAACAAGUAAUUGUAAUCCGUUUUAAUCCUUGUUCGCAGAUAUGGAUGAGAAAGAAACGACCGAAAUUGUUUUGAGUUAGUGCUCUGUGAAGAUAGGGUUGUUUUCGCAGACAAUCAAGAAGGUUUUAUUUCCCACAAUAAGGCAAUCUAUAGAGGGCGUCACAAAGUUCUCAAAACGAGUUGUUUGAUUAGGUAACGAAACAAGAGAUGAAUGACUCAGGCAAUGUUCUUUGCCCUAGAAACAGUAGCAAGAGUGUUUUCAAAGGCCAAUGAAAAUAGAGCUUCCUGGGAGCUUCGUUGCUCUAGAUCUAUAGCUUGGCCUUCACUUCAAUGUACGUGUCUUUGAAAGGGGCCUAAAAAGAAAUCGUUCACUCCUCUUGUGAACUAAGAAAAGACAAAAUUAUCCCACUCCAAAAACAGUAAGUGUGCAAAAAAACUAUAAAGUGAGAUGAAUUAGCCUAAACACGCAAAAAUAGACCGAGCAUUAGAGCGUCACUUUAAAUAAAGCAGUCGCCCUCCCUUCUCCUCCCCUCCCCACUCUCCGUAACCCCGUCCUGGACUUCCUUAGUAAUCUAAAACUCUAAUGUAAUAUUUCAAGGUGGGCGAGAAGUUCCGAAAUCGUUCCCUUAAGUUUCCUGGAUUGUUCAGUGGAUGUACGAUGGACUGGUUUAGCCGCUGGCCUAAAGAUGCGUUGAUUGCAGUUGCAUCUCACUUUUUAUCCUCUUUUGACAUCGUCUGCUCCCGGGAAACAAAGGCCGCUGUUGUCAACACAAUGGGAGUUAUUCAGGUAAGUGACGUAGUUAGUUUGUUAAUGGAAAUAUUUAAAAUGACUCAUAGUUUGAACUGCGGCUAAAGAUAUAAAAAUGAAAAAUUAAAUGGUCCCCAAAAUUGAGUAAAAAACCUAAGCGGUUGAAAAAGAACCAGGAGAAUCCGAAAAUAUUCAACUGCGAGGAUCAUUUCCACUUUCAUAUUAUCCGAAGUUCAACAUAUGAUUCAUUUCACAUAUUACCACUCGUGUCAUUUCGACCAUCGGCUAUAUUACGAACUCACAAUGGCUUACUCUCCAGUCAGCUUGAUUAGCCUAAUCGAUAGAGCGUUGAGCUCGGUCAUCGCAAAGGUCAGGAUUCGAUUCCCGGCCACGCCUGAAUUUUUCAGGUUCUUUUUCAACCGUUUAGGUUGUUUAUUAGUUGGUUAGUUAGUUAGUUGUAAAAAUUAUUUAAGGCUUUUUUCGAACAAUGUAUUCAGUUUAAAAGGUAAAGAGUCCUCAUUUUACGUCGUUACCUCGUAAAAGUCACCAGUUGGCUGACAAACCCGAGGCUAACUGUGUUUUCAUUCCUUCCCACCAACACCCCCCCCCCACCUCUCCUUCAGUGCUCCGCCAUUUUACGAGUUUUGAAAUCUACUUAAAUUUACACAGAAAGGAAAGAAGUCGAAACAGGGAUUUGAGGUCACAUCUGGGAAUCAAGAAUUGAACUAGGGGCUUCUUGCACAGACGCCUGCGCACUAACCUUAGUUACUUAAGACAUUCCCAUUUUCCUUCUAGGACAACGUUGCAGAAACCUGCGUUCAGUACUUUGAGCGUUUUCGGCGUCAGACCCACGUUACACCCAAAUCGUACCUCUCUUUCAUCGGUGGUUACAAGACCAUUUACAAGAUGCAACACGAAGCCAUUGGUCUCCUGGCUAAGCGUAUGAACACUGGUCUGGCUAAGCUCGUGGAAGCUAGUGAAUCGGUGGCGAAGCUUUCGGAAGAGUUGGUGGUGAAAGAGAAGGAGCUUGCCGUAGCCUCAAAGAAAGCGGACGUUGUGCUUCAGGAGGUGACAGUUAGCGCUACAGCAGCCGAAAAGGUGAAGUCCCAGGUGCAGAAAGUCAAGGACAAGGCGCAAGCGAUUGUGGACGAAAUUGCGGUGAGUUUAACUCUCCCCUUCUCAAAACCUCUAGUUAAAAAUAUUUAAAAAUAUAUCUAUUUUCCUUUCUGAGUAAAUAAAAACAAAUGUGAGGGACAAGCGCUUAAGAGCUGAAAAAAGCGCAUAAACAUUUGCUUCGUUCUCACCCUCUCUCCUAAGCUGCCCCGAAUCACUGAUUGGUCUAUGUUCUGUCAAUUAUUUUAAUAUUUAGCUUUGUCCAACCUUGCGAACUAUACUUGACCUUAACACUUUUAUAAAAAAAUCAUAAAUACCGUUAAUCCUCUAUUAAGCCCUCCCUCUCAAACAAGCCCCCCCCUCUUAUUAUUAUUCACUGAUAAUUGACAGACUGUAUUAAUCAAUCGCGACUGUCAGGAGUCUAUUGCGACUGUAAAAGUUCCUGUGGACUGAUCCAGAAUGGUUUAUUCACCAGCUUGAAAUUCGGAUUUGUUUUUGAUCCUCAGCUGCAUGACCUCCAACGUCUUGUACUUUCGCUUUUCCAUACCAUCUUCUUUACUAAAUUGAAUAAGCCCCCAUCUCAAAUAAGCCCUCCUGUCUUUAUCAAGCCCCCCUUACAUGUGUUUGAAAUCAGUGAGCUCCCGGGGGUCUUAAUAGAGGGUUUACGGUAAAUGAAUAAAUAAAUAAAUAAAAUAAAAUAAAGAACGAUUUGCAGGUAGCACAUCCACAUAGUGGUUCUUCGUCUACCUGAUUCCUGGUCGAAUUGGAAUUUGGAAAUGUUGGUUUUUGAGGAGAGGGGAAAACCGGAGUACCCGGAGAAAAACCUCUCGGAGCAAAGGAGAGAACCAACAACAAACUCAACCCACAUAUGGCGUCGACGCCGGGAUUUGAACCCGGGCCGCAUUGGUGGGAGGCGAGCGCUCUCACCACUGCGCCACCCUUGCUCCCCACAUUACAAUUACAAUUACUCAGGGUUGAUGGUGGGAACCAGUACGAUACACUAAACAUGCUAUUUUUCGACCAAUAGGAAGACAAAGCAGUUGCAGAGGAAAAGCUUGAGGCUGCUAAACCUGCGUUGGAAGAAGCAGAAGCUGCGUUGCAGACCAUCAAACCUGCGCACAUUGCCACAGUCAGAAAACUGGCCAAGCCACCUCACCUGAUCAUGCGCAUUAUGGACUGUGUGUUGCUGCUGUUCUUUAGAAAGGUUGAUCCCGUCACAGCCGAUCCUGAGAGGCCCUGCUGUAAACCUUCAUGGGGCGAGUCUCUUAAAAUGAUGAGUGGCGGUGGCUUCUUGAACAACUUGCUCACUUUCGCAAAGGUAACUCGAUUAACAUUUCGUCAGUAUAUAACAUUACUUCCCGAAUAAUCAAUGAUUGUUGAAGGUAUUCAGCAGAAAAGUUUGAAAAAUAUUGCAUUCGGGAGCCUGUCUAGUAGAAACUCUAAGUGAAGAACGGUUGAAAAAUAUUAUUAUAUUCACGAUCACAUUUCGACACCCUCUUUGUACCAGUGAUGUCUUUGCUCUUCUUUUCAUCAAAUAUUUUUUAUUUUUAAACCGUAGUUCACAGGUAUGAUCCUAUGUAUUCACACAGUAGUCUCUUCGAAAAUUUUCAGUUCUAUUGCCCGUUUGUCCCUAAUGUUGUUUACAAAACUUCCCUUCGAGGAGAAACCUCGGUUCGAGCUUGUUGUCUUAAUUAUUUAAUAAACCGCACGUUUAUCCCGUUUGUCUACUAGGAUUCCAUCAAUGAGGAAACGGUUGAGCUGCUAAUGCCGUAUUUAGAAAUGGAGGACUAUACUAUGGAGAACGCCAAGAAGGUUUGUGGUGACGUGGCUGGUCUGGCAUCUUGGACCAGAGCUAUGGCAUUCUUCUAUGGUGUCAACAAAGAAGUUCUUCCUCUCAAGGUACAGUAAUAAUAAUAAUAAUAAUAAUAAGUCUUUAUUCAUCAAGAGAUAAAAAUACAUAUCUUUUGUUACAAGUAAGUGUAAGAAAUUUAAAAAGUUAAAAAGUAAGAAAUAAAAAAAUAUAUACCGGUAUAUAUAUCUAGUAUAUUACAUAGCUAAUUCAUAUUUAAAAACUAAACGAUUAAUAAAAGCGUUUUUAAAGCGCGUAGUGUUAAUCUUAGGUUUAAAACUAGUUUCUUUUCUAAGAUUGUAGCUGGAGGGUUUAACACGAGGCAUAAUAGAUAAAAGUGGAUGUCCUUUGGCAUUAAAAACUUUUUUAAAAAUUUUACGGUCUUGCCUCUCUAAGAAAUCAUAAACACUUACAGGCUUAGACGUAUAUUUCCUUUUAAAACAGCGGUCUAAGAAACAUUGUACGGGUGUAAGAUCGGACUCGGACGCGGCGUAGACUGAUAAUGCGUAAUUAAUAUUAGGUAGAACUAUAGUAUUAAAGAGAAGGUCUAUUUCUGACUGAUUGUACCCUUCUUUGCGCAGCGUUCUAAGGAUAUGUAGGGAUUUGUUAGCUUUAAUAAGUUUGUUCUUCACGUGCACUGAAAAUUUGCUGUCACAUUGGAAGGUGACGCCCAAAAUCUCAACUUCUUUACAGCUUGGUAUCAUCCCAAUGGGUGAAUAGAGAUCGUGGUUGCCUCUCUUUUUGAUCGUCAACUCUUUACAUUUGCUUGGGUUGCAAGACAUUCCAUUUGUAUACGUCCAAUCUAAAAACUGUGACACUAACUGAUCGGAGUAGUCUACCUCCUUCCAUACAGGAGCAAUAAUUGUCGAGUCAUCAGCGUACUUAAAUAGCGCGUCAUGAUUACCUAAAGUGAUGUUAAGAUCAUUGAGGAAGAUAUUAAAAAGGUAAGGACCGCUAACGCUACCUUGAGUUGUCCCUUGGUUGACCGGUUUCCAGUCACACUCAAAGUUGUUACAACAUACCCUUUGUUUUCUAUCCUUUAAAAAGUUCAAGUACCAAUUGGUAAUAUAUGGAUUCAGUGGGAGCUUUUUUAAUUUACUAGCAAGAAGUUCAUGUUUCACAGAGUCAAAAGCUUUGCUGAAGUCCAUAGCAAAAAGGCGAACUGCUUUACAAUCUGGGUUAUCCAGGUAGCUGUUGGUCCUAUGUUGAAUUGACAAGAGAGCAUCGGUACAGUUUCCACCUUUUCUGUAGGCGAACUGUGAGGUGCUAAGGUGGCUUUCAAUUGUCUCGCGGGCAUAGCAGUGGUACACAAUUUUCUCAAAAGCCCUCGCUAUAACAGGAGUUAUAUUAAUGCCGCGAUAAUCACCAUGUGCUUUAGGAACAUCCACUUUGGGGAGGGGGGUGAUGAUCGCACGCUUCCACGAUGAUGGCAAACACUGAGUAGAGAUUGAGAGAUUCCAGAUUUUGGUGAUAAGAGGCGUGAAAAUCUCAGCAUGCUCUUUCCAAACCCAGUAAGGAAUCUGGUCGGGUCCAGUUGCAGUUCUUUUGAGAACGCUAAGUAAAUUCCAGACCUGCCGUUCGAAAUUACCGGGAUCUCCAUCCCACUGCUGAUUGUGACAGGGGUUGGUUCUAUAUACAUAUCAUCUGAGCAGAGCCUAGCGAAGUAAUCAUUCAAGUCCAUCAGACAGCUGUUAUCCAGGUUUACUUUGCAGGAUGCACGACGCCGCUGCGACAAUUCAUCAACUCCUUUCCACCAUGCCCGACUACCUGGAGGGGCAUCCAUAAACUUUCUCCUAUUUUCCGAGAUGAUGUCAGCUAUUCUUUUAUUAACAAUGCACAGCCUGUCUUUGCUCAGACGAGAAACUCUAGACUUCGUUCUGAUCAUUGACUUAAGGAGUGGUGUCAUCCAAGGCGGAUCGCGUGACGACAUGGAUACAGUUUUGACCGGCAUACACCUGUCCAUAUGGCCGCGAAUCUUUUCUUCCAAUACACAAACCGCUUGCUGAACAUCAGGAGCAGCGAGCACAUUAUCCCAGUUUUCCUCCGCCAGCGCGGUGUAAAGUGUGGCUUUACGAUUCUCUCUACAAUCCCGUAUCUGGACUUUACAUCGGAUGGGUUUUAACUUUGUACCAGCAGGGAGAAUAACAGCCGUGUGAUCGGUCUUGAUUGACAAUUGAAAUGGGUGACACUUGUUGAAUAAAUGUGCCGUUUUGAUUUAUGAUCAAGCUGUAGAAGCUAUAGAUCAGGGGACACACCAAUUGCUAUUUCGCAGAAGACAUGUAGGAAACUAAAGCAUUCUUUAGUGGCAUGUGUUUUACACUAGCCUGCGUAGCAAGCGUUUCCUACACAGGGGCCGGUGACGCCUGUUUCCCUUUUCUAUACUUGUUUUGCCAUUUUAACGGUCGAUGCAACCAUUGGUAACCAUGCCUUAGAAACGCUAAAAAUUUGAAUUUCUUUCGUCCCCUCCAUGCACGUAAACCUCAAAAGGCUGCUACAGGUUUUACCGUUAGAUGUUGGCCGCCUAACGUUUAGCAGGCAUGUCUUCCGUAUAUGUAGCCUGAGAAAACAACCGAUGAUUCGCGACACCACUGAUGGUUUCCCCGCGAGCCCAGAAAUUCCGUACUGAUGACGCGCACAAGGUAGAUUUGAGUAGAGCUUCUGAUUGGUUGGAAUUUUGCUUCAUCCAAGCAGAAGCAGUAACCAGAUCUGGUUAGUGACACGUCAUCAGUGGAAUUUCUGCAGUCGUUUCUCAGACGUCAUUUCGCGGGGAAACCAGUGGCAGCGUCGCGAAUCAUCGGUUGUUUUCUCAGGCUACAAUGUAUGAACAUUUUUAAACUUUUUCUAUCCUCAGGCCAAUCUGAUAAUACAAGAAGCACGUUUACAAAAAGCAACGAGCGAGCUUAAUGAAGCGCAAGCACAGUUGGACGAAAAACAGCGUGAGUUGGAUUUGGUACAGGCAAAAUACGAUCAGGCUAUGCGUGACAAGCAAACACUGGUUGAUGACGCUGAAGCGUGCAGAAGAAAGAUGGCGAAUGCUACGGCGCUGAUCGAUGGACUGGGCGGUGAGAAGACCAGGUGGACUGAGCAGAGCAAGAAGUUUGAUCAACAGAUUCAGAGGUUUGAAUCGCUUGUUAAUUCUGAUAUUAUAUAUUUCUCGUCUUGAUAUACUCCUUUUCAGUCAGGGGGCCGGGAAGCAUUGCAUGAUUCCGGCCCGAGCGGCUGCGAAGAAGACUAUCGUCCUGAACGACCUAUAAAGCGUUUGGUAGACUAAAGAACGAGUAAAUGGACAAUUAUAAUUAAAUUAUUUUCGCCUGUUUGAACCAAAGCCCUACGCAGGUUUCAGGGUCCGUUUUCAAAAUGCUUAGAACAAAAUAUUCCGUGCUUGCUCCGAGCUAUCACGAAUCAUUAUUCUAGGGUAAGGUAUGAAAAAAUAACCCCAGGCACUCAGGGUAACAGUAGACUAGGCUACCAGAGCCUGUAAACCGUAAUACAACUGCCGCUUGGUUAAUCAGCUCAUCAUCUUGCCUGUCCGGCGAAGAACUUUUUACAAAAAAGUAGUGUAUUUACAAUGGUCACGCUUAAGUUGAGACACGAGGCAUGCAAGGGAAACAGUCUUUUUCUGUGUACGCAUAUGCUUUUGGAUCCUUAUAGUUGAUUUUAUAUUCGAACACUGCAGCACGAACCUUUGUACCCCGUUUUCUAGUCGUAAUUGGGCGCCAGGAGCUGUUCUAGCAUUGUUUCAAGUGACUUCUGUUGUUGAGCGUACCUCAACAAAAGAGGAUUAAGCUUGCGGGUUAACUUUCAUACCAUUUGUCUUUCAGGUUGGUCGGUGAUGUGCUGUUGGCCACUGGCUUCUUAUCCUACUCUGGCCCAUUCAACCAAUCGUUUAGGAAUCUACUGCUGGAUAACUGGAAGAAAGAAAUGAGAAAAGUGAAGAUUCCUUUCUCGGAGGUAAUAAUAAAAUAAAGGUGAUCUAUUUUUUUUCUCUAGUCUUGCACCAGCCGUUUCCGCAAUUAUUUUUUAAUGUUCAGUCCUAACCUUCGCUGCCUCGGGAUUUGUAAGUUUGUGUUUCGUGAAAGAGAUACAUUUGAUGCUGACUCGCUCGCGUUGCCCUCGAGGACCGGGCGGAACUAUUGUAUUUCGUUUUAAAGGUGUGAUCUGAGUGUUGGUUUUGUGUCCACUCAACUGUUACCUUAUAUCUUUCUUCUUUUAAGGAUUUGAACUUGGUGAACAUGCUGACAGAUGCUGCAACGAUCGGCGAGUGGGCUCUGCAGGGCCUUCCAAGCGAUGAGUUGUCAGUUCAAAAUGGUAUUAUCGUCACCAAGGCUUCACGUUACCCUCUUCUUAUUGACCCCCAGGUAUGAUAUAUGUCAACUGAACCACGGGAUAUUUGCCUCUUUCAGUGACUUAAGGUAGAUUUCCACUGUCGCGGUACGCGCGUAAAAAUUACGCAACAGUCGACGUCUGGCUCGAGUUUCUCUGAAUGAGUUUGGAUCGUCCAGCAGAUGGAGAGAACGCCUGAAAAUAGUCUCCGGGACAAACGAUCUUCACAUGCGACGAACUAAAAUAAUAAAUUUAAUGUUUGUAUCAUAAUGUAUAUUUAGACUCGUUCGGGAGACAAUUUGCUUUUUGGUCGGAUUCAGUUGAUUGGUUCGACGGGUCCUAAGUUCGACGUCUGAUCCAACUGACGAACUUAACUUAAUUUAGGUUGACUCAAAUUAGAGUUAAAUCCGUCUGAUGGAAAGUUCGACGUUUGGCCCAGGCAUAACGUCCCAAGGCCACAUAUUGCUGGUCCAAUUAAUGAGGAUGAAUUUGUGCGGACGGUUUUUACAACACAAUAAGAUUUCUCAAAAUCUGAAGUGGAUUUGUUGCCAUGUCUUCCCUCUCAACGUUGAGCAGUCUAUUGAAUAAAUAUUGUUGUAGGUCGUAAUUUUAACCUCCUUAUACCAACGUCUCUUAGUAGCCUAAGAAAGCUGCAUCCUGAUGACGUCACAUCUUUUUAAACAGGGACCUUUGGCCCCCCUCGCAGUAACAUAGAGAUGUGACUGUUCAGAAGCUCUGAAAAAAAGAAAAGGAUAAAAAGAGCACAUGCUAACUAAUUGCUAAAUUAGUCAUUUUUGUUUUUGCUCAGGGCCAAGGAAAAGCCUGGAUUCGAAAGAAAGAAGGACCUAACGAGCUACAGGUAGGACUCUUCAUUUGAUUUUGUUAUUUCAAACAUAAAGUACCCAUCAUGGUUUCACUGAUUUGAAUUUAAUUAUUUUAUGCCAGUUAAGCAAAAUGCCGAUAGGAGAUCAACACAGCUUAAGUUACUUACCUCAUCUCCAUAUUGUACUGUUUAAAAGGGGCUUGAAAAGUUGUAGAACAUCUGAACUUGAAAAUCCCCAAUUUUCUGGAGAGUUAAAAAUUGCGAUAGCUCAGUGGCGUAAAUAACCAGCGUUUUUUCUUAAAUUUUUUGCUUUCAGAUAUAGCCAAAGAAUCCGAUUUUUAUCUCCUCUCUUAGUUUUGCCGCUGCGAAACCUUGCUUCUUGACAAAUGUAUUAAAAGUUUUAUAUUUAAACUGUUGUGUUUAAUGAAAAUUAUUGUGUUGUUUAGACCUUUUUUGCAUUGACCAAAACGUUGAUUGUGUUCCAUUUUAGAUCACAGCUUUGAACCACAAGUAUUUCCGAACACAUUUGGAAGAUUCGCUCUCCUUAGGAAGGCCGCUGAUCAUAGAAGAUGUCGGCGAAGAACUCGACCCGGCGCUUGACAACGUGUUGGAGAAGAACUUUAUCAAGUCUGGAAAGACGUUCAAGGUAAAAUAUGCCCUCUCUCGCGGCAGCAAUAUUUCUGAAGUAAGAGAGUUAUCCUCCAGAUAAAGAUCGCGUGAUUUUUCUACACUGUAAACCACAAACCAAAAGCGGUCAUUCUGGCCAACCAACGAAACUAAUCAGGCAGUAUUCGAAGCGAGUUUCAAGUUGCAAGUCAUCAAGUUUCAAGUUUAUUAAACUCUUAGGAUACAUAUAACCAUUGAACCUUGCCUGCAAAAUAGCCUAGCUAAUCGAGGCGGGAAAGAAAAGUCUCAAAGUAAAAAAUUACAAUAACAGGGUUGAAACAUAACAAUAAAGAAAACUGAUUCACGAACAUCUGCUCUUGAGUUGUUCGCUUUUCCAGACAUUAUUAUAAGUUUAUUUCAACCCAACGUGAAGAGCUUACAUGAACACGUCCACUCGCUCGGAGCGCAUGUACUCCGCACGCGGACGCACGCUAAAGGUACACAACACUGGUUCCAUAAGUGGGGCGGAAUACUAAAAAAUCCGGGCACGAGAACCUUAUUCAGAUUAAGAACCUGAGUGAAAAUUUGGGGAAUUUGUUGCCCAUUAUGCAGACCUUAUUACUCACGAUACCCGCCUUCUUUUCACGCGCUUAAGGACUAAUGGGAUAGAAGCAAUGUCACGUGUUUUCUCAAGGGGCAAACCAGGAAAAAUGUCAAUGCAAGAAAUCGUGGUCGAGUUUGUUUAUUCUAGACAAAAGAAAAUGAAGAACUUCUUUUUAUCUUAAUCCCACCGAUCCUAAAGCGCAUGCAAAGAUGGCGGGUAUCGUGAAUAAGGCCUAUAUCACCGACUUCUUUCUACUGGCGUCACUAGCCAUCUUCAUGAGGGCAGAAGGUCGUCAGCUCUUGGUGCCACACAGGUGGUACCCUCGCACAGUCUUCAAAAGUCCUUGAAUUUUAGGUGUAGUUCUUGAAAAGUCCUUAAAUUUCUUUGCUACUCCUUGAAAAGUCCUUGAAAUUUCUUCAACUUUGAUGUAGCAGCCUGGAAGCUGUUUUUUUAAAAAUUCUUUUGGGUUGUCGAAGAGAGAUUAUAAAUCAUAGCCCAGCGAAGUUAUAGGUGAUUAACAUAAAGUGUUUUGUAGAUUUAAGAUAAGUGAACUGAACAAUGUAAAGAAACUGGUGAAGUAAACAGUUCAAGUCCCGUUAAUUUGGACUGGGAAUGUGUUUGUGUACAAAUCUGUGAUUUACAUUCCUGGAAGGUGGUCCUUGAAAGUCGAAUGUGGUCCUUGAAAAGUCCUAGAAGAGUCUUUAAUGACUGCAAUUUUUUGUAUGAACUCUGCCAAGGCCUCUUGAUCAACAAAUUACCAAAGCAAUCUCGAAAUUAAUGUAAAACCCGUUUAAUUUUUAUUGCAGUCACUAUUUACUGUUUAUUUGUUAGGUCAAAGUGGGUGACAAGGAAGUUGACGUUAUGGAUGGCUUCCGGUUGUACGUUACAACUAAGCUUGGUAACCCUUCCUACACUCCUGAAGUAAGUGCCAAGACUUCCAUAAUCGACUUCACCGUAACAAUGAGCGGCCUGGAAGAUCAGCUACUGGGAAGAGUAAUCUUAACAGAGAAGCAGGUAACAUGUCUGUUUUUGCGUCGAAUAUACAGGGAUCGAUGUAGAAACUUGCAAUGUUAAAAGUCACGUGACUUGUAAUUACUCUACAAUUUGUGUCUGAUUGACAAGUAGUAAGAUAAACAGAAGGUCGAUAAGCGAUCAGGAUUCCGAAUAUACAGAGCAGAAAGCUACAUUUAGUGUAUAAAUAAUUUUGGUUGCAUUUUCUGAAUGAAUGCUGUUUCACAGCGGACAUCAGUUUGAGAUCAAGCAUAGAUUGUUGGCCAGUGACAUUUUGUAUGGAUGAAAUGUUAUUGUAUUAAAUGCACAUCGCGCCAGAAAUCUCGGCACUAAUGAAUUAAACAUAUUAGUUCACCAGAAGCUUAAAAUAUACUCUGACCUCAGAUUAUCAACUUCAAAUUCAGUGCUGCUGUUUAGUUAAGCUAGUUUUCGUUGUUUAGGAAUUAGAGGCUGAGCGCACCAAGUUGAUGGAAGAAGUGACUGCAAACAAACGAAAAAUGAAAGACUUGGAAGACAACCUGCUGUACAGACUGACUAGUACCCAGGGCUCUCUCGUCGAAGAUGAGUCAUUGAUCCAGGUUCUCAGCGUAACCAAGACAACAUCAGAGGAAGUCAGUGAAAAGCUAUUGGUUGCCGCAGAAACGGAAUUAAAGAUCAACACUGCUCGAGAAGAGUAUCGACCUGGUUAGUACAGAAUUUAGGUCAGAGCUAUGUAUUCAGUCAGAUAUAUAGAGCGUUUUCACAUGACGUCACGGCGGUCAUGUUGGUGUUCCAAAUCAAUCCUGUGGAAGUUGAACUCUUUUCUUAUGCAAACGCUUUCUUUUGUUCCAAUAAAUGUGUAUAGAUGCUGGCCACGUCAGUGAAAACGCUCUAUUCCUCAAGUGCUACCAUUUUCAUAUCAUUUUCUUGUAUAGUGUCGUCACGCAACGCUCGUCCCCACUGGGGAGGAGUCUUGCGUGACGACGCUAAAAACGGUUGUGUAGCAGACUAUGUACAUGUAGGAAAGUUGCUGUUUCCUUUUGCCUACCGUUUAGCAGUAAGCUAAUCUUAAAUUUUCCUCUCUCCUCAUUUUCUCCUCAUUCUAGUGGCCACACGAGGUAGCAUCCUGUAUUUCCUGAUUGUCGAGAUGUCCUACGUGAACGUCAUGUACCAGACCUCUCUGAGACAGUUCCUGGGCUUGUUUGACAUUUCCAUGGCACGCUCUCAAAAGUCGCCAAUUCCCGCCAAGCGAAUCCAGAACAUCAUUGAGUAUCUUACGUUUGAAGUGUUUCGAUACACGACCCGUGGUUUGUACGAGGAACACAAGUUUUUGUUUACUCUUUUGCUCACUUUGAAGAUUGACCUGUUGGAGAAGAAGAUUCGCCAUGAAGAAUUUCAAGUUCUUAUCAAAGGUAAGUUGGUUUACCUAAGUAAACUCUCGUCUCUCAAGCUUUUUACAUGUGCUUUGUUUUCUAAUUGUCUGCUACUAUUAAACAAUUAUUGGAUAAGGUUUUUGUGAUAUCUGGAAUAAUCAAGGUCGAUAACACUUACCGAGACCUUGAUUAUUUAGGAUAUUACAAAAUUGAAUGUAAUAAUUGUUUUAUUAUACAUUGUUUCGAAGAAAGUAACGACAAACACACCGUCGCAAGGAGUCAGAAUUGAUAUUGUUGUUGGAAAUCAUGCAUUGCGCCCGCAACCUACAGAUUAGUCAGUUAUCUGCUAGCAGAUAACUAACUAGUCUGUUGGUUGCACUGAUUUCUAAAAUUAGCUGUAGGCUGUUAGCCAUUGAGAAGGGAGAUAGUGAGUAUAAUAAUGCAAAUUCUUUGCGGCGUCUUUUGCAAUCGUGGUGUAACCUAGUCUUCCGCCCAAAAAUUAGCAUUGGAAAUCCGAGAAUUAAGUAAGCAAGACUUGAAUUCAAGAAACAAAGGUAAAAAUUAAUAGAAAAAAAAAUAAGAUUUCAAAUGUAAAAAGCUGCAAAAUAGAGAUGAUAGAAAUUUGGUAUGAUCAGACCUUAAAAACUUCUGCGAGUGGUAGAAUCAUCAAUUCCAUUGUUUCGGAAUGAAAUGAAAAUAUGCCUCUCUUCCAGUGCGUCAAUCCAUACGAAGUUAUUAGGGUGUUUUAAUAUAUACGUUUCUGGGAAACUGCCCUCCUACACCUCCCCUAAGCCAACAUCAACACUUCUCACUUAAGGCAAAAUGUUGGCUUAGGGGAAGGGUGGGUGGGCAGUUUCCCAGGAACGUAUAAUGACCAUUUUUAUCGUACUUUAAACAUGAUCAACGCAGCGCGAAAAGAGAGAUGAGAAAGAAACUAACAACGAACGCUAGAGUCAUCUUGAAUCGCUUGCUGGCUUUCAGUCGAUUAAUAAUGACAGUCUUCUUUUUCUUUUCCUUUUUCUCCUGUUUUUGGUUUACAGGUGGAGCCGCGUUAGAUUUGAAUGCUGUGGAACCUAAACCAAAGAAGUGGAUCCUUGAUAUGACCUGGUUGAACCUGGUAGAGCUUAGCAAACUUCCUCAAUUCACCCAGCUUCUUGGACAGGUCUGCUUUUGAAUAUUCAUUCGUUCAUUUGUUUUAACACUCAUCUACUGUUUGCUUGUUUCUGCAUUUUGAAUGCAAAAAGGGCGGCGACGGCGGCGGAAACGUCACAGGCUUAAAGUGAUUUGAAUUAUUAAGACCGUAUGCAAAUUUGAAGAUAACGAAUGGAUUUCGUGUGGUUACGUUGGCUCUAUUACCAGCCGUACCCAAGACCAGACUCAGGAGAGUGGCGGAAAUCAAGCCUAGAGGCCAGAAAACCGUAACGUCGCAUCAAGGAAUUUCACGUCAUAGUCGUCCGGUGACGGAAAAGAAAUAAUCCCAAAAUUGUGACGCACUUGUGGUCCUUAUGCUUCCGUCGUAGAAAUAAGUUAGGCUUAAGAAUAAUGCUUUAGUUCUCAACAUGUCACAACACACCGAUCUGUUUUGCAAUGCAGCACAUAAUUGUUUUUUGUGAUAAUGUUUUAUAGGUUGCAAACAACGAGUCUGGUAAAGCUUGGAAGACUUGGUUUGACUCUGAAGCACCAGAAGACACUCCCAUUCCAGAUGGUUACCAGGGCUCUCUCGACACUUUCAGAAAGCUGCUUCUUAUCAGGGCCUGGUGUCCAGAUCGUACCAUCAAUCAAGCCCGACGUUAUAUCACUGAUGCCAUUGGAAAAGAGGUAAAGUACUGGGUAGUGUUCAUACAGAAUUAUAUUUAUAAAUUCUAUUUAGACAGUAACGACAAAGACACAAGAGGCGAGAUCUUUGGAUUUGUGACAAGUAAAAUUUGAUUUUCUUUUAUCGGUUACUGGUCUGAUAUUGUCCUACAGUCGAAAACUGAGGAAGCUAAGUGACAUACGAAUUUUCAUGUGUUUUUUUGCAGUAUGCAGAAGGUGUAAUUCUAAAUCUGGAAGCCAUGUGGGAGGAAAGUGACGUCCGAACGCCAAUGAUUUGUUUCUUGUCAAUGGGUUCUGAUCCUACUGCUUCCAUCGAGGCUUUGGCAAAGAAACAGAGACUAGGUAAACAUUCUUGCCACAUAUUGUUAAUAAACCACUAUUUUCCUUUUAAAUCAUACCUACCAGUCAGCUUAAAAUACUCUGAACUGGUUAUAAAGAAGGGAAAGCAAUGGCCUGUUUUAUGUACGCUUCUUUGAACGUGAAUUCAGUCAAAUGCUCAUAUCAGCUACGAGGCGUGCUUAUUUAACAAAUACCCUACUGUUGAUGGCUCAGAUACGUGUGUUCAAACGUGGUAAAGUGCUUUUCAUUUCAGUUAAAAUAUAAUGCCUGCUCUUGUUGACGCCGUCAAAAACAAUUAUGAUUAUCAGAAAGAUUUUUUGUGAUAUGCAGGAUAGGGCUCAUCUCAGGUGUAAUAUUUUACAAUUAUUCCUGGAGCCCAAAUGGGCUCUGAGUAUUGACUUAGAGGCCAUGAAGAGGAGAGGAAUAAUUGUUUUAAUACAAUCCAACUAGCUGUUCAAAAAUAUCGAGACAAAACAACUUUAGCUAGUUAAAAAUAGACUUUUAAGUCCGUUUUUGCAGCCAAAAAGCUGGCGCGUUUCGCUACUAGUGGGCUAUAACAUAGCCUAGUAGUAGCUCAACCAAUCAGAAUGCAGCAUUUAUAAUAGACCACUAGUUGGAUUUUACUAAAAUUUAUUACUCUCAGCUGACGUGAAACAAAGACAACUAAGCAUCCUUAACAAUGAACCUAACCCUGACAAUAGUCAAUAAAACAAAGAAAACGAAUAAAUUAUAUUACACUGGAGAUGACCCCAGGAUAGUUAAGGUUGAGAGGUUACUGCUUUUUUUUCGUUGGCUGAAAACCGAUUCUAACGAUUGUUUUAUUAUAUUUUUUAUAGAGAAAUCAUAACAAACGCUCUGUCUUACAGAACACAGAAAUCAUGCAUUGCACACGCAGCCUAGAUUUUUCACUUAUCAAGCUGAUAACUUAAUAUGUAGUUUGCGCUUAUUUCCAGACGUAGCUCAAACUGUAAACUUAGCCAUUAAGAAGACAGUUAGUGAGUACGAUGUGCAAUGGCAUAAUCAAACGCAGUUAUUUGCAAUCAUAUCUCAAUCAUUCGUUCAUCCAUCACAGACUGUCGAGCCAUCUCCAUGGGUCAAGGUCAAGAGGUACAUGCGCGAAGAUUACUGUCUCAGUUUAUGAACGAGGGAGGCUGGGUGCUACUGCAGAAUUGUCACUUGGGACUCAACUUUAUGGACGAGUUAUUAGAAACGGUAGGAGACAACAUUUAAUUUUUAAACAGCAGUGAUAAUUUGCUUUACAUCGGUUUGCCUAGCAGAGUAUCCUCGCUGACUCUAAAAGUGAUGCUUGGAUAAGUUCGUCUCGAUAUAUUUAUCCAUUCCAAUAACCUCUAGUUUGAUUUUCAACAGUUAUUGUAUCGAUAGGCUCUUUAAUCGUUUGUCUCACGAUAGACAAUUUGUUUUUGAUAUCGAUAAUGUUUUUGUGUGCGUAAUGUUAACCAUAAGCUCGCUGUUCUCACAUAUUCACUUUGCAUUUGAACUGGACAAUGAUUUCGAGUGCCUAGUGCUGGUCUUCACAAGGCGAUGGUUUGGAUUUACUGGGCGGGAAAAUUAAUAGCACCAUGGUUACUUGUAAUUGUUGCUUAACGCACCUAGUUUACCGCUCAAAAUUUUGCAUAACCAUUAUUUCUAUUUUUUCUUGGGUAUCACAGUCGUCCCAAGAGAAAUCGAAGUCAAUGGUUGUGCAAAAUUUUGGAGGGUAACAAGGUGCAUUAUGGUUUAUGUGAAAAUGAUGAGUUGCGAACCUCACUCAUGCUUGCAUUGGUGUUUUCCAUCCUAAGUAUUGUUGGCAUGGUUAGUCCCGCUCAGGAAAUCGACAUUAUUAGAGAGUUUGAGCUUCACUAGUGACGUAUGCGCCAAACGGAAAACGUCAGACUCAAGUUGAGAAUUUCUCAAAAUAAAAAAUGAGCAGAUAAAAACACCUCAGAAAAUUCUUUUGGAGAAAAAAAAUGCGUGAAACCACUAGUUUAUGUGUGGAAAUAAUGAACAGUGGGUAAGGGAAAACUUGGUCACGUGGUACAAAUUCGCGUUUGCCGUUUGACGUAAACUUGAUGCUUAACUUCUCUAUUGUCAUUGUUAUUUAUUUUGCAGAUUACGUCAACUGAGAAUGUUAAUGAGAAGUUCCGUCUGUGGAUAACAACUGAGGUUCAUCCUAAGUUCCCCAUUACUCUUCUGCAGUCGUCUAUCAAGUUUACUAACGAACCUCCGCAAGGCAUUAAAGCGGGUCUGAAGAGAACCUACGCUGGCAUCACACAGGUCUGUAGUGAAAAAUCAUCGACAUGUCGCGCAAAUGGCGGCGAUAUUUCGAUUACAAUACUUAUACAUCGACAGCCUCACAUUCACAUGAGGCUCAAUAUGUAUCAGACAGUGUGAGACUAGGGUACCAUUUAUGCAGUGUCCACGGGUGUUGCCAUCAACUGUAUAUCAAGGUAAUUUAAUAGCAAAGACAGGAAGUAAACCAGUUGGCAAUUUAUAAGCAAGGCCGAGGAUGUGAACUUGGGAUUACUAACAAACAAAUCCAGCUAGUGGUAAGGGCGAGACUUGAAUUCAAGACAUCCAAAUGGCAAAGUCGGUAUUUUGACCUCUCUGCCAUACUGCCUGGUGUUUGGUGAUUGAUUUUUUUUCCUCGUUGUUUUACUUGAUUAGCUGGGAAGAAUCUCGCCACUUUCCCACUAAGUCAUUUGUAAACUCUUACCAGCCAUGACUUGCUUAGCGUCAAUAUUUCCUUGUAAUCAAGACUGUGUGCCUGUUAUGUAAACAGUAACGGACUGAUCACCAGGGACUUCGUUAAACAAUACUUGAAUUAAAAUUGUUCUUGUAUAUUGUUUAUCCUUAGGAUCAACUUGAUGUCACAAACAUGCCACAGUGGAAGCCUAUGCUGUACGCUACAGCUUUCCUACACACUAUCGUACAAGAGCGUCGUAAGUUUGGUCCUUUAGGAUGGAAUAUUCCGUAUGAGUUUAACUCUGCUGAUUUAACAGCUUCUGUGCAGUUUAUUCAGAACCAUCUGGAUGAUAUCGACCCCAAGGCGGUAAGUGUUUUGCACCAAGCGUUGCUUGAAAAAAGCAUGGAAAAAAGCCAUUGACAGUUCUUUGCAAAUUUGAACUCGAUCUUUCAUCCUUCGUAUUAUUUUCAUCAUGAGCUUCUGUGGGUAAAUCUAGCUGGAUGUUUGAUAUUGUUACCGCCAAAUAGAAUUGCCACCAGAUAGAGUGAAACAAAACGAUAAAUUCUUAAAGCAUUAAUAGAAGGUAUAAAUAACAGGGAAACAUAAAAUAAUAAGGCACAGAUGGACAAUCUCGAAAAAGAAUUGCACCGAUUGAUUUGGGGUUUGCGGAGACUCGUUGGGCUAACAGUUUUUCAAAGUUCAUUUGUGUUUUUUGUAACGUGUGAUAUUAUUCUGGUGAGACAAACUUGUUUAUUUAAAGCUGUAAUUUUGCCAUUUACAACUAGUUUUGUUUUCGCUAACUUCAGGGUCCUUAGUGAAAGACGACGCGCAGUUGGCAACAGUAACUCUAUAAGCCAGAAAGAGUGAUCAGCAUCAAAUUUCAUCUUAUUAAUAUCAACGCUUUAUAAUACGGGGACUAUCUAUCUUAUUGAUACUUCAACAUCCUCUCACCCCUACUUUUAGAGGAAACGUAUAGGAGUAACAAAUGAGAAUUUGAGUCUUGAUAUUAGGUUUUGAAGGGUGAACAAAAGAAUCUAGGCAGCCGCGUGACAGCCCCUUUAAACAAAUUCACCUUUUCUCCUUCCAGGGCGUGUCAUGGGUAACAGUACAUUACAUGCUUGGUGAAGUCCAAUAUGGUGGGCGUGUCACUGAUGACUUUGACAAACGCUUACUCAACACUUACGCACGAGUAUGGUUCAGUCAGGAAAUGUUUAAAGACACAUUUAAGUUCUACCAAGGAUACAAUAUCCCUCGCUGUGCACAGAUCGCUGAUUUUAAGGCUCAUAUUGAUGAAAUGCCAAUGUCAGAUACGCCAGAGGUAGGAUAACGGAAACCCUUUCUUUAUCUUAUUAUUUUAUGGCCCACUGUGGGUUAAAUCUGCAACUAAUGCAGUUCAGCGUGAUGAGACCAUUUUAGCAGGACUGUUAACUGAACUGCUCCCAACUAUGACAAAGGCUAUAAGAUAUUGCCUCAGGAAUAGUAAUUCUUUCUUAACCGAAGAGGUACACCGCGAGUGUAUAAUAAGAUCAUGCUCUAUCUACAUUGUACAUUUCUGUAUGCCUGUCACAAGCAGGAAUUCUUUUUUUCCCUAUUUAAAAAAAAAAUAUACAGCCUGACUAUUUCCUGACUUCAUGAAAGAGACACGAAAAAAGCCCAAUCGUAGGUCAGCCUCAUGCCAAUAGUUUCCUACAAUUUCUUUACAACUAUCGUAAAAUUAGUCUUCAAACUUCUUAGAGAAAAAGUAAGAAAAUGGUUAAGGAAUGCGUUUAAAUCUCGUCAAACACUGCUGAGAGUAAGGCUACGAUAUUCUAGGAAAUUUAUUAUUAACACACUACCCGAUUAGAAUAAAGUAGCAAUUUGUGUUUUAAUAAGUUUUUAACCCUCAUAUUUUUAACAGUCAUAUUUUAACACUCGUAUUUUCAAACUUGAUGAAAACCCACGUGCUUGUGUAGUAAACUUUUUUAUAAACAAAUUCCAUGCAAAUGCUAACUCCAUAUCUUAAACUGUCCUUACUUUUUCAGGUUUUUGGUCUUCACCCGAACGCUGAUAUAACAUAUCAAACGAAGACCACUUCAGACGUGUUGGAAACAAUUGUGAACAUCCAACCUAAAGACAGCGCUGGAGGAUCAGGAGAGACUCGUGAAUCACUUGUAGCGCGUCAAGCCACUGAAAUGUUGGAUAAGCUACCGGCGGAUUACGUUCCUUUCGAGGUCAGGCACUUUCCCUGGAAUAUUACUUAUCUUGUGCUAUCUUGUGCUCGUUCUUGCAUAAGCUUUUUCGCAGCUUUUAGUAUUUCCUUCGUUUUUCUCUUCAAUUGACCAUUUUCGAGUUGCCUCUAGUUUUUUUUUUUGUUGUUUUCCUUUUCUUCUGUUUGUUUGCAAACGUAACUCCUUUUCGCAUGAAAGUUCUGCACUCGGCCUCAACUUCAAAGUGAAGGUUCUUGGAACUCAGAAAUGACCUAUUGCUUAACUCACUAAAAGUGUUUGUGUUGGAAGAUUUUAACUGUAUGCGCACUUCCUCAAUAUCAUUUAGAUCCUGGUUAUUUAGCGAAUAACUAAGAACGUUGUUGGUCAUUUUGAGGUUGGGAGUGAGACUGGAUUGGUUUUGGCUCGUAAUACACUAUUGCGCUGGAGACUGGAUCAAUAUUCGUUAUCCAAACAGUCCCAUAAUGCAAUUCGAUACAUCACCGUCCCAGUCUCCCGCUCAUCUUUAAGAUGUCCAUUGCAAUUCUCAGCAAAAACAUUCGGUUUCGUUUACAAUUAUGAUAUACUGUCAAUGCCAGCUUCAUUAACAAUUGUUUCAGAAGUUGUGCUUUGUGUUAGAUCUGCGAACUUUCUUUGGUCUUCUUUCUGAAGAAAGCGUUCUCAGUUUACGUAGUUUACUGUGCGACCGUUUCAGCAGGACGUCGUGUGUCAGAUCGUGCUUUCAUGUUUUUUUUUUUAAUUGACCCACCUUUCCUUCCUUAAUUCGCAACAGGUGAAAGCGCGUCUCCAGAAAAUGGGUGCGCUGACCUCCAUGAAUAUUUUCCUUCGGCAAGAAAUUGACCGCAUGCAGAGAGUGAUAACAGCUGUAAGGAGCACACUGGUGGAUCUUAAACUCGCUAUCGAUGGAACCAUCAUCAUGAGCGAGAACCUUAAGGACGCUUUGGACAACAUUUAUGACGCUCGAGUGCCUGGCCUUUGGAAAAAAGUAAGGGUACCUCGUUAGGGUUUUAUUCGGCUACCUGAAUUUGGGCUAAAAUAGUCAAGGGCUGUUACGGCUCCCUGAAAUGAGUACCAGAGAAGGCUAAAAUAUUUUUCUGACAUGGCUGUUUGUUUCCCCACUUUUGUUCCACUGGAGGCUGAAUCAGACUUGCUGUCCCCAAAGCUAAUUACGCUUUGGGGGCUUAAAAAGUGAGGUAUAUUCUAGACCGCGGAAUAGCCGAUUAGAGUAACAAGCUUCUACUUCCUUUUUAAAGUAAUACUACUGCCUAAACGUAAGGUCGUGAGCAUGUUAUGAAGUAACUAAUUACUGACCUAGUAUCGACAAUAAAAAUUGUUUGAUAAUAUUCUUCUGUUCGAAUUUCUAGUGAACAUAACAAUGUUUAUGGUCAAUCAAAAAAAAUAAGGAAAGAGAAGUGAAAAAUUAGUAGAAAUUGAAUUACCUUUUGCAAGACCUUACAACUGAAAAAUCUCCCUUGCGUCAGAUCAUGCAAGAUCGACUUGUCUUUUAAACCUACCCUUUCUUCAUUCUGACAGAUAUCCUGGGAUUCAACCACCCUCGGUUUUUGGUUUACCGAACUGAUUGAGCGCAAUAAUCAGUUUUCGUCCUGGUUAUUUGAAGGCAGGCCCAGUGUGUUCUGGAUGACUGGUUUCUUCAAUCCUCAGGUAAGACUACGGUCUCCGCUUUUACAGAGCGAUUUCGUGUCAGUUGGUAGUGAAAUGUUCCCAAAGAUGAGUGGAAAAGUAAACUAUACAGAGUUAUAAAAUGUUUGCCAUCUCUGUACUUUAUAUCACAACAAACCCUAAAAAUUACAUCUUCAGCGGUAUCAAUUCACUCCGUCACCCUGACAUCCUCUGUCUCUUCAUUGUUUCUUCAAAAUCCUUUUCUGACAAUUAAAACUUUUGUGAACUUAGGAGGCAUUCAUUGAUUGAAAUAUUUUUGGGAGACGGCACCGAUUGCUACCGUUAACUAAAAUAUUAAGGACAUUUAGACCUGAGUACGAGACGGUUCCGUUCUCAGUACGAGUACUAUUUGAGGAAUUCCAUAGCUCCUUUUCUUUUGUGAUGCAUAUCUGUGUGGCAAGUGUCGUGUGAAGCACACGAUCUGGAUUUAUAAAAGUUUACUUAAAUUAAUUAUCGUACUUGACUUGAAGUCCAAUUGACGAAUGGUCCAUGCUGCGAACACUCGUUGGCGGCUCAGGUCGUCAUUCUCCUUAUUUCUUUGAACAUUUCGCUCCUGGAGUCAAUUUUGGGGACAUUAUAGAUCUUACUUUUGCGUCCGUUGAGAAGAAACUUAGAGUAUGACCAUGGAAACUAAAACUUUUUUUUUAAUUGUUGUGAGCGUCAUAAUUAUUAUGGCAGUUCAAUAAAUGGAGGUACGUUUUUUCUCUUCUUAUAGGGUUUCCUGACAGCUAUGAGUCAAGAAAUCACUCGUGCACACAAAGGAUGGGCGCUCGACAACGUUGCUCUAGCCAACGACGUCACUAAGAUGAUGAAGGAGGAUGUAUCGUCUGCCCCUGCAGAAGGAGUUUAUGUGCAUGGCUUGUUUCUGGAUGGCGCUGGCUGGGAUCGAAGGAAUUGCAGGCUCAUGGAACCCGCGCCUAAAGUUCUGUUUACCGCGCUGCCUGUGGUUCACGUUUACGCGGUUAAUACGGCCGCUAUGGCAAAAGACUCGAAAGAUAACAAAGAUGCGCUGAAGUUUUAUGAGUGUCCUGUGUAUAAGAAACCAAGGCGCACAGACUUGACGUACAUAUUCUGUUUAAAUCUCAAGACCUCGCAACAUCCCGAUCACUGGAUUUUGCGUGGUGUGGCGCUUUUAUGCGACACAAAGUAG